CUCCUCUUUUCCUCCAGCAGCUGCACAGAAAGCCAUUACUGCGCUCGAUGCGACCUGCAGAUUCAUAAAACUUGAAAGCCCCGCCCACCUGACAGCCAGCGUCUGUUUACGAAAAGUCACGGGAACAGCAUGGAGAGAAAGGUGCACAGCAGAAAAUGUCAUUCCUUGCUGCCAACUGGGGGAACAACUAGACUUCCCGGAGAGUCGACCACGACCGUCACAAUGUAGUCGGUCACAUUUGUUUGACCGAUAUUUGGAUGCUUUCUGACAUCUGCACCGUAACGUGAAGCUCCCCGUGCAGAGGAACUACUUAAAUGCGCGUACCGGGAGUGUUUCACAUUUUUAAUUUCCACACACACCGACUUAAAACAAUGGCGAGGCGCAAAAGGCGCAACCUACAGAUUUGUUGCGCCUAAACCUUUGCCGGGACUAGAGAGAACCAUCUCCAGGGGCUUCUGCGUUACAACAAGGGGGGGAAAAGGGGGUAAAAAAGGUACUCGGGCGACAUGGAAAGCCCGACCGAGAAUCCUACCAGGGCUGUGGAAUAUUUGACGGAGCUUAACAAGAUCAUCGAGACCCAGCAGGAGUUGCUGGAGAGGCAGAGGGGAAGGAUAGAGGAGCUGGAGCAGCAAGUGUCCGACUUGUGCACGGAGAACGCCUGUCUGAAGGAGGAGUAUCAGCGGCACCUGGCAACCUGCAGGCUGCUGCAGGGGAGCAACAGCCUGGUCACUCUUGGAGCUAUAAAGGAGCACAUUGCAAAUGAAAAGUAAGACUAUAAUCAUUCUAAUUCACCCACCACAGUCUCUCAUUCUACUGCAAUGUUCCCCUAAUUGUGAUAUCUGAAGUUACAAUUUGCACUUAAUUUGAGUAUUCAUGAGGAAAUCAGUUCAAUACUGCCACACAGUGAUCCGCAGUUGCAACAAAACUACAUUGCUUUCCUUUUACAGUGCUGAUGUUUGCUGAUGGAAAAUGAGUCCUUGAAUUACGCAAGGAACGAGUUUUUCUGACCAUAUCUGGAAAUAUGAGAGAAAAGAUUUGCCCACAGCACUCUGGGUCUCCACAUUGUUGAUGGAUAAAUUAUUAGUUUCCUCUAAGAUAUUAAUUUCCAAUCCAGUUGUUUCUAUUUUUCCCCUUUAAGAGCCUAAACUUCUAGUCAGGUUUCCAUAGUUUGAUGGAUCCUGCAUCUGAUUGCACACUCUCAAACUGAUUAUUCUGCUUUGUCAUCAAGGUUGGUGUCAGUCUGUAGUUUCCCUAGACUGUAGCCCUCAGUUCUGCAUUGACAAGCAUGUAAAUCCAUGCUCUGGAGUGCAACAGCCGCUAGGUAUUAAAAGCCAGCUCUUGGUAUAGAAGCAUUAUGCAAUUAUAUUUCCAGGCAGUGGGUUAAGCCUCAGAGAGGAAAGCAGGUAUAGGGCAGAUGUAGUGUAGCAUUAUAUCAGGAGGGCUGCUAAGACCCCGAUAGUCAGACCUGCUGUCAGGAUUACUCUCCCUGCUGCAGCUCUGUGCUAAAGUUCAAGCUCUGUUAGGUUGUAUCUCCAAAAUGCCUCAGUGUGCAGACGUUUAACUCAGCGUCUGACAGGCAACAGGAUCAUGUGAUCAUACUUGACCUUUAUGUCUCGGCUGGUGUUGGUGUCACAGAGAUCAGUGACAGAAAAUCGAUACCGAUGACUUAUGGACUGUAUGUCUUUGCUGGCUGAUAAAACCAGACUCUUGAGAUAAGGGCGUACUGUAACACUGACCUUUAGUGCACAACCUGGAUAAAUCUCACUCUAGCUUCAUCAGGGAGUAUCUGCUCUGAUUUCCCUGGAAAAUCACUCUGUCUCCAUAUCUCAUUUUGUGCUGUCACAGUGUCUGCACACUAUUUCAGUCCAGUCGUGGUCGGCCGACACUGAGUUAAGUACAGAGCCUGUGAUUACGCUGGUGAACCUGAUGGAAGAUGACAGCUGUUAAUGAUGUGUAGUGUGGUUUAUGGAGGAUACAGGAUUUACAAUGUCAUUGGAUGACAAAAAAAACGCUCAAAGAGAGCAUCAGCUGUAAGCAAGACUGAUUCAAUGAUUUACCAAAUGGCAGUGUUAAUACAGAGAAAAUGGCACUUUAAUAGUGUGUACUAGGAAAUUAAGCCUCCCAUGAUCAGGGACCACAGAGCCAUCCACAGCAGCUUAGAUACCCUCAUUUGGAUUUCUAGCUUGACUCCUGGAUUUCUUGAGGAAUUUCAAAGGAUUCCCAGGCUGGAGAUUUUCUCAAGAGCUACUUUUAAAUCAAGACUUCCCAAGAGAGGAAAAUCUGCCCAAACGGGUAAAUGCAGUCCUACAUAGCAGCAACUCUUUCAUCUCAAGAAAUUAAGCUAAUGGAGGACUACUUAAACUGCAGUACCUCAAAUGUCCACUUGAGGCUGGCUGCAAAAGCACUGUGAGCCACAUACACACCCAUUCAAAAUAGCCAGUCUUUACAGCAAAAAUAAACAUGUUUACAGCUGAGUUGACAGUUUUGGUUUUAAAACUUAUUUGGGGGGUUCAAGUUUUCUAUGACUGACACCUGAUACAGCCUAUGGGCGUACAAGGAUUGUGUAGCUCACUCGGGGGAUACGCUGUUUGAGCUGAGGGUCAUCACAGCAACUCUCGGUGACUCUGUCAAAUGCGUACAAUGCUACUGCGCAAUGUUGGUUUCAGGAAAUUGAGAGAAAAUGCGGAAUUACCGAGAGCUUUUUGGCUCCAAAUCCGUAUAAUGACGGAGGGCGGGACCAAGUUGUCCAUAGUAUCUACAGUUUAUGGGUGGCCCACCAUAAACCUAAUCUUUGCCUGCUGUUAGGUCAAUCAAAAGCUAAGUUGUGUCAAAUUUCCCAACAUAGUUAACACCAUCAAUGUGCUUCAAGUCUUUGCUUUAUGAACUAAUCAGUGAUAUCAUAGAUGCUACUUGUCCUUGGACCAUUUGAAGCCAUGUUAGCAGCAGGGCUCUCUGCCUGGUAGUACAUGUUAGUCGGUCACAUUUUCCAUCAUGUUUGUUAAAAAUUUAAGGUUUCCAAGAAGUCUUUAUCGGUAAACAACUUUGGUUUCAUAUACUGACAGUCCUACCUGUCAAACAAGUUGUUUGAGUUGGUGCAAAUGAACAUACUGGUAUGCCAUCAAGCUACCACACUAUGAUAGUGGAUGAACAUCGUCUACCAGUAGUGGGGAUUCGGCACAUCCUGCUUCCAGUGACAUGAUAAUCAAAUAUUUAUCAUGAUAACUUCGUUUGACAGUAUGCCAAGAAUGUGGACACUGUCUUUGAGCUGUCAGGCCUGUCCUCCUGUCUCUCACCAUGAUGGUUGUCAUGUGGUUAUGUGACCACAAUCUGACCUGCACCUUGUAUGAGAAAGCAGGUGGAGGAAGUUAUAAGAGAAAAUUUUCUUUACUAGCUCGCAGGAUGUGAUAUUGCUUAGAAUAUUUAUGCACUGUCAAGUCUUCAGGUUUACCAAAGUCCCUGAAGUACCCUGUUAUAUAUUGGAGUGUAAAGUCAGACUUGAACUUUGAUAUUUUGGAAAAUAUGUGUAUUUUCUCACACAGUUGCCAUUGUUAUGUGUAUGUGCACUGAAUAUGUAACCCCAGCCAGGAGACCUAACUCAGUGUAGCAUGGCAUAAAAACUAGAAACAGCUAGCAUAGCUUUCCAUCUCACUAUGCUGAUUUUAGGGACAGAUUAAACUUUGCUGAACCUCGUGGCAGCAUGUAGUCAUGAUGAGCUCCAUGCUUGAGGUAUCCAGUCAUGUUAGAACAAGAUCAGUUUGCUGUUCGGGAGCUAAGGGUUGAACUCAGGCUGGAUAUUAAGCUUUUAUGAAGAUGGAAAAUAAACACGGGUGCAUGGGGAGAGGACACACUAAAACCAAAUUCUGCUUGUUUUUCUUUGUGUCCUAUUCGCAGCCUCCUGUGACCCUGCUUUAUAACUAAGCAAAGUCAUUUUCCUGCUUUUAAAAGUUUUUGUGUCACUAUUUUCCCUUUUGGAUUAAAUAACCUGUUUCUUUAAACCAGGAAAGUGGCUGUGAUGUUAUUAAGGCAUUUAUAUUCAUUUUGCACUUCACUUUUAGUCUCAAGAGUAGAAUCCCUCAUCAGUCACAGAUUUUAUCUCUUGCCUUUUUUCAUGCUUCAGCAAAUAGUUAUUAGCUGUCCUGUCAGUUCUUAGACGGUUUAAGAUGUCAUCAUUAAGCGAUUUUCUAAUAGAAAGAAAAGAAAUGAGGGGAAAGACAAAUGGAGCCUGUGAUUUCCUGUUCCCAAACAACUGAGAGAUAAAAAAUAUCCUCUACUGAAUAAAACAUGAAACUGUUUUCUGUUAUCUUGGGGUCACCGUAGAUUAAAGGCUCCUUUCCCCUCACCCUCCUCUCUAAAACAAAAACACAAGAGAGCAGGAAAUGUGAUGCGCCACUGAUAGUGGGACCUGUGGUGCCAAGUCAACAGAUUUCUCUUUGAGUUUCAGCUGAGCUUGCUCCUGGAUAACAUUGUCGGUCAGAUUCCCAGGAUGCGUGGCUUUUGCUCUGGUGUUUAAGAUCGUCUCUGUGGGCACUGACCCCACUGUCGAUCUGUAAACUCACCCACUCGGGCGAGUGUGUCCUCAAGGAGUCAGAGGAGUUUCCCAGUCUGUUCACAGUUUCUAAGUACAAGUUCAAAGCCUGUGAAAACACACGGCUGGAGUAGCACCCGGGUAAGAAUUAGCAAUCGCACACAGAUCAGGUUUCUCUUGUUCAUGCUUACUGAGAUGCCUGCUGAGUCAGCCCCUUCAGUCCAGCAGUAUUUAUGCUGACCACAUGCAGUUCUCCAACCUAAUAGUGUGUUUUAAAAGGCAGUCCACUGUUACUGCUAUCCCUUGUGCUCACUUAGGAAUUAAAUGACAAGCAAGACGAGAUUGGGUGGCAAGCUUUAGCAACACAUGCCGCUGAUAAAUGACAUUUCAUGGGCCGUUAAGUCUGACUUUAAUAAACUCCGAUUUUUAUGCGCACACCUGGUCUGUCUGCUUGUUAACAGCGAAUACAAAAACGAGUUUUUAAGAACAUUUCCUCGUGUUAUCAUACUUUCAACUUUACUGCACCUUAGAGGUAAAUGUUACACUUUUUCAUCGCAGUUUCUCUGACAGCUUCUGCAGCACCAAACAUCUCCAAAUUUGUCAAAAAGUCAGCUUGAAUGAGGAAUUCAGUUUUCCUCUAAAUUCAAAGAUUUUUCCCAGGUUGAAAGUUAUUGAAAGUGACUUGUUUCAAAGUUUAAAUUGAGCUUUUUUUUUCUUGUGGAGGCUUAUAAAAAGGGCACUUUUUUAAGAGACACAUAGAGGACAGGGAAGCGCCAACCACAUUAUGAAUACAGAGGAUAAAUGCAUGGUUGAAAGCAACAACUGGGCCAAUCUUAAACGUCUCAAACACUUUGAAUAAAAAACCUUGAGUUGGCUUUAACCACUUUGAGUGAUAGUGAUUAAUUUCGCCCUUGCUCCGUGCAGAAUAAUAAACAUGUUGAUGGUUUUAUCAGAGGAGAUCCACUGCGAUUCUGUUAGUCCGUCUUCUCCUCUCAGGCUUGAAAUGUGAUUGUGUGUUUCCCGCUUUGUCAUAUCUUUAUUUCCACUCUACAUAUAUUUACUCUCCCGCGUUUAAUAUUCAAACAUUGUACCACGCUCAGAUAGUCAACCAAGUGUAAACAUUAUUAAGGAUGCUGCCAUAACAGGAGAGAUAACUCUUGUCAUUUUCUGCACAGCCAUGUUUUAUGUUUUCUUGAAAGUGUUUUCAAACUUACUGUAUCUCCAGGCUCAAAGCACUCCAGGAAUUUGCUACCUAUUACACUAUAAAAGACAGCCGGAUAUCCAUUGCUUGCUCGAACAACUCAGGCAUUACCACAGAAAAUUGCAUUCAGAGAAGCAUUAUAUCUCGAAUAGGCACUAGAUUUGAGUAUGAUAGCUGUGGCGGCGGCGGUGGCGGCAGUGUUUGUGAAGGCAGAUACUUUUUCAGGCAGUCAUUUAAAUUCUCUAUGAUUCCCGGUGGGUGAGGAAGCAUAAGUAAUUCUCUGAGAUCAAAUAUUGAUGAAUUACGUGACAAAUCAAUGCAAACUCAAAGUCUCUCCCUGUUAAUGCUCUAAUAGAGCUAAUAUGACUCUUUGAACGGUGACGGAUGAAAACCUCUCAAGUUGUUGUGACUGUGCCAGAUCUGAGCCAGGAUGUCUGCCAAAAAAACAAAAGACACAGUUAAACUCGCUCUGCGGUCUUUUUGUAAGGUAACAUUCACAUUUUGAGACGCGACUUAAGAGUUAGAACCUUGAUGCUGGAGACUCAUAGUUUUAAGGUUUUAUUUUACAGGUCAAAGCAUGUGCAGGAUUACGAGUGUAGUAAAUUUUGAUGAUUGUGAAAGCCAAAGAUAAUCAAAAGCAACAUUUUCCUGCCAUCUUUGUUGCUGAUUAAGCAUCUUAUGCGAUGGACAAAGUAGGCCUGGGUGAUUAUAUGAUCGUGAUAAAUUUCAGUUUGAUCACGGUGAUCAGCUGUGAGCUUAUUUACUCGAUCAAACAUGGCGAAAAUGUGCAUCACAACAGACAAUCAGAGUCGAGCUUUUCCUGCUCACUUCUGUAAGUUGCUGGACAUGUAAACAAAGUAACCGAACGUGGAGCUGAGGGCAGUAAAAUAGAUGUCAGCCAUGACUUUGAGUCAUCCUCCAAAGAUGUUAUUGUUGAGAAGAGAAUUUAUUUAAAGUCUUAUGUAUUAUUUAUCUAUUACUUUUUAGUUUUAAGUACAGAUGCUUUAAAACUGGCAGUUUAAAAAAAUCGGACAAUAUGACAAAGUUUAUCGUGAUCAUCUUUUUGGCCAAAUCGCCCAGGCCUAGGACAAAGUAAAACAUCUGCAGCAAGGUAUCAGGAAAGAUUUAUGUGACAGUGAUGGUCUGCAGAGUCAAUGCUGCAGACUGAAUACACAAGCUUACAGGUCAGUAUUUAAAACAUCACACUUCAAGAUAAUCAUGCUGAUUUGGGGCAAAGGCCUAAUUAUCAGAUGGUUAUGAAGAUUAUCCUGUUGUAUGAAGUGUGUUAAGAGUGAUUUUUCUUUCCUCCAAAUUGCGUGGAAGACGAUCGGAGCCUCCCUGACAUAGGAUCAGAAAUCUUUAUGUGUUGGGGGAACCCUGAGGACAGCUGAUCAUGCAUGUUUAUGCAACUCGAUAGCCACUCAGGAAGUGAGCUGUCUAAAGAAGGAAGCACAACCAUGGCAACGAUCGUAAACACGAAGCAUAAACUGAGACGGAUGUCCGAAAUAUAGAAUCUGCUCGUUGAUACAUGGCAACAACAUGUUACAUAACAUGUUCGGUAAAAGACACCAGUUACACACCAAUGAUAUCUGUAGAAUUGAUUUCAAGUUACCAAACUGGACAAGUGCAAGUUAUGUUUGUAAUAAUUUCCUGAUGCUCAAUUCAAAGUAUAUUUUGAUACAUUUAUUCUAUUUCUUUUCUUUUUUUUUUUUUGGAUGAUUCACAGAUAUGGGUCCAAAAUAGAGUCUAAGUAUAAAACCAAAGUCUAAAGACUCAAAAGUAAUGUGUUUAUCCAAAGUAGUUACUACUUUAAGUCCUGAGAAAAUCAAAUUUGUCACAUUGAAUUACGGAGAAAACUACCAGCAGCCUGUUGCAACACAGCCUAAGUAGUUCAUUUUCACACAAGCCCCACCUCUGAGAAGACGAAUAGGCAGUAAGAGUUUCAGAUUUUGGGCUGGUCUGGGAAAUCUAAGGCUACCCCUGACCCUUUCUUUGACGCGCCCCUGGUGAAGGACCAUGAAUUGAGUCUUAUGUUGGAUUUCAUUGUUACAUAAACCUCUCUUUUAGUUUUUCAAGGAUCAAGUUUCAAAUUUGAGUUAAUUUGUAAAGCGAAAUUAAAAUACAUCUUUGUAAAAUAUGUUAAUCCUGUUUGUCUAAUGAACCAGAUUGAAUAAUUGAUGUGGCCAUUUACAGCACUUUAAGUCCAUCUAGGACAAGUAUGGACUCCAGCCAGAGGAGUUCAUUCUCAAAAGAGUGAAUCAAUACUGAUACAGCGUGUCUGUAUUUGAUAAAGGGUCAUUUAAGUUUCUGAGUUUGUCCUAAACUGAAGUAUCUCCUGAAACUCACAGUAGGUUUUUUAAAUUGCCUUUUGUUUUGGUGGCAGAGAUGGUGUCUUGGCUUCUUUUACUGUAAUUUGUGGCCUCAGAAAACCUCAGCUGCCCUAACUAAUUCCCCUGGAUGGAGCCUGAAGCCUGCAGAUUGGCAAGUUCAUAAAUAGGUCAUCCCAAGCCAGCGUAACAGCUUUAGCAUGUGUUUUGGGACCCUGUGGCGGCAAAUAAUAGCAUGAUGGGGAAAGCUUUUUCUUGUGGCUGCCGGCGUCCACUCAUUUACCCAUGGAUCUGCUGAACAAUCAGAGUGCCAAACUGAAUUUACGAGCACAUGAACUCCAUCUCUCCGGCUAAGCCCCCUCUAAUGAAAUACCCCGGCUAGAUUAAUGUCUACGCAGGGAUGAUUUGCAUUCAGACCCACUCAUAAAUCUCCAGCAAUGGUCAGACACUGUUUUUAACUCACUGUCAAAACCAAGAGCGGACUUCCUCCUCUGAAAUGGACGGUCCCUCUUUGUAUUUCAGCGUGGCAGUCAUGCUGGGAGGAAGCCAGGUGCUGCUGACCUUAGUCUCCCUCAAUCAGGCUUAUUGAGUAAAGGCUGCUGUGUGUCCUUUGAUGUAGCUGCUUGUCCUGCAAGAAAGGCCAAUGAUGGUUUAGUGCAAACUGUUACUUUUAUUUUGAAAGGGGAAAAGCAGCACUAAGGGAGGGGGCACAAAAAAAAGGAAAAGAAGGCAAAGGAAUUUUCUACGGUUAAAUCUAUGCAGGUUUUGGAUAUGAUAUUUACUAUGCAAGUGAUUUAGGAUUCACUGCUCUACAGAUAGUUGUAACACGCAACAAUAUGGGGAAAAACUUUCUGUGAGAUGGAUAGAAAAAUGUCUGGAAAAGAAUUUGGCUUUGUAAGUAUUUCAUCAGAAAAAAAAGAAAAUACGUGUUUGUUGGACCUCAGGGAUACAGCGUACAUUUUUUGUGAAUUACACUGAAAUUUCAUGAUUUUGCACAGCUCUGAAGAAUCAGUUUUUCACCAGAAAGAUAGUCCAUGUACUCUGAGAGAUGUAUUUUUUAUUUAAAAUAUACUCAAACAACACAAACCUUACAAAAAUAUUAAAGAAAAGGCAGCUUUUUUUUUCAAUUGAAUCAUAGAUGACAGUAUCAUCAACAAACAUUUGAAGAAACAGCAGGGCAACUCUCAGGCAGGUUGUUAAUAUACAAAGUAAAUAGCAAAGGACCUACAAAUGAGCCCUGGGGAAUUCCUGUGUAGUUGGUACAGAGGAUGGACUUUUCCCCAUUAAUUCUGACACAUUGCAGUCUACCACAAAGUUCCAAUCCAGGUUUAUGUAUAAAGCACGUUUAAAAAACGUACAGUAAACAGUAAAAACAAUACAAACAGACAAUGAAAACGAACAAUAAAACAAAAACACAGGAAGGACAUAUAUGGUUCACUAAAAACAUGGUUAAAAGGCCAAGUUCUCAAGAGUUAAAAGCCAGGUAGUAAAAGUACGUUUUCAAAUUUUGAUUUAAAAACAGGCAGUGAGGGGGACAGUCGGACAUGAAGAGGAAGAUCAUUCCAGAGCUAAAUCCGGUCACCCCUGAACUUUAAUCUUGACCUAGGGACAGUCAGAAGGCACUGGCCAGAGGAUCUGAGAGUCCGAGAUGAAACGUAGGGUUUUAAAAAGUCAGAGAGAUAAAAAUGAGUAAGCCUGUUCAAAGAUUUAUAAGUUAAUAACAAUAUUUUAAAAUCAAUCCAAAGCGCACAGGAAGCCAGUGAAGAGAGGCUAAAAUAGGGGAAAUGUGGUCAUAUAAAGUUAUAAUUAUAAAUAUAAUAUAUAAUGAAAAAUCUGCCCUUUAUCUUGAAGUUGACCGACCAUUUUGUUUUAGAUGUGAUAAGUUUUGUUUACGUUAAGCUCAUUACUCCUGAAUACUGAGUCACAUGAUGCCCGUCAUAUUAAGUUUUUUCCCUUUACUUCAAACAAGCCCACUAUGCAUAUCUCUUUCCGCUCCCCCCUGUCUUCACAGACUGUGAUCAACACUAAAGCAGGCACUCUCACACAGGCCAAAGUACAGUCUCUUGUUCAUUCUUUAUUUUCUUCACAGUUGAACCAAUUAUCCGUCUUGCAGCUGUCAAAACCAGCUGAUGCAGCAGCUGAAUCGAAGGCAAUUUGUAGCAUAGUACCUGUGGAGAGCUGUUUGAAAGGCUGCCACUGGUUUUCUGCCAAGAGGGAGUGCAGCGUGUAUGUGUGUGUGCGUGAGAGUGUUUGUGUGUGUCGUUGACAAGGUGGAGGCUGAGUCAACAGCUAAACAUAUGAGGAGGCACUGCUAACACAUCUUUUAAGUUAUCAGCUAGAUGUCAAACACGGACUUUCCUACAGAUUGCAGAGCUUUUAACAACAUAGUGGGCUGAAAGUUUGGUUUGAAGUAGUCGUGAAAGUAAUUCGCAGUAGUCGCUCACAUCACCACCGCUGUAGUUUUUGAGAGUGUAAGUACUUUCCAUUGCGUCUGCUCAUAGGUGUUGGAGUAUAAUCUGCUUGUUUCCACCCCUGACUGCUGGUGCCUGUGUUUUUGUGUAACCCAGGAGAUUCAGGAGGCUGAUCUGAAUCCAUGCAAUAUGUUCAGGAAUGCAGCCAGGGUGAAAGUGAGAUUUACCUUUUUCAUCCAGCUCCCUCUCUUUGCUCGGUCAGGUGCUUAGGGGGAUCAGGGUUGGAGGUGAGGGAAGUUUACCUUUUGAGCAGAUGCCUGUCAAAUAUCUGAAGUAUUAAAGUCAGAUGUUAUUAAAGUUAGACUUGAGAUUUGAAACACUAAGACUGAACGCCAAAAAGACACAUUAAUCUUUUUGUACAGAAAUAACAAUAAUUGUGAUAUAUGGUGGUGUAAGCCUUUACUUUAUAACUAGAUUUCAGAUCUAUAAACUCAAAGACAGAUGAAAUGUCCUGCAAGGCUCAUCAAUAAUGUCCCUGCUCCUGGCUUGACAACAAUACUGAUGAGUGACAGAGACAGUAAAUCAAGUGUUGACAGAUCCAACACCUCUGCUCCUGGACUUUUUUUUUUUGUCAUUUCGUCUGAAUAAUACACUGACAAAUUAGAGCAACACCCGAUAGAUAGAUGGUGAAAAAUGAAAGUGCGAGAAGGAAGCAGGUGUACCGUUUUUGUGCAAGUGUGUAAACAUGUGUGUUCAGUCCUGUAAACCCUCCUUUUAUGCAGGGGCAGACAGCCUGUGGGGGUCACACACCACUAGCUCCUUGGAGGAACAUAAUUUGACACCAGCUGGAGAAGCAAACCACCACAGAGGACUGGACUGACUCAUUAGAUCUGCUUAGCCAGACACAUUUCAGCCUGUAAUUAGUUGCUGAUUAAUACAGAUCAUUUAGGUCUCGGUAAUAGGAAUGCCACAAGUAUGUAGCACACGAGGGAGCCGAACACAUGAUGAAUGUCUUUCAUUUAUGCACUGGGCUGAGAAAAAGGCCAAAAUCAUGCAUCCAUGCAUGCGCCUCACGGUACCAGCAAGAGCAGAAUCUACAUAAAAUGGUGAAACGCUGCAGCAUGCUUUACCCCGAAGGGAAGUAGUCAUGAAAUAGAAACUAUAACUAUGAAACAACAUUACAAGAGUGACAGGCUUCACAUUUGUCUCUGUGGAACCUGUCGGUGUGAUUGAACAGCUCCAGCCGACCACAGGUACAAACCAUUGAUCACUUUACGACAAUGGUGUGAUUGAACGCCUCAAAAUUGCACCAGCCUCUGUGGCGUUUUUCAGCUGAAAGUUCUGUAAAUUCAAUGUUGCUUCAGAUGUGAUUUAUUCUUUUUCAUCACAGCUUGAAGGGGUGUUUGUUUGUGAAAGCUUGAAGCAUUUCAUGGCUGUCACGCUUUCCCCCCUGGAUGACACAGUAUAUUCAGUAUAAAGCCAAUAACUGUUGGGGUAACUUUGGAAAUAACUCCGGUCUAAGCGGUUCAGCUAAGGACUCUCUGAAGUUCAUAAUAGAAUUCCUGCUGUUAGCCUCCUCAAGCAUAGGAGAGGAUGAAGUUAGGGCUGCAUGCUCUGAUUUUUAGAGGGAAAAAUGGGAGAAUAGAAGGGAAAAUAAAAGGAGAAGCAAAGUACCCAGUUAAGUUUUGCAGGCGGUGUAAUCUCAAGUAUGCACCUUUAAAACCUUGUAAAAAAUGACAUCCAUCACACACCUUGGACACUCUUGUAAUUACCCCUGAAUUUCUUCUGAAUUCAGGAAAAAGGAAAUAGCCGUUUCCUUUAUUGCCUCAGCGUUCUGCUUCUUCUCUCAUUGCGCUUAUAAAGGGUGGUAAUGUGAUGAAGUGCUAGAAGCUAUUUCUUCAAGGCUUAACCCCACUCAAUAUUUUACAGCAAAGAAAAACAAAUAAUGGGUUUAUAAUUACAUUGGGGCACAGCUUUUUGGAAAGAGGCGAGGAAAGUAAAACAGCUUUAGGGGGAAAUGCCCAAGACUUUAUGAUGCAUGGUGGGGCUGUAUUUAAAAGUACAGAUAUUAAAAAAGGAUAUAAACAUUUUAAAAAGAGGAAAAGUGGAUUUUUGGAUGGUUGGAGCUGUGUGAUGUUCCAAUUUUAUUUUUUAAUCCAGGCAGGGAGCUAGGAUUAAAUGAGCACACUCGAGCUUUUCUGCAGUCGUGUCCAGUUGCACUUACUCUUGCAGAAAGCUAGAUUGAUAAACCGAGUCAGCAUUUUUUUUUUUUUUCUGCUGGGUGUGCCCUCUGUCUGUUUCCUCUCUCACAACAGGAAACAGACUGUCCUCCUCAUUACAACACCCCCGAGCCAAGAAGGGCACGCGUAUUACAAAUAGCACACGCAGGCAUUGUUGCGGUGAGUUAAAGGGCAGGUUAGAGACAAUGACACAACAGCAGAGACGACAAAGAGAGAUUUAGUUUUAGUCUCAGCUGGCUCGAUGUUUUAAUUCUCCCACCAGAGAUUUCUCUUCUCUCCGGGCCACCGUGGGAGAAACCAAUCUUCCAGCCUGUGAAGGCCUUCCUUUGGAAUGAUACCUCCCGUGGGAUUUGGCGUUUCAUGCAUUAUUGAAAAGUCUUUGGGAAUGCACCUGAAUUAACCUCUGUAGCCGGGGUUCGUGUGCAGUGCAGUAGAGAAACUGUUGAAGUUGCUUUCUAAAUGAGAACUUUCACUCCGACAAGGACGUAUAAAGUGGAAUUCAUUCACUUCAUGAACCAUACCGCCCAAAAUUAGUCUGUAAAUGUUGUUGUCGAGAUGGCAGGAGUGUCUAAAUAAUUCCUAAUGAGCUUACUUACUUAUUUACCCAUACAUAAUGUAAAAGAAGUUUCACUCUUUCUUUUUUGUAUUCUUACCACAACUCAUGCAGAUUUCAGCAUAAAGGCUUUACAAUUUCAUGACAAGGCGGAGAUAAAUAAAAGUUAAGUGUGCCUCUGUUGCAGCUUCGACUUAAUAAGCCGGUGACUCCAGGAUUGAGGUCAUAAAACGUUGAAUAUCAUCUUGAAUAACAAUGACUGAUAACUCCUCACACCCUGGAAGAUUCACCACAAGUAUGACAGAACAUAAUUCGGUUUGAAGCUUUAAGGAUUGGCGUUGUUUGAUGAUAGUUGUUGGAGUAAAGAUGUAGAAGAUGGAGUAGUACUCUAAUAGUCAUUGCUAUCAUCAGCAACAGUAGUAGGUAGAGACUGACUUGUUGUAAUUAAUUGGCCAGGCUGAUUAAUCGGACUGAUUAAUAGCGUUUGGAAUUGAUCAGCAUUUGCCGAUAUCUGGGCCGAUGAGCCCGUUAAAUUAAAAAUGGAAAUAAGUUAAAUAAUGUCUGCAGAUGCUGCAGGAAGCCUCAUCAAUGUAGCUGCAGUCGAGCAACGUCGACACCCCUUUAAAUGAUAAAACCUUAAAUGACAGCAGAUCAAAUUUAACACCUACUGACAAGUGUUUGAUGAGUCUUCUGUUAUGAUGUAUCGUGUUAUAGAGUUUGAUAUCACCUCUGGCAUAAAUAUGUCAUGUUCUGACAUUUAUACCAGAGCUCACUGUAGCUUUCUUUUAUUUAUCUAUUUAUUCAAAAUCUUCCUUAUGCAUGUUUCUAGAUAAUAAAGCCAUGCUGCCAGAUUUAUUAUGUGCGUUGAAUUGUUUUGUUUUAUAAAAUGCAAAAAAUAAUACUUUAAUAUUGGACCCCAGAUGAUGUAUGGCGGCUUACAGCACAGUGCAGUUUGGCAAUAUCUUGAUCCAGAAAGUGGAGAUAAAUUAGCAUGACUGGGGCGAUGCAUAACCAGCACAGAUAAUGCAAAAGUUAACCUGGAUGGAGGAUUGAAUGCUGGUGCUAGCUCUGGUAUUGUUUACCACAAACCAACUCAACUUUGUGUCCUUGUAGUCUGCGAUCCUGUGCCCAGAUGUGUAGAGAGGAUUGUUCUCAUCUUUGUCUGGUUAUAUUUCAGACAAUGGAGAUGUCUCUAACGUUGGUCUAUUGCUAAUUGGGAAAGUAGAAGUAGUAGCAUGAGAAAUACUGGGAGAAGAAGUAGUUAGAGUGUUGGUAGUCAUGGUAGUCUUGGUUAGAAGAUAUCAUACUAACACUUAUGGUAUAAAAAGCACAAAAAUAGUGGUAGAAGUAGGAAAGAAGCAUUAGUAAAAUAAGAAGUGGUUGAAAUUGCAGAAGUGGAAGUGGGAAGAGUGGUAACAGAAGAAGUUUGGGUGGUAGUAAUGGUUGUAGAAGUUGGUGGAACCAAGACGGCACUCAGAAGUAUCAGGAAGAGCAGUUGCUGGAGUCGGAGUUUAAGUUGGGGUAAAUCAGUAGGAGAAGUAUUUGAAGUAGAAAUGGUAGAAGCAAAAGUACCAAUACUCAUGUAAGGUUGAAGUAAAGGAGUAUAAGAAGUAGAAAUAACAGUUGUAGAUGGGAAUAGGAGGAGUAUCAGGAGUUGUAGUUGUAGGAAAGGGACUAGGAGUUGUGUUAUGUUAGGGGUAGAAGUAGGAGUUUUAGGGCCUGCGGUUAGAAAGUGGUAGUAGUUGUCAGAGUCAGAGUUGUAGAAGUGAUUUCUAGAAAUGGGAGAAGUACAGAGUACAAAUAAGGGGGAUCUUCAAGCAGCAAAAGCAUUGGUAGUUAAGUAGGGGAGUUGCAGCAGUAACAGUAGUUGGAGAAGAUAUAAAAGGUGUAGUAAGAACCAGAAGGGGCAGUAAUAGUAAAAGUAGCAGCAGAUUGGUUACAAGAAGGAUUUAUAGGUAGAGGGGGAAGAGGUGGUAACAUUUAAAGCUGUACAAGUAGUGGUUUGUUGUGACCUUUCUGCAGGACCGAGGAGCUGUCCAGGGUACUGACCACUUCUUCCUCAUGGUGUUGUGUUUGCAUGGCUCAGUGCGGCGGCUUAUACAACAGCAGAAUAUUUGUGAAGUAUAGUCCUGCUCUUACAAUUUUUUUUCAGUGAUGCAUGAUAAACACGGCAAUCGAUAGCUUCGGUAAUUGCCACUGAAUCUGGACCGCGGCAUGUGUGUCAAUGAAUCUCAUCCUUUCUCUGCUUUAUAUUGACAGGCGCAGUUUUCGGUUUUAUCCCACAGUCAUAAUGGGCUUUGCUUUAAUGAAACCACCAGUGGUAUCAAGCUUGCUCUGUGCAUUACGGAAUAAUUAAAGGAUGCCAGGAUGUCUUUGCCAAUAAACCCAGCUAUCUGAAGCAGAUGUUUAAGUAAUGGAAGAGAUUCAGCAGGAAGGACAAAGGAGCGCAGCUAUUAAGGUAGAAAUUAAACCAGUUGAAGGAAGUGAAAGUUGUGAUAAAGAGGAAAACAAAUCAGUCAUCAGAGCAUCAUUAUUUUUUCUAGUAAAUAUGACAAAAAGUGAGCAUAACACCAUUUUCCGAGAAUAAACUCCACAGCUCCUAAAGGUAUUUCAAUGCCAGUCACUGCCUCGUUGUUUUCUGCAUGUAAAAAGCGAAAAACAAGGCAACAAGGGGGCUCAUAAAUCUGCCCCAAUGCCGCCCAGCGCUGACUUUAUUGUCCCCUCAGUGCUAGAGUUCACCGACAAGGCUACAUUUUACUCCUGCAGUAUGAAAUCUACCUUCUUUGCUGUUGGAGUGCAGUUUACUGCACUGUAUUUCUUACAGUCCCAAUGAAAUGUCAUGACUGAAAAUGGAGAGCUCAGGGUGGAGGAGAGAGAGGACAGGAAAAUGCAAAUGGGGUUAGAAAAAGUAAGGUAACCCACCAGGAGGACGGAAGAGUUGUUUUAAAAUAGGUGUGCAGAAUAAUCAUUUAGAUAUAAGCAUUUGGACUUGACAUUGUAGCAAAGGCGCAGGUGUUUGUGAUAACGAGCGUUUAUUGAAAACAGCUGUGUCCUUGCCUGCAUGUACCAAGAACUUUAAAAGUAUCAGAGCUGCUGCAGAUUUUUCAGUAUUUUUGGUGAUUUUGAUUCUGAAAGUGAUUUUAUUAAUCCAAAUCAGCACUUUUAGAGAGUUUCCUAUUUUCUUAUUUGGUACACAAGCUUUUACUUAAAGGGAUAUUCUAUUAAGUUAGGAUCAAACACACUAACACCGAGUUAGACACCCUGUUGAGAGAUGAAUGUUUACUUUAGUAACAACAGCAGGAUAGCAAUACACAGCGGUCUCAAAAGCCAUGCGCUCAACCAAAAAACCACUCUAUCGCCACAAAUAAUGCUCAGAACAGCACCUAACUUAAUCAACAGUACCAGCCAUAGCACAUCUGAAAAUAUUCAAUAUAAUCUGGAAUCCAUAGACAGAAAUACUUCUACAUGGUUAAAAUCUACUCAUUGCAUUAUCUUUACGCUGUAUGUAAGUAUUUUUUAGGUUGCUGCUCUUUACCAGAAAUAUGCUUAAAAAAGCUUAAAGGGAUAGCUGGUGUAAAUUUAAGUUAUGGUCAAAAACUGUAACAUACAGUUAGACACCCCCUCGUCUCGUGCAAACUUCUACCAAAACGCCACUCUACAGCCACAAAUAAAACUCAGAACAGCACCUAACUUCAUUAACAGUACAGGGUCCAAGCUGUAGUAUGAGCCACCAAACAUCUUUUCAGCUUUGCCUGAUUUCUUUAGCAAAGAGACUAAACACAACUCACCUACUCUCUUCCAGCAGCUGCUUGUUUGUAGUGAGACCUCAGGCCAGUCAAUUAUGGACUGCUGCGGGGUGAUGCAGCUCAAGGAAGAACAUUUAUGAUCAUUACUUUAUCAUUUCCUUUAAGUAAUAAUAAUCAUAUUAAUCCUUUUUCACUGCAGACGUAGUAGUUCUUCUGUCUUAGCGUCUCAGUCUGAUUGCAUUUCCAUGAAGAAAUUAUCAUAGAUGUUCUUCCUUGAGCUGUGUCACCCCGCUACAAACAAGCGGCUGUCUAACUCGGUGUUACUGUGUGUUUGACCCUAACUUAAUUUUACUCCGAAAUAUCCCUUUAAGUCAUGUUGUGUUCCAGUUAUUGAGCUAAUGGAGUUAACAAGCUCUGAAAUACUCUAACUCAACUACGACUCACCUGAAAUUCUAGGAGCUACACAGACUUUUAACCUCCGGAACAGGAAUAGAUUGCAAAUAACUCCCCUAAUCUUACAGCUUUACUCCUGAACUCUGAAAAUUAUGGAAAACAAGUGUGUUCAAUAAAGAUCGGAGCACAUUAUUAGUGCUUUGUUAUCUGCAAAAGAAGAUGCUUUCUCUUUAAUUGGCACUGCAGAUGCAUAGGUUACACUAUUGAUGCCCUCGCUGGUGUGUGACGUGCACGCUGCACCCAGCAUUGGAAGUGUGACCAGCUGUUUAAAUGCCAGAUCAAUCUAUUCAGAGGUGUUGCACCACCGGGUCUGCCUGCUGGAUAUCUAAAGCAGGCUGCUGUAAUGCAGUUGCUGAAUCAAGUGAUGGUGGUCAGCGAGGCGUUUUGUGACUCUGCAUGUCAUUAUCUGCUUUACUUACAUACUGCAGUGCUCUUGAUUCCACUUCCUCCACAAAAUUAAUCAACCGGUGUUAUUUUCUUUUGUCUUCCAGGUCUGAGUUGGACCCUGCCAGGAUGGUUAGGUAUGUCUAGAUGUACAACUUUUGAAUAAUGAACUCCAUCUCUGUUGUUUGUCCGCCUGUACUUUGUGACCAUACUCUCAACUGCAGGCCUUUCAAUCCUGUUUCGUUUGAGGGAAAGCUCUUUGACAAAGACAUGUUGUAUUGCUGUGCAGAAAUAUAUACCGUAGCAUCAUCCAGCUAGCCAGUGUAAGUGGUUUUCUCCUGUUUGAAGCAUUGAAGCGGCCUGGUAUGGUGCUUUAUUGCUGUUUGUAGAUAUUACAGUGUGCAGAAAAUGAUGAAAUCUUAUGUCAAGUGCGGCACAAAGUCGCUUUUCCUGUUGUUAGCUUGUUCGCUGGUUGAACUCGAGUGGCUGGAGAUUUGUAGGGGUGUCUGCUGAGUUAAGAUGUGGGCUGAUUUAAAUUGUAAUGUGAAUCCAUCACUGAUGUGAGCACAGUUCAGAAAUAUGGCCCACAUGUAGAGAGAAAAUGGGCUUCUCUGACCAGCAAACACUCUCCUUAUCUCGUUGCCAUUCCUCUCUUUAGGGAUGCUUCACUGUGGGGUCCAAACAGCCUCUUCCUCUGCCUUUGUAAAUUAAAGAUCAGGCUGUGUCUUGCUGUGGUGGAGGCUGUCCUGUGCUUUUUUUUAUUCUCAGGCCAUGUUUGUUUCUUUUCCUUUAGCACUGGACUGGCUGGAUUCCUCAAGCUGCUUUUCUUCUCAUUUAAAUGUCCCAUUAGAAAUUUAAAGUGAAUCAGGAGAGCCACAGCCUGCAGAUGUGUGCCAGUCUUUGUCUUCGGACUGUGUGUGUGAGAGUACGACAUGCUUGUAAAGUGCGUCUGCUGCGACUCCAAAGUAAGGCCCAAUUAGAAAGUAGGUUAUACAUAAUACCGCAUUAAAAAAAACAGCUAAAUGAAAAUGUUGUAUAAAUGUUUAACAUUUGUUUAGCGUUCAAAGUAAGUCUCCAAAUAUUUGCUCACUUAAAACACAAGUACAAUGUGCUUUAAUGAAUUUUUAUGUGAAGGUUUAGUUGUUGGAGAGCGUUUCCAGUUACAAAUCUUUGCCUCAGGUUAGAAAUGUUCACGGAAAAAAGAGGAAUUUAUCGAAAUAAUAAGCCGCUGUUCUGUAAUAAAGCUCGCAAGGAGCGUUUUUAUCUUUCUUUAAAAACGCUGCUCUGUAAACUGUCAGAUUGCAGAGUCAGAUAGAUGCCCUUUUAGACUUUGAACUAAAUCUACCUGUCAGUAAGAUUGAAGCACACAACUCUCACUUUCACUGUCAGCAUUGAUAUCUGUCUUACUCUGCAGCUUUUAGGCUUGAUGGUUGCAAAUUUGCCUCAAAGUGACCUGAAGAAGCAUGACUAAAGACAAAAGUUUGCUUUUCUUUACAGGCAUUAAAGAGUAGCCAAUACAGAUAUAUAGCGUGCACAUACAUUGUUGUUUUCAUAAAUAGAAAAAGUCCUUUGGUUUCCGGGUUAAAAUCUUAAUUCCUUCACAUCUAACGGCUGCAUCUCUUGCCAAUGGUUGAAUCCAAAAACAUAGCAGCUGAAAUGGAGGAAAAAGCUCCAGAGGAAAACAAUCCCAUCUCACCAAAUCGAUGCUUUGAUGUGGUUGGAAACCUCCCAAAUUGCAGCAGCCUUCUGCAUGCCAUUCCUGGUUGUGAAUUUGGCCUCAGUUUCAAGAAUCUGCCCUUCAUUAAUACGAAACAGGCGCGCCAAGACUGUUAUUCUGCUGCUACUGUAUCGAGGAGGCGAACGUUCAAUCUUCACAUGGACGUUUCUCGCGGCACAUUUUACAUCAUGUGACUUGUUGGCAGCUGCAUACAUGUGUUGGAUGCAAAAGCGACUCUUGCUCGGCUCGGAGGAAAAGGACAUUAUGGCACUGAUCCCUCAAAUCAAUGAAGAGCUUGAAGAGCGGCUCGGCUCUCACUCUGUCAGGUGCAGUUUGUAAUUCUGUAGUAAUAAUAAGCUGCUGUGACACAUUUACAUCAAAUUAAUGAGGCUGGACAUUUAGAUUAGACCAAAUGUGCCAUGUGGUUUAUGCUGGACUGACGGGGAUGUGAUGAAAUUGAAUUACAUUAUAAAGAGGGAAUGAUACAAGAAUUUGCAGGCCGGUGAAGAAAUUAAUCGCUGGACUUGAUUUUAAAGCAGUUCAGCAAAACAGGAAGAAACUGAGCUGACUAAAUUAUGGUAAAGAAUGGAUAAUGUGUUGAAAACAUGGAGGUAAAUCUUAAUAUAUACAUAAAACCAAAGCAAACAUGUCACUUUUCACCUCAUAUUUAAAGAGUUCUCGCCUCUGUGCGGACCAGAAAAGUGGUUCAGCCUCAAAUCUGUGUUCAUUUACAACAUACUACAGAAAACCAGCUCAUUUAAAUUCAACAUAUACUAUACCGCCAUCCUAUAAGUCUAUGUUGUCCUACAUACUGUACAUAAAUAUGUUUUGCUCCCACUCAAACUCUGCGUUUCUGAGUUAAUUACUGAAGCAAAAAUAGUCGUAGGCGUAGCACUAUUAUAAGCUAUUGUCUUCUUAAUUAGGGACAAGGCUCAUGAUGUGGUGUGAGGUCCCUACUGGAAUGCAAGCCGUUAUGAUUUUGUCUUCUGACAAACGAAUUGCUUGUUCUGCUGCUUUAAUGAGUUCUAAGUUUAACCAAACUUGGUGGGUAAUCAUAAGUGGUGGAAAUGGACCUGCGAUGGUGCUUUUGUGCAUGGAUGGGGAAGAAUAGCUCCAUGGCGCCACAGUUAAAUAUCUAUCUAUUCCUGGAGGAGGUUUCACUCAGCCUUACGUCAAUCAUUUGGUUUAAAAGGGCCACCAUAGUGGAUUCAUCUGACAAUCCAGUGGCGGAAUCUGCCAUAAUAAUGAUAUAUAUCGAGAAUUAAUUUCCCUUGAUAUCAAUGUAAGUCAUGGUCGAUAUGUUUUUUCGAUAGUUGGCGUUAAAAGGAAAAAAAAGACGUUCUCCAGGAUUUAGCUAGGUUCAGAGCAGUAAGGUGUAUGGUGUGUGUCCCCGUUAAAAGACACGGAUACAGAUGUCCAGUUUAGUGGUGGAUUUAUUUGACUGUGGUUCUGCAGAUAAAGAUAAGAAGCAACUAUCAGUACAGCUCACACCAUACAUAACAGGAACAUCGAGUAGCAUAUUCACGGUAAACAAUACAUUCACACAAUAUAGCAUCCAACUUGGACAGUGAAACAUCAUAAAACUAACUUCCGGCAUUUACACACAAUAAACCUGGGAUGUGAAGGUGGCGAUUGGGUAAAAAGAGGUAAGAGGAAAUUUACGAACUGCUGCUUGAGGAGGAAACAGUGCGUUGAAUCACGUCGGAACGCCUAUAGUGCGUUCACAAGCGUAGGACAAAUGAAAACACAAUGUAACUGAAUGGUAUUUACUUGAAAACACCUAAACAACGUGGGCUUUCUAACAGGCAUUCUGCCGUGUCUCUAGCGCAACGCCUUAUAACAAAACGUCAAAGAGACACAAAGACCUCACAGAUGCAGUUGGUUAUUGUAUUGCAAAAAACAUGCCACCAAUAAGCACUGUUAAAUUUCAUUUUUAUAUUGUGAUAUAUAUUGAAAUUGACUGAUAUGAAAAUAUAUAUCGUGAUAAACUUUUUCCCAUAUCGCUCAGCCCUAUCAUGAAAUAUAAGUGUGUGAUUGAUCUGGUUUAUCUGACACCAAGGGAGAUAUUAAGACUGGUCCCAGACCCACAUGCCAGUGAAAAUUAAAACACUAGAGUAUCAGGGUAGGUAUCAGCCACAUGCAUGAAAUUUGGUCGUCCAAUUACCAGGGUACCAAGCCAGUACUAAUUAAAGACUCGUCAUCUCAGUGUAAUUAUUCACUCGGGUCUUUUUUGAUGCCAGUUUCAUGCUGCUGUGACUGUUGCUUGGACUUCCUCCAUCACUCACAUGUUUUAUUUUGGCUCCCAGCUCCCUGUUUACAGCAACUGAGUUCAAGACAAUCACCACAAGUGCCAGCGCACACUCAGCUGACAGCUUACAGCCUACUUACAGUCACUUUACGUUUUCUCACCCUGUAAAUGUGCCACGCCACGACACAAGUGAGCCUGGCCGUUAAAAUUUUGUGUGUUACAUGGUCUUGUAGGUUUCAUUAUCAUUAAUAAUAGAGAAGCCUCUGAACUUGGCUCAGGCUAUAAAUAAAUAAGCCUCGCUCCCGCAGGAUUGCGUAGCACUGGUUUAAAAGGGGUUUGAGUGUGUGUUUCGAGUGUGUGUGUGUGUGUGGUGAGUGAAGGAGAUUGGCCCCGUCUUUGAUUUAGGGGGAUUAUACUGGUACAUACUUUGUAGCUAAUGAGAAAGGAAUAACAACAUGGCGGUGUUUAAUUGGUCUGUAGGUCUGUAAUCACAAUGGACGGUUUCAUUCAGAUGUGAUAAGAGUCGCGCUCAGAUAGGCAGGCAGGCUGAUGCUCAGCAGCCUCAGUGACCCGCUUUUAUUGGCUUGUUCCUCACUGAACGUUUGAUGAUAAGAUAUUCUCGCGCUGUACAACGGUCAUUCAUAAACCUUGACUAACACAUGAGAGAGCUCAUACAGCUGAAGAGCAGUCUGACACUCCAUCACAGCCGUAGUACAAUAAGAGAGCAGGGUAAGUGCUCGGCUGCUGACAAUGUGGGAAAAUCCAUUUACAGUACGCUCUCGUUGUUCAUGCAUGUUUAUUUGUGCAUGGUGAGCUUCUGUACUGUGUUGCUUUAAGAUUCAUGAUGACUCCAUCUCUACAAAAGUGAAGCCAAAAUGUGCAGUGAUAGUGACUGUAUUAUGGGCUUGAAUCUGCACAGUAGGUAUAAUUGGUGAAGCUGUUAACAUAACCACACAUAUGAUUGACUAACAAAACGGCAAAGGCGGACAAAUUGGACUUCUGGUUUUGGACAUGGCGUGGUAGGUCGCGUGGCAUCAGAGCUCCCUAGUCAAGUGACAAAAAACCCUGAAAAUUCGAAAACCGUAUUUUUCGCACUAUAAGGUGCAGUUAAAAUCCUUUUGGCUUGUCGGAGCACUGCAGCUACCAUAGCCUCGUGGAGUUAUUGAAUGAGUUAAAUAAAGUUUGACUUAUGUGACUGUUUUGUUUGGCUUAAUGCGAAUAGAUGCGUUCAUUGAUGGUGCGCCUUAUAAUCAGGUGCGCCUUAUAGUGCGAAAAAUAUGGUAAUUACAGCGUUAAUUCAUAUUGACUGUAAUGUGACUGGGGUAAAAACGAAAUAGGAAGGAAAACUCGACUCACUCAGAAUAAAAAACACGACGACAGAUGAAUUGAGGAAUAGCUAGCUAACUGUGUAAUGGCUGAGGACGGCGGCCAUGAAACGGCACACCUCAUUGGAAGUAAGGCAGGAAUGGGCUCAGAUCUUGAAAUUAUUAGCAAGGAGAUAAGGGAUUGAAAAUACAGAGAUAGAAACAAAACGGCAAAGAUACUUCAGGUUGGAGAAGUUUUGGAAAGUUAAUGACUCUUUUGUUGGCGUUUGUCAUGUCUCUCCUCGACAUUUCUCCUUUACUCUCCUGCGUACAGGAGCUGCAUUUUUAACAGAGCGAUCAAUCAUCACUUUAUACUUGUGUAUAGCAUCCAAUAACUCGUCAAAAAUGAUGCCAAAUAUAGUGAUUAUGACAUCAGGUAUGUGUACUGCAAUUUUAGAGCCUGGGGCGCUGACACAGUAUCUACUCUGUGCCGGUUGUUUUGGCUUUACUUUUGAGAAGCUGUCGUGACGUCCAUCAUUCAUUUCAUUUUUAGUCCUGAUUGACAGAUAGAGGACAGCAGAGAGUAGAAGACAAGGAAGAGAGCAGGGAAUGACAUGUAGGAAAGAGGCUGCAGGGUGGAGUUGAACCCGCUCCACCUGCAUUUUUAGACCUAAACUGCCGGGCUAUCUGCACCCCCUGACUGAGUAUGUAGUUAUUUUGUUUUGGAUGUAGAUUUAUUGUCAGUACAGUUUUUUUUCUGAUGCUUUAUGCUGUCAAACUACACUGAUAAAAGAAAAUGCUCUGCCGUUCACUCUCUAAGAAAAACAAAAGAUUGCCAUAUCACAUCCAGGACACUCGGCUGUCUUUAACAAAGUCUGGACUGAUAUUGGCAGUUGAAGAAACUCUGGCAUUGAAAAGUGGAAAAUAGUCUCAUAACAUGAUAGUUGUGGACAUUUACUCCAUGACUGUAAAACUGCUAAGCAAUGCAGUUUCUCAAUUCUUUAUGAGCAUGUUUGAGAGCAGCUUGUCAGAGAAUUUAGUCAGCUGAGGUAUUCUGGAAAGCCCAGGCUUGGUCUGCGGCUUUUAUUCCCCUGUAAUUCUCCUCGGAGGAUUGGAGAAACAGAGAGGCAGGGAUUAUCAAACCUCCUCUUUUCUGUAGAGAAGACAAUGAGGGGGGAAAAAAAAAAGCUUUGAUUGGCUUUUGUUGUGGAGGUCAAAACGCCGUACACCAGCGGUAAACAAAGCGUUUCAAAUGAACUUAAAUAUUAAUUAAAGCAAAGUUGGUGUUGUUGUGUUCGGUGUAAAACAAGCAUUUUGAAGUGGGAGCGGAGAGACUUCUUUUUUCCACUUACAACAAGCUUUUCCUGACAUAGCGAUGAAACUGCAGUUUUCUAUCUGGGGGCAGGACAUUACUUUCAGGCAGCACAAUGUGUGGACAGAGCCGUGCUUAAUUCACUCUCAAAUCUAACCUAAAAAAAGAGCCGGAUAGUUGAAGGGAGGAACAUGUCAGUGACGGCUGAUCUGAUAUUUAUCUCCAGAGCUGUGUUUCUGCUGCUGUCUCACUGUCAACCAGCUCUCCCUCUCUCUGCAGGGAGCACACAAACGCAUCGUCUUCCUUCGUCUCUCGUGCUGUCCCUUGUUGCCAUGGAGAAACGAUGCUCUACUUGGAUAACUGGUGUAGGAUGCGGAGCCUGCUCCGUGUCCUUGUGCGAGUCCCUUUCAGUGUGCAAAGUGGAUUUCAGCUCAGUCAGGCAUUGUUUUGAAAAAUGUCCUCCACAGGAAUUUAAAGAAAAAUAACACCAUAAAGAGAGCUGCUUUAACUCUUUGAACUUUUUUUUCUUUUUCAACCGUUUAUCAUGAGCUGCAGGUAUUUUCACAUCAGCCGUCACUCUGACAGGACUAGAAAAGGAUCUGCGUGUUCGGAUCUGCAGGAACUAACUCGUGAAAACACAGGAAGAGAACUCAGACUAACUCAAGGUUCACAGCGCUCAACUCAGCCAGAGCAAGGACAUUAGCAUUUUUGAAAUUAAUAAUUCAUCAUGCCGAAACAGCAGCAAAUGGCAGCAGCCGUGACACAAUUAACCACUGAGAUUACUGAGGGCAGGAUUUUCACACUGAAUCUGAGCGCCAGCUGUGCUAAAGAAUAAAGAUACAAUGAAAUGAGAGCUGGUAAAGAGGGAGUUUGAUUAGCUUUGGAUGUUUUUCAAUAUUGGUUUUAUUUGACUGGACUUUUGAUGGCUUUCUCUGCUGAUCCAGAUGUCAUUUUGGGUUUGGAUGACGACCUCCCCCCCUGUUCGAGAGAGACGAGCAGGCAGGAGGUGUCUGACUGUUACUUGACAGCUUGAGAAAUGUGCCCGGCCCGUUGAGCCCAAAGGUGGCACCGCUCUGCGAGAGCCUUAACAAACAAAAGAUGAGAGAGAAAUGUCUCCGUGGAAAUGGCUACCAGUGGAAACAGAUGAGAGAAGUCUGAGCUGUGAUCAGUGGAGGGCAGAGCUGCAAGCGCACAAAAGAGGCGAUGAAGACUCACAGACACCAUAAGAAAGAGAAACCUUGUUUUCCUUUAAUUAACCAGGUUCGGCUCUUCCCCGAAAAUGUCCCAUUUUCAUUUUCAUGAGAUAAUUUUAUUGAAGCUUUAGUCCUCUGUAUGGCCUACCCGACUGUUAUGCAUGAAAUUUUUAUUUCCACUGAGUUUUUCUCUUUUUCAGUGAAAUAAAAACCCAAAGAAGACCCGGUUACAGCCCACAUAAUCAAAAAUAUCUGCUCCGAUUUUGGCAAAAUAAAGCAGAUCUAGAUAAUGAAUGCCAGUCUGUUUGAUGUGUGGUGGGUUGUCUGAGCAGAUAUCCAAACCACAAACUUUAAAGCAUUCUUACAGGAUCCAGACCGGUGUUUCACUUCAAAGAGUGACCCUGUAAACUGGUGACUUUCAGCUAAGUGUGUUUGUGGUUAACUGUAUUCAGUUGUGACAGCAAUUAAAUCAUCUGUUGAAAUCAUGCACAGAGUUACCAUGAUGUGUGAUUAAUGUAAACAUUUGUGUCUAGCCCUGUUAUAGACGUAACCCCCUCCAAUUGUUCGAAAACAGCUUCUAAGAGACGAUCAGUCAUUUUAAAAAGUGAUGUUCAAGAUUUAUGAUGAAUCAAAAACACUAUUAGAGCUUUAUGUCUUCAAGUUACUGUUUGACAUUUAUUAUUUUUAACUAUUCUCUUGACUGUUUUCUUUCAUUUUUGUAAAGUAAAGAUUGAUUGGUAGACUUAAAAAUAGAAGCACAGUUUGACAAUACAGGAUUUAAAGCACUGUAAAACCAAGAUAGAAAAAAAUAUCAAAACAAAAGUUUGACAAACAAUCAUUUAAUGAGGAUAUGUCUUCUCCAAAUACGUUUCCAGAGAUGGACAGAGUACUUGACUCCAGUACUUGAGUAAGAGUACACAUACUCCUGGUCAAAAUUUACUCUGCUACAAGUAAGAGAAGCCCAGUCAAUACGUUACUCGAGUAAGAGUAAAAAAGUACUUGCUUUUAAAUGUACUUAAGUAUUCAAGAGUAAGUAAAAGUAAGAGUAAGAGUAAAUUCCAAUUUUUUCACAUUAAUUACUGUGAUUUUACAAUUUCAUUUAUAGCACCUUGUAACUCUUGUUUCAGAGAAUGAACUCUUUGAAACCACCUGCGCUAAUGUUCUUGCCUGUAGAACCAUGAUGUUAUUCUGUACCAAGCCUGCACAAACAUCUAUAAAAAUGGAAAUAAAAUGAAUGGGAUCAUCAAAGAGGGCACACACACAUUGUACUUUUUUCUGUCUGUGUCCACGUUUCUCUUAUUUACUCCUGCAAACUCGAACAUAGCCUUCAGAUAAGGCCAUGGGUUUUCUUCAGGUCCCUCCGCCUCAUUCAACUCCGGCUAAUCAUAUUCAGACUCUGAGCCUGAGGAUUCAUCGUAGCGUUCUUCUCCUGCCGCCAUUGCCACUGCGGUCUUGUUUCAAGCUGAUAAACAAGAGAGCGCAUAUUUCCGCUUUUAUGUACAUCCCAGUGGAGAACGUGUACUAACACUGCGUGUGGCCAAUUAUGUUUUAGGGAAAGAAAAAAAAAAAGGCGAACCUAAAAGUAACGAGUACUCUUAGCCUUCUCAGAAAUUUACGCGAGUAAGAGUAAAAAUCUUUAGCUUGGAAAUGUAUUCUAGUAAGAGUUAUAAGUAUCAAAGAAUACUAGUAUUUGAGUAAAGUACAAAUCCUUAGAAUCUGUGCAGUACAGUACUCAAGUAAAUUUACUUCGUUACUGUCCACCACUGUACGUUUCAGUCACAGGGCUGGUAAUAAAACGCUAGUUAAGUCUGUAAAAGAUGAGACAAUUUCGUCCACAGAGGGCGCCAAAAAUGACACAAACCUGCAAGUUCCCCCCCUGGAGCUUUAGGAAAAAAGUCAAAACCAUGCUUCAUUUUAUUUUAGUAAUUCUUCAAAAACACAGUCAGAAACCAAAAUCAUAGCUAUCAUGAAUAUAAAUGUCUUUAAAAGUUUGAUAAAAGACCACUAAAAUGCGGGCUGACAGGCUGCUGUGAACAAUUUAGGAAUCAACUGCUACAAAAAUGGCCAAAAAUUUCUCACAGUUGAAAACAAAAACAAAAAACUGAAUUAAUUUUGUGCUUGGAAACCGGUGAGUUUGAGAUGAAAUGGUUUCAGCAAAUACUGAGCUGUUACCAAAACAAAGAUUGAAGAGUUUGAAUAGUUUUGAGGAGCCGGUUGCGUGAGUCAAGAUCACAAAGGCUUUUAAUAAUACUGGUUCGUCUGCUGGCAUCAUAUCACUACUGCAUCUACUUCUACAUUUCUGAUCUCUUCUUUAGCUGUCCUGUCUAAUAAAAACAAAAACACCCCAAGUUUGAAUGCUGGAUUUUAUUUUCCGAGUAUUUUCUGCUUUGCUUUAUUUGUAAUACACAAGAAAUAUGAUGCAGCACCGCACAAGGAACAUCCACUCUACAACCCUCCAGAGGGAAACCUCUGAGGGUUUGUUGACAGUGGCUUCACCACAGAGCAGUCUCUCACAUAAAACUGUUUCUUUUACGUCUACCUCUCUAUGCUAACAGUCAAAAAAAUGUAUUUAUUUUCACAUGGUUUGUCCCUUUGCAGGAGACAUGCUUCCCUACCUGUGGAAGUCACCGAGAAUCCUGGGAGGCUGGUGUCUGCGGGUCAUAGACGAGUCGUCCCCUGUCGUAAAUGGAAGUCUGCAUCCUUUGGGUACAGUAAGAUGUUAUUUUAUGAUUACCUGCUCAGUGUUUGUCCCAUGAGUGCCGCUGUGUUUCCAGCGUGGUGGCAAAACACUCAUUUUCUUGUCUUUCUCUUGCUUGUAUAUGUGUAACUGUUGUCAGAGUGGAUAAGGACGCUCUGGUUAUUAGGCUGUCUGUUGCAGAUAUAUCGGCCGUGACAGCUUGACGGCUGAAAACUUUGCCGUAAUUUAAUAUUUGAGUCCUUGCAGCCGAGCGCCAUUCAUCAGAUUUUAUGACACAGCACUUUCAGAGUUGCAAUAUUGUUUACCUGAUGUGAACAACGAACUCCUGUGGCCAGCUGCACUGCAGGGGGAGGUCAUUAAGAUUAGAUUUAAUGAAAUAUCAUCUGUGCGUGUAAUCUGCUCACCUAUUAGCCUGCGCCGAGCUCGGAGAUGGAGACAGCUUCUUAAAAAAAAGAAAGACACAAAGAGACGAGUGCAGAGACAGUCGCAUCGGUGGGACAGACUUAGGGGGCUUCAAAAGGCUGCAGAGAGUUUCAAAGACGCCUCCUACUGUAGCGCUGUGUGCUUCAUCAUCAAAAAAGCAGAGUGAGCCUAAUCCAUAGCCCACUUUUGGCUCAUGUGCAGCCCAAAAAUAAAUCCCAGAGCAUGAUGGUUAUGUUCUAUUUUUAAAGAGCAGUGUUCAGAAGUUUCUGAUGAGUUGGAACAUCUGCGGGUUGUUUUUAGACUUUGCUAAAGCUGCAGUUAAAAAAAAAAAGAGGAAUUAGCGAUUUCUCUCUGAUUAAUACCUCACCGGUGUGCGUUCUCUCUGAUUGUCCCCGGUGUGAUCGUUGCUCUGUUUGUAAUUCUGGAGAGCACAGCUGAAAGCUAAUAGGUUAAAUGGAUCAUGACUGUAAACAAGAUGAUGGCUGUGAUUGGAGGUUGAUUGUUUGCCUCUCAGGCUCAGCAGCAUUGUUUGCUUCUGUUCGGGCUCAGCCAUCUCUCACAGUCACGCUGUAGUCGACCUCUAAUUAAUAAAUGAUGACUGUGCAAAGGAGACACAACCCCAUUCAAAUUUAGGGUAAUUUGCUCAUUUAUUUCUGUUGUUUUCUUAAUUACCUUUCACAGAGCUCCUCAGUCUGUAUUCAGAUCAUCAACUUCAUUUGUAUAACCUUCAUUUAAAGCUAAAUAUUGCUACCUGUGUCGGCCAAUUCUGUCAUCCUUGCCACUUCCCUCUGUUUAUGCUUUCCUUGCACUUUGUGUGUGGAGAGCAAAAGCAGGCAGAACACCACCUGCUGCAAAGAAAUCCCUAUGCUAUCUAACAAGUUUAUUCAUAUUUUUAAACAGUUUACUGAAUCCAAGUGCAGCUAAGAAGUAAGAUUUAACUGCAGUUUUUUUAUGCUCAGGAAAGCUGUGAACGAGUAGAUUUUUUUGACAUCCUUGAAAGCUUUAAAAAAUGAAGUGACCUGGCAAAUGACAUUUUACAAAUCUGCACAAUGAUGUUUCCACUUCGGUGAACUCAGAACCAUCUAACUGGAAAUAAGUCUCAAGAUCAUCAGUUUCAUUUUCAGAUUUAUACCACUGAAGUUAGUUUCACCACUGAAGUUGGAGUUUCUGUGUGACUUGAUAUUCACAGUGAAACUGAAACUCUUAUAUAAGCUGUUUUCAGGGCUUUUUAAUAUUUUCAAGUAGUGCCUGACUGAUACAGAUAUUUUGGGGCAGAUACCAGUUAUUAGGGGGGAAAAUAAUCUGAUUACUGAUUAAUCGGCCGAUUAUUUAUUUUGUUAAUUCAAGUAAUAUAUCUACAUAUUUACUUAUUUUUUAACAACUGGCUGCUUUUGAGCCUUUCAAACACUUCUCAAUAACAUUAAUGUCAGUAAUAUUCCCUGUAUUUAUCAUGAAUUUAUCAUGAAUCAAACUCGCGUCUUAACUCACGUUACUCAUUUCUGGUCUGGUCUCAUCUGGAGACGUGCAGCUGCCUCAGUAAGAGAAGUAGCUGGAUAACUCAAUGUGUACUUUUGUUUAUUCUACCGUUACUGGCACGGCUAACAGUGGAGCAAGGCUAAUAGCUAGUGGCUAAUCACAUGGUGCUUCACCAUUAACUUGGUAUGACCGAGACCAGCACAGCGGGGAACAUCGUGAGGUGGGUUGAACUUGUUGACUUAUUGUGUAUUUCACAAACUGGUUUAUUUACCGUUGAGGCGGACCAUUCUCUGAUCCGUCACUCUGCUGUGCUGUGAGGUAGUUAGUGGAUGAAGAUUGUCAUGAGGUCGCUGCGCCAUCUACAGGACAAGUCGGGGGAUCUUUUUUAAAUGGGGGAACAUUUUCGAAGUGAAACCGAAUCUUAUUCUACGCAUUUUUUUUCUGGUAAUAUCGGUGACAACCAGCGAGUUUUGGCCGAUUACCGAUUGGUCUCAAACGGGCGAAAAUUGGUUGAUUGAUAAAUCGGUUGGACCCUAGUUUCAAGCAUUUUUAAGUGAGCAGGCAAAGACAUUUCAGCUUAUUGUGUCAAAGGUCCCCAUGUCUGAGACAGUUCCUCUACAGGAGACCACUUUGGCCCUAAAACAACUUUUUUUCACUCUUUUUGUUUGAGAAGAACGGUGAAAAACUUUAGGUUAACCGUUCUCUGUAUUUUAACUCUUGGUGUGUGACUGAUCUGUGUGACUGUGUUCGACGAAAAGAUGGAAGUGAAAUAUUAAUUAUUGUGCUAUUUGUGAGUGGCUUUACCAUGCCCUGCAGUCUGUUAAAUCCCUUUUUUAAGACGUUUUUGACUGUGCAUGUUAAAGAAAACUUCCAUUACAGGAAGUGUUUCUAUUCGGCAGAAAUGUCUGCUCUGAAAUAUGAAAAGUGAAGUUAUCGCAGCCCAGUUAAUUGAAGUCUGUGUUACUUUCAGCUGUCUGUCAGAGACUGUCGUUCUCUUAAAGUUUCCUUAAUCCUCGCAAACUUUGGAGAGUGAGUUUAGGAGUGUUAAAAGAAUUAAUAGGGCAACUUUGGUGUGAGUGACUCGCUAGACGUGCUUAAUGGCGGUGUUUGGACGAUCUCUUGAGACGAGCGUUCAGAGCGAGCAAAGAGGCUGCCAGAGCGUAAUAGCAGAAACAAACCCCAGAGACUUUCUUAGAUUGUUGCCUCUGCUCCACAUUUUUUUCUUUGCAUUCCUCUUGUAUUACUUCACUGAUGUCCUUCCUCACUGUCUAACCCUGAUUUCUCCUCUUCUUUCCCUUAAAAACAAAGCACCAACAUGCAGAGAAUCUAUUUGAUCCGACUUGUGCAGGAUGUUGUAUAGUUCAGACAUGAUAGUCUAUUUCUAUGCCUGAGUGUGCAUAUUCGAGUCAAUGCUGUUAACAAAUGAUGUAGCUGUUUGAGUAUUGGUUAUGAUUAUUUUGUUGCUAACCAUAUGAGGAUGAUCAACUGAGUGAAAGUAGAGUAAAUAAGCACAGAAGUACAAAAUUAAGACCAAAAAAACAUUGCUGGGUCCAGCAGGUGGGUCCAUGUAUUAUCUCUAUUCUCUACCACUCUGGCCUGGAGUUUUUGGUCCACGUUGUUGGCUACUUUGUUGUGCAAUGCGCAUGUGCGCACAGUAGAAAGGCACCGUGGUAAAUGGGGACAUCAAUAAUCUGAAAAAAAGUAGAUUUAUUAUUUUGUUUUCAUUUCCAUCUCUUCUAUAUAUUCUGUUUUGAGCUGAAAAUACGAAAACAAACACUAAUCUUUUAUUUUUUGGUUAUAUAGAAAAACAAAUAAACAAAAUAUUGACUUGUUUUUUCGUUUUACUAGAUUGAAUGGAAUAAUUGAAUGGACGGAUAAUACACGGACCCAGGUGCACAACAGUACAAAAGAGGAUUAGGGCAACACAAAGAGAAAAAAAAAAAUUACAGGACGGAGAUUAAAGUUGAAAUUUUGACCUUAAAAAAAAUCAAAAUUCUAUCAAUUAAGUUGAAAUUUUGGAAUUAAAAAUUAAAAUUUUGAGCUUAAAGUUGAAAUUUCAAGAUUACAAAAUGUCGAAAUGUGGUGAAUGAUGUCAAAAUUUCAAGAUUAAAGUCAUGAAGUCGAAAUUUCGACUUAAAUCUUGAAAUUUCGACUCUAAUCCCAAAAAUUGACAUUUAAAAAAAUCUCCCUUCUGUAACAAUUUUUCGCUCUUCUUGUGGCCCUAAUUCUCUUUCACACAACAGGACUCACAGCUGAGGAUGCAGUGAAUAGUCUUGUUCUCUGACAGUAAUUUUGAGUCCAUGCGGGAACUUCCACUUCAGAGUCAAGCCUAUUUUUAGCGCAGUGCUGCUUGAGAGCCACUUUUCGUCUUUGGCCCCGCCCCUGUUGCCGAUAAUUUUAUGCUGAGGAAGUUGUUUGUUAAGUUUUUGAUCCAUUUACUCACACAGUCUCUCACAGAGUGGUAAACCUUGUCCCAUCUUUACAUCAGAGUACCUCAGCUUCCCUCAAAGACUCUUUAUGUUUAGUGAUGUUUCUCACUUGUGCUUUUUCUUGGUAUGAUAAAACUAUUUUAGUGUUUUGUUGUCCCCGCACUAACUUUUAGGAUAUCUUUUAAACAGAUUCAUAUUUUUAUAACAAAAGAAAAUGUUUCUGCUCCAACAUUUCAUGGGUUGUCUUAGCACGAUUUUCAAUCAGUGAGGGAUAUCAAUGAUUUGAAAACUGUUAUGUAACAAUUGUCUGUGGGAUCUUGGGAAAAUAUCACAGCUUUCACACAUGAGCAGCUAUUUUCAUCAGCCAGCAAAAUUACCAUACGUGUGUCUGCACCUUUGUAUAUGUAUGUACGCAUCUGUGUGUGAUGAAGAUGCCUGCAGUGCAAUGAAUACCUGAACCGGAACAGAGGUGCUGGAUUACCUGACCUCUAUCAGAAUCACAUGCAUCAACAUGAACACAGUUCCCAGCGGGUGUUCAGUGCCUUCCCAUUCUUGAUGUGCCGGCUCUGCUGCGAGCUCGAUCAAUUGACAGCUGCUAUAAACAUGAACAUGGUAUAGAGCCUGAAGCGGAGGAGGCAAAUUGCAGGAAAUGCGAAGCAUAAAAGAGCUCAAUGUAAAAACACUGAAAGAGGAAGUCAUGAAAUGAAAGAAGGGGGGAAAUUUCUUUGAGAGAUGAAUAAUAAAUCGGAUACUUAAAUAGUUGCUAUUGGCCGUGAAAAUGGCUGAACCGCCAAUAAAAGUAAGAGGUAAAAAUGGCUUCUUGAUCUGCUCCAGUCUGAAUCAGCUUCAUUAAACUUAACAUGAACUCGGCAGCUGAAAUUCGGCAUUAAAGAGAAGUUGGUGGGAACAGACUGUGAUCAUAAAAAGGGGAAAAAUUCACAUUCUCAGUCAUUCUCGACGGUAAAUGACAAUCUUGAUUUUUUUAUUGAACGUUUUCCUUGAUCAUUUCAGCACCUUAGUAUAAAAAUAUCACUCUGCUUGUCUAAAAAGAAGCUCACAGAUGUACGCAGUGUUUUAUUUGGAGUACACAGUCACAGUGAGAAAGUAUUUGUUUGCAGCUGGAUGUGUAUCUUGUUUUAGCAUAAGAAGGAGUUUCGUCAGUGAGGGGGAACCCUGUUUGAAAAUGUGUGCUACUUAUUCCGCUUUGCAUUUUGUCUUUGAUACUUGAAAGCUUUGGAAAUCAGCCGAGAAAGUAAAACAAGCAGUAUGAAACAGUUUGAUUCAUCCUGAUUUUAUUCUUUUGAUAUCUUUAAGGGAUAGAUGAUAGAAAAACAAAUUUACCUCCUGGACUUUUGGAGAAACCAAUUAUCAGGGGAUAUUCAUGCUGCCAAAUAUGGCGCUCAUUUGGACAAAGGAAGAAGAAAGAAAGACAGAAAACCCACCGUGUUUCAGAGUUACCCACCCGCCUCACACAACAAAACUGACAGUCUUUUUUUACUUUUGCCACAAUUAUUUCUUCAUGCAUGCAGUGUAGGUGUGGUUUUAUGAAAGAAAAAACCCACUGAGAAAAAUAUUCACAUUGUUGUGUCUUCACUUUCUGUUGUAAUGUGUUGUGUUGGCUGCUCCUGCUGCCUCAGUUUAUCUGUUUUCUGCUUUGAAUUAUCUCCCCGUGACUGUUGUGUGCGCACGUCUCUGCAGCCUUGAGAGUUAAAAGCAGGAAGUGCAUUUCUAUGUGGGGUUAAGAAAGUGAAAGUGGAGCAGCCAGCCCGGCCAAUGAGGAUACAGGAUUACAGCUUAUUGUGUGAUGGGAUAAUUGCUCUGUAUGGUUUAGUGAGGAGAAAAGAAUCGGAAUUUUUCUUAAGGCCAGACCGCGACUUGAAAAGUGACGGCACAAAAGCAGCAGAAUUAAAUUUUAGGUGAUCAGAUGUGAGGUAGGAAAGGAGGCUUUCUUCUACUUUAGCAGGAUGAAACACACGUAAAAAAUAAAGUAUGUGUAAUUUGCUUUUUUUGUGCGUUUCUAGUAGCUGCUGUGUUCAUCCCUCGCAGCUGCCUUCUUGUUUAUAACUGUCCAGAGCUGGGAUCUCUGAGCACCCAUCAAACCCAGCUCAAGGCUGAAUGAAGGCUUUUAAAUACCCAAGAUGCACUCCUGUUCCUUUUUGCCUCUCUUUUCUUUUCUUUUCCUUUUAUUAAAAAAAAAAGAUUUUUUUUUUUCAUCCAUUUAUUUAAGAUACAUCUCCCUGCUUUCACCCUCUCUUUCUCUUUCUCUCUUUCUGCUGCUGUAAUAAAUUACAUCUGGUUUGACGGACAGAUUAAGAGAGGGUCUUUACGGAGGUAAAUGUAAGGCUGCCGGUCAGUCAUGUUGGAGGGUUAAUCUUCCUGCAAACAUUAACAUCCCUCCCUUAAAGCUCCCAUGGUAUUACCUAAAGGUCAUAAAGCUGCUAAUAUCCAGCAGCUCUGUUUAUUUGUGAUCUCGGUUUUGAUUUUGCAAAGAGCGGAUCUGAACCUGGAGCUCCAUUUCACGUCUAAAUAAUUCAGAUGCUUAAUGGUGUUCAUUAUGGGGAACAACUAUUUCCGAACAGAACCUGUGAUUAUCUGCAGGGCCCUCUAAUAAUACCACUGCAGAGCCUAUUGAUCCUUGGGAAUGGCCUGAUCACAUACCCCCCCCCCCCUUCCUCAGCUUGCCUGCCUGCUGUAAACAGCUGGGGAGUUAUUUGCAGACGGUUAGAGGCUGUGAUGUAGCCGCAGGGGCGAAUGUGGUGACAAGCAGUGGAAAUAGAGAAUUAUUACCAAAUGCAGCUUCGUGACCCCUGCAUUUUUGUGUGUUUUUGUUUGUUUUCCACGCUGUAACCCCCUUUCCUCUGAGGCCCUGACAGCAUCUGAGUUCAGCUGCAGAAAAGCUUAACGACACAGUAAACAUUUAUCGUACGUGGCAGCUAACAGUCCCAGCUAAAUGAAGGAGCCGUCUUUGUGUGCCAGAGUCUGUGUCAGUUUCAAGAAGGCGGUAAUGAAAGUGCCUUCCGCCUCCUAUAAAAUCCACCCAGUUGCAUGAAUUCCUUCUUUAUUGUGGCCUUUUUUAUUUACUGCUGUUUGUAUUGUAAAGUUUGAUUCCAGCAUAUGGGAAAUCACAACCACACAAUGAUUUAACGGCCCCCAUGAAACAGAGUGCCCACUUCUAUACCGUGUUUGGACCCCUGAGAAGAAAGCUGCAUUUUUUUUUCUUUCUUUGAAGUUUACAGCUUCCGUUUCGUCAUCACAUUCUCUAAGAGUUCAUUACAGACUCUGGGCUGCACUGUGGAUCCCCCACUUUUGAUAAGUUUCUUUGACUUUCAAGUUAAAUAAGGAGGAAGGUGACACUUUUUCACCACGUCUUUUACUUUUCACUCUGGUCUGCUGUUGAUCCUUUAGGCUGAGGGACAAGAAGUGUGUGGUGCCUUGUUAGCUUUCAGUACUGAGUGUUGGCUAUGUUUAAAUGUAUUUAGAGUCCAUUUAGAGUUAUUUGUAUACUCUAAUAUAUUUCUAGUGAUGCUUAAACAGACUGCUAAUACAAUAUUUGUAUAUUUACUUAUAUUCCUGUUAAUAUUUUACACUAACAUCAACAAUAAUACUGCAAAUUUAACAUUUUCCCUCAUGAAAUUCUAUGAGUAAUUCUUGCUUACUGUUUUAAUUUUGCAGUUUGUCUGCUCUCGGUAAUUGCAAAACUUUUUUUUAAAUCAUAAUGGCUGAAAAUCUUCAGUAGUGCAGACGUACCUCAUGGACCAACAAACAAGUUGAGUUUUAGAUGAUGAAUUGUAGAAAUUUGUUGCAUAAUAUUCAGGAGAAAAAAAACACCAAAUGUGCUCAGCUCAGGCUUUGACUUUGACUAAUGUUUUAGUGCUUAGUGGCAAUGUUUGGGAAAAAUAUGGUAAUUUUAAAAGCCUUUUGAAAACUGUGGUGUGUAUCAUGUGGGUUUUUAUCUAUCUAUCUAUCUAUCUAUCUAUCUAUCUAUCUAUCUAUCUAUCUAUCUAUCUAUCUAUCUAUCUAUCUAUCUAUCUAUCUAUCUAUCUAUCUAUCUAUCUAUCUAUCUAUCUAUCUAUCUAUCUAUCUAUCUAUCUAUCUAUCUAUCUAUCUAUCUAUCUACCAUUACAUAUCAAUAAAAAUAAAUAAUCAGUUAAAACACAACAACAAAUACUUCCCAUAAAGCAAACAUACCAAAAGAUUCCCUGUCAAAAACUUGUGCUUUGUUCCAGUUGUACUCGGAAGUCGGGAUUUCCGAGUUUCGACUUGUAAAUUCAUCUGGAACGCCCCCAGAUGAAGUCCGAUUUCCAACUCGGAAAGUCGGACGAUCCUCGCCAACCCCGACUUGAUGACAACAUCAAAACUCAAGAUGGCAGCGCAGUGCAUUUACAGUAAAGAGUGACAAUGAAACCACUCGUAAUGUACUGUUUAUUAGCACUUCUUUUUUUGUUUUGUUUUUGUGAAAUUAAGUAAGUGGUAUAUGUUGUGCUGCCCAAUGUCCAACUGUGAACACGGUGCUAUGGUGUUUGUAAGAGUAAAAUACUGUGUUGUGCGUUGUUUACAACUGGUAUAGCUAACAACAACUAACAACAGCUGACAACAGCUAACAACAACUGACAAUUGUAAACAACAGCUAACAAUGGCUAACAGUAGGCAUCCAUCUUGGUUUUCUGACUUGUUAACUGGAACGCCGUCAACUCGGGUGUUGCGUCAUUCCUAGUUCCGACUUCCGAGGUAACUUGAACGCAGCAUUACAACUAACAACAAACAGACUGCCAGUAUCACCGAGCAACAAUAAGUCAAACAACUGCAGAAAGACAAUCAACAAUAACAAGAACCAGUAUCAGUAAAUCCAAAACAAAACAAAAGGGACCUAAAACAACAAAAGACCUCCAUAGACAUUAGUCAUCUGACAUUACCACGACACUCUGUAUCAACAAAAAGACAACCAGCAAAUAACAAAAUCUCAUCGAGUGAAACAAAAACAGGAACAACAAAGAGAAUCCAGCUAUAGAAAAACACCCACAACAAGGAGACUCCUAUUUUUCUAUUCGACCUGACAAUGAUCCUUUUCCACUUUGCUUUUUGCUUGCCCAUAAGCAGGACCUCUGAUUUACUGCAGAGGUAUUAGAUCUUAGUGACCAUGAUGGUCUUUGACACUAGCACUGGUUUCACUGCAACACACACUUACCCAGCUUCCAGCCACAACCUCAAACCUUUGAAUCACACGUCAGGCUGCAGGCACUGGCAGUAAUUAGCUGUGACAUUAUCUGAGAUGUGGUCAUGGCUAAAGACACGGGUGCACUUGUGAAAUAUUAAUUUCUUUUUCUCCAGCAGGUGAACAUAAGCUAUCUGCUGCAGAGCCUAAUAGAAGAAAACAGGUUUUUGCGUUUCAGGAGGGUUCAGGUGUAAUGCACAGUGCCUCUGGAAUAAUGCUGAAGCAAAAAUGAUAAAUGGACUGUACUUAUACUGCGCUCUCCUGACAGCUCACAGUGCUUUUACAUUUCAUGUCACAUUCACCCGUUCACACCACAUUCACUCAGUAUGGCAGAGGCUGCUGCUAUGUAUGUGCUGCAGCCAUCUAUCCACCACUUUGUCACCUGGACAGUGGAGUAUGGGAUCGAACCCAAAUCUUUAGGUUUAAUGAAAAGACUCCAAAGGGUGAAUUGUGAGCAAAGCAUGUUUGAUUUUGAAGCUUUAAGGUGAUGCAAAAGCAACCAAUGCAUCCUUGAGCCUAGUGAAAACACAUCAGCGCAUCCUCAGUGUUAACACCCAUUGUCACUUUUCCUGCUAAAGUAGAUAUAGGCAGAGAUUGGUGAUUCUCGCUCACAAGGCUUAUCCUUUCAUCAGCUCCAUGCCAAAGCAAUAUCAAGCAAAGGGCCACAAAGCGCUUCAGAUCCAUCUCCCAGUCUGAUAGAAAGCAUUUGCAAUUCCAACGCCGCGUUUUCGUCGCUCGCAUCGAGCAGAGGGGGGGAGGCUCCUGGGGAGGAGGUGAGGGAGGAAGGAGUCACACUCAAUUCCUACAGAAAAUAAGAGCAGGGAGCUGCAUGAUCACUUGAUCUCAUCUGCUUUUUUCAGGGAUUCAUCUGUGUAUAUGCGAGGAGAUAUUAACUCGGUGUGUGAUCUGUUUGUGUGCGAGGUGAGAUCUCCGGCAAAUGAAGAGCAAAAAGUGGACAUGAUAGAGGGAUUACACUGUGAGGGUGGAAAGAGCAGAAAGCAAGACAUGAAAAAACUGAUCAAGGAGCUCAGGACCAGCAUCUCUGACUGCCUUUGAAUGUGUGAUGCUUUAUAGUAAUGGCAUAAUAAUGGAUCUCUGUGGCUAUUGAUGUCACAUUUACAUGGAAUAUUCCAGAUGAUUUGUGACAACCCUUCAACAAAGCUGUCACUUAAAGAGAAAAAGGGGUUUUCCAUUAUUCCUAACAGCAUACAAAUGAUGAGGGCAUGAGUGGUUGUCAGGUUAUGGCAUGGGAGGAUAAACCUUGUUAUGAGGAAAGACAAAUACACGGAGGUUUGAAUUGAAUUAGUUGAUGUAAAAGCAGACAUUGUGAUUAAAGAAGGUGAACCUGAUGCUGAUCUGUUCGUCCUCAAACAUUCAAAUGUAUCUCAGUUAACUUCAUCCCAGUGCUUAAAAACAAGGGAUUUGGAGGUAUAGUGUAGUAUAAUUAAGAGUAGACUUUAUUUUAUGGAUAAUAGUUCAAUAGUAGAGACUGUUGACGUUUUUAAGAAGAGGCUCAAAACUCACCUUUUUCACCAGCCUUUUCAAUAAUUGCCUUUUUAAUAUUUCUCUUAUUGCAAACGUUCAUUUUAAUAAUUAUCUCUGUUCUUAGUCUUCGUCUUAAUUCCCGUCUUAGAGGUUUUAAAUUCUUUUACCCCUUUUACAUAGUAAAGAGCUCUUAUCUGUUCAUUUAAUAUUAUUUUUUUCUUUUUCUUUUUCUUGUUUUAGUCCAUCAGGUUUUAGUCUUUCUUUAGUCUUUCUACCAUUUUAUUUUAUUUUUUAUCUUUCAUCUUUAUCUCCAGUGUUUCCCAGAGGUAGCUCUUUCCUCACGUAAUGUCUCAGUGUCAGGCCAUGUCUCUUGAACAAUAUAUCUUAAAUUCCCACACUGUGUGUGCUUGUGUGUGUAUGUGUGGGUGAGUGAGGGUGGGUGUGUGUGUGGGUCCAUGGGUGGGUGUGUGGGUGGGAGGUUUGGGUUUUAGCCUCUGUGAGGCACUUUGAACUGCAUUUUUGUCUGAAAAGUGCCAUAAAAAUUUGUUGAAGUUGAAUUUUAGUAGAUAACAUAAUCAAGCACUAUACUAAAGAACUUUUUUUUGUAUGGAAGAAUUAGGAAGAUGCAAGAUUUUUUUGCUGUGACAUUAUAAUUAAGCUUAAGGUUUUAUUGGCAAGCAUACAGCAUGCUAGUUUCUGUUGUAUACUGGUAUAGCUCACGUUUGGAGUCAAAAACAAAAAUAACAAGCUUGACAUAAAAGAUGAUGCCAUUGUCGUUAAGGUCAAAGAUGACUAGAUAUGCAAUAGAUCAGCUGUGUGUUGUGUACCUGCCAAGGGGCUUCUGCUAUCUACACGUGUGUCCGAGGGUCCUGCUUAUUAGCGUCAGGCUCAACAAAGGCUGUGUCCAAAAUGAAUCACUCAAUCCCUAGUCCCUAACCCCCCAUAUGGGAUUUCACUAUAUAGCUGACUAUGUAGUGAGCUCAAUCACUGGAGGUUUCGGACACUACAUGGCAAGACGCAAUGCAUGAAGGGAUGCCCACCACCGGUGAGUGACCAUCGGAUGGUCACUACAUUUUGCAAUGCUCUAUGGGAAAUUUUGAGUCGCCCAUAUGGGGCAUUGCAAUUGAUCACUCAGGUUUCGGACACCCCUCAAAAUGGCGCUAACCCCCAUAUAGUCUCCUAUAUAGGGGUUAGGGAUCUAUUUCGGACACAGCCAAAGUUUUGCUGUCCUGUUUUGGGAUCUUUGCUUUUUUUGGUUUCAGUUAUGAGGAGAAUAAAUGUCCAAUCGAUGUCGGUGCUAUCAAAAUCCUACACUCACCUGACUCAUCAUCAACUUCAUGAGACAUUGGUGCUACAACAAAGCAACAAAAACUUUUCUCAUUUGUUAAAAACUUUGUAAAUUUCGUAAAAAAAGAAAAGGCGGACACUACAGUUGGAGGCGCUUUUGAGGCUUUCAGGAGUCAGAGGCCCCUGGGCUCCCGCCUACAUGGCCUUGUGGUUAAUCAGUUCUUGAAUGAAGUUGCCGAUCACCUGAAGUCCUUCUUUCUUCAUAAUGAUACAUUUGGUUUUACUGAGACUAUUGAGUUAACCCUAAGUCUUUCACAUCAUUAAGAGUGAUUGUGCAAUAAGUGCUCUCACUGUACCACAGGGCUGGAGUUUCAACCUCGAUGAACAUCAGGUGUGUCUCUGAGGAGUAGAUUUAUAGCUCUACAUCAGUAUGACUGGCACCAGCCUACCUGGUAGUUUAGCCUUGAGAAGAAGCCUGUGGGGUCAAGAAACGUCUCAGUCUGAACGGAGGCAGAGAAAGAGAGACAGCUCUUUGUUUGGCCCGCAAUGAAAAGCUCGUCUGUCUUCCUCCUCUGAAGUUCUCAGGCUGCAGGCCAAGUCAGUGACAGGAGGAGCCUUUGCACAGCGCUGUGUCCUCUGCCAGAGAGCUGCAGAGUUUGUGCUGUUCUCUUUUUUUUUUGGAAAAGCUGCGAGAAAACAUAAACCUAUCAUCUGUGGCAAUGGGUGGAGAGGUCAGCAUCCCAGGGGAGUUCAGUUUUUCCAGCUGUUAAAACUAAUUUGAGCGGUUAGCAUAAUGUUUUUGUUUAAUUAGCGAGGAAAGCGGAACAUAACAGUGCUGAAAAAACAUGAGAUAACACGGUAUGUGAUGUUCCACUGAGAGUGCACGUAUUUACAGACUUUUUCGAGGGUUUAGUCCUCUGCCACCCUUACUGUUUCUUAAUCAUUCAUCAAACCCACAUAUGUUUGAUUAAUGUGGCUGAAUUGAGCAGUCAGUAGGUGCAUGUAUUAUUUGGUUUCGGCGCUAUCAAUAACCCUCCUGAGGAAAAUGUUUCUCCAUCAUCAGUAAUGGUAUUGAUCUCAUCAGGCUGCUGUUAUUCGUGGAGAAGAGGUGAAGCACUGCCAUCUUGUGGUCGGCAGAUCUCAGCGCUUCCCUCCUCCCUCUGAGUGAUGUGUUUGAAGUGGGCUGAGGUCUCAUGAGAGGAGACGGGACUCUGCCAGGCUGCACUAUUGGGGGUUAACAAAAUACUUCCCACUGCUCAGCACACACGGUUCCACCAGUGCUUCUCCGAUCUAUUGUCCAGACACAUUAAAAACAGCCCAAGGAACAUACAGUUUCUCUUAGUAAAGCUGAGAGGCAGAGGAAAAAAGACUCACUUUAAUGGGGGUAAAGUGGUGCAUCAGUUCAGAGAAGUCUGACCGAACAGAACGUGCUGUUUUGUGACCCGUGGCUGUUGUUUAUCGCAGUUAUCCAUCUUUAUAUGGGCUGGGACAACUCAGCAGAGAAUGACAGCCCAUUCAGCCAGAAACCAGCCAUGUCAGGAGAGACUUUGAUUUUCAAUUUCAGCCGAGCUGCUUUUGAGGAUUUCUUUUUUCUCUCUCUUUCUCUCCAGUGUUACCAUAGCAAUCAUGCUGCCUUUUAGUGUUAUUUUCAACAAUUCUAAAGCUGCAUCUUGAGGUGAGGACAAAUCCAUUGGUAGCUGACCUAAAAAAAGAAGUGUCAGUUAAUGCAGAAUAUGUUCGUCAACAUGAAUUCUAGGUGUGAGACUGCGAACCAUUAAAUAAUUUUUUUCGUGAAACAAGCUGCAGUUGCUGAAAAUGAAGGCAAAAUUAUUAACAUGUCAGCAUCAUGGUUCUCACAAGGGGUUUUGGACUUUCUAGCCGUUUUAUUUAUACUGGGGGAUAAAUAAAGGUUUCCCUGAUACACAUUAAAGUGAUGAAUGAUAUUAUGAUGCAACCAUCCUACAAUAACCAGCAAUAAUACACACUCCUAAAAUCACUCUCUUGAUAUAAUCACACUCAUGUGUCAAGACAUGCAGGGUUAUGGAGCUGUCUCAACAUUUCACUGUAUGUUUUAUUUGUUGUCAUUGUGUAAAUGGAUACAGUAUAAUAUCUCAUGAUAAAUAAAGAAAAGACAUUUGUUUUUGAUCCCAGCUCUUUAACUCUCAGCAUCUCCUGCAAAGAUCUCCUUUUAAAUGGCAUUGUUUUCCUUUUCCACUCCAGCCUCCACCUUCCUUUUUUGUAAUUUCAACAAUUCACACUAUUUUAUUGAAAGAGGAUUCAUCAUUCAUCAUAUUCAUAAAUAAUUAAUAAUAAUAAAAAAGGAAAAUCUUAUUCAGUACCGAUCUGUCACUCUCUUUGUGAAGUAUAGUGCCCUGUUAACCUUGCCGAAAGCAUUUCUUUUAUAAGUAAACAUCAAAAUAAUCAGUUGAAAAAUAGUCAGAUACCACAACCUUGAUUGGUUUCCUUUUGUAGAGAACCAAAAACAUUGUAUUUUUGUCUUAAAGAUGUAGAAAAUCCUGAAAUUGUAAAAUGUUUAAUGUUCCUUUAAAAUGCAUCUAUCAUUUAUUGAGUUAUAGCUGAUUAUCCUUUUUUUAAACAGGCUGCUUUUCUGUGUAAAGAAAUGAGUCAAUAUCAGUCAGCUGAAGCUUUGGAAGUUGAUUUAUUCGGCUGUUCAAAAUCUAAUGAAGAUGCCCACUCAUCCUCCUCCAUACUGUGACUUUUGGUCUCUCCACUUUUCCUAUUGUAGUAUUUUUCAAAGGCUGUUUGAAAACCUUUUUUUAAUCAUUAAAUAGUUUGCUGGGUCUACUUUAAUUUCAAUCUUUUACUUGGUUAUUCAGAUGUUGUGAAAACUGCUGUAGUCAGGUCUUGGUUUGUGCACUCCUUGCUUCAGUAAACAAGGAGGACUAUCUUCAAAAGGACAGACAUGAAGCAAUUAGGUCACAGCUCAUCAGCAUACAUUUUCCCUCUGACUGUAAAGCCGUCUAUAGUGUGGGUCAUGUCUUAUCUUUGUAUUUGCAUGUAAUUUAUUUAAGUGUAACUUCCUUUCUGUGUGCUUUGAGACAGUAUAGGAAACCUUCUGCAGACACUCCUGCAAAAUCCUACUGCUGCUAUGGUCCAGCAGCGCACAUCAAACACAAAGGCCAGCUGGAUUCAAAGGGGCCAUAUGGUGACAGAGCCAAGCAAGGGAGGGGUGCACAAGAGGGCCAAUGUGUGCAAAUAUUUUUACAUCUGAAGGGCCACGCGGUAGAACGUCUUGAUGUGAGCAGGGCCAUGCUGUGCGAGGAAAUAAAAACAGCACUUAAUGCGUCAACUUCAGCCCUCAUAAUUGUGUUUGUUUUUUGCUUUUAUACAUGUCGAGUGUGGGGGUGUUGAAGUUUUUGUGUCGAAAUACGUUCUGCUUCUCAAACCAUGAAUUUAAGGUUAUUUGUCAAUUUGAUAGAGUGUAUUGCUUACAGCUCUGCCCCUCCUGUCUGUGUGUGUUUGUGUGUGUGUGUGUGUGCCCUGACUAUUAAUAAAUGCUUGGGAUGUUCAGCGAUUCCCACUCGCUUACCUCUACCUGUGUCAGACUCCCUCCCCUGAUAGCUUCUCACCACACACACACAUGUUUACAGAUACAGAAACACAGAGAAUCGAGCACAUAGAGUGGUCAAGAGGUAACAUCCCAUCAGGUUCUGCUGGAAUAAUGUGCAGACAGCAGAGCCCCUCGGGGGGAAAAAAGUGUUUUUCAUUAUAACAGGAAGUCUAACUGAAUUGACUGGAUUUCAGAGGAAUAAAGAGUUCACAAAGUGCUGAAGUUUGGAGGCCAGACUUUUAAAGAGACUAAAAUGGUCCUGACAGGAGGUCAUAAAAAAUGUAUUGUUAACAAAAGAUCAACUUUUUAUGCUUUAACUUAUGAGGGAAACUGUAGAUCAAGCAGCCAAAUACAGGGCAUGAAUUACAACAGCUGAAAAUAUGGGAGUGAAAGUGAGUUUUAGGAAUCCAUCAAAGACGAGGAUGUUGACAAUAUGUAUAUGCGUGCGCAGCCAUGGGGCAGAAAGCGGGACAUUUCUUAUUUUUUUGCUAGCAGAGUCAAUGGAGAAAGAAAAUGACAAGGAGCUGUUGCGCUGUAAACUGUACGAAUCGGCAAAACAAACAAUCGGCAAACAUUACGACCCUGCUCCUGAUAUUAGAUAAACAUCUAAAAGAACGUCGCACCUGGUAAAUUGAGUGAAAUUGAUGGACAUUUCAGUAAGUGUUUUUCUGAUUUUGAUGCAAUGAAAGACAAAGCGAUUUUUUGAUGAAAUGACAUUAUGUUGCAAUUGUGUCAGGGAGAACUUGCAAACAAUACGGCAUCUUCAUUGAUAUCAGUUCACUCCGAAGUGAUCUUUUGCCCCAUGGUUGCGCACGCACCUAGUUUUGUUUGUACACAAGAAACCUGUUUAUUAGCUUGAAAGAAUUGGAGAAACAGCUACAUUAACCAAAUAUUACCUUGUGUAGUGCUUAACCACUGGUUUUGUUUAUCUCAAAGAACGACAGAAAAAAACAGAACAGAAAAUAGUGUUUUAUUUUCCAGCUGAUUAGGCUCUAGCUCUUUAACUCUCAGCUCCUCCUGCAAAGAUCUGACUGGAUCCAGUCUGUGAGCACAUGUGGAGGUCUAGUACACAUCUCAACUUUAGGAUUAAACUGUAAUUUGUCAAAUCUAAUUAUAUAUCCAGUGCUUGAAAUUGUUCUAGAUAUUUUUUGUUCAGUGUUUUUCUCUUUUAACUCACUGGUACACACAAACAAGAGUGCAGAAAUACACAAACAAACACACUUGUACAAGCACACGUGUGGCCUUGUGAAGACAGACACAUAAAGAGAGCAGGAGAGAUCAACACAUGUGCUUUCUAAUUAGAAGGUACAUCGGCAGUGUAAUUACCAUCAGAUGACGCGCGUAUAGACAAUCAGCCACAACACAAGUUCAUUAAUGAAAAGACAAAGGUCUGACAGAGGUAGUCACCUUGGUGCGACACACUCGAUACAUCGACAUGCUGUGUGCCAUCGAGUCUCCACGAGGAUGAAACAUAUCCUCCCCUGGUGACUACAAGCCAUGGCUUAGGGUUCGUGUCUACAGCCUACAGAAUGUGUGUGUGCGUGCAUGUGUGUGUGUGUGUAGCUUUAUUAAGUCCUGAUGAGAGCUUGUCUCCAGAGACGCUCUGCUACCUGCCUACCAUGAACACCCUCGAUGCUGUUACCUGGUGGACGAAUCGACAUGGGUGCUGUAUAUUUCCCCCUUUUUUUUAAAAGCACAGCACAUUUUGGCUGUAAGAAGCCAAAUAAUUCAUUUUGACACAUUUAUCAGCCAAACCUUCAAUUUCUGUUUCAGAAUUGAGGUUUAAAGUUCAAUAAUUUUCUCUAUUUCAGCGGAAUAUUUCACGUUAACUGUCCGAUUUUGUAGCGCUUGUACAUGAUGCAACAUCGGUGCAAUCUGCUUCUCUUUCCCCUGACUUUGUGUUUCUUAAAGUACAAAGUCCAGAACUGUACUACAUAAACGCUAAUUUAUUUAUCCAAUAUCCUCCUUUUCUUCUUAUCCAUUAUUCGACUUCAUCCUCCGAUUUGGAGUGUUUUUUUUCCCUCUUUGUCUGCGGACAAAAUGAACCAGAAAUACAGCAGCACCUGUACCUGUUUGCACCUUCCCUUAUUAGACAGGAAAGGCCCAUCUGUUUUGAAAGACACUCCAGAGAAAUGUGCAUUGAUUCCAGAAGAGAGCGAAAGAUGAAAUGAAGAGAAGAGGAGGAGGAGGAGGAGGAGGGGGGUGAGUAUGUGAGAAGAAGAGAAAUUGGAAAAGAGAGAAGGAGAGAGGGAGUGAAAACAAAAUGGGAGGGAGGAGUGAAGAGAAGGCAUGAUAAUGAGCCCUACCUCUGACACAUCCUCCUGUUUCUAUGGAGACCAAGGAGCCAAUCGUGUGGCCAAGCUGAGGACUGUACUACUCAGAGUAGAUAAGAGGGUGGAGAGAGGGGCUUGUAGAUGCUUCUCGGUGUUCAGGAGAGGCAUUCAGAUCUCGUUGUAGCUUCUCUUCAGGAUGCUUUUUUUUCUGAAGGUGCGUUCUCCAAAUCAUGGACUCCUGCAAAGAAUUACCCAUCAUGCUUUAAUACAGAGGCUUCUCAUCAGCUGUUUUAGCCUCAGAGCCCUAUGACCCCCUUCCAGCUGUCAUUCUCUUCCAUCUGCAUCUCCCGCUCCCCCAUGACCGGCCCCCCUAACAGCCGCCAGCCUCUUGGACGCUCCUCGUUACAUCAUUCACGCAGCUCUGUGGCAGCCUGUGUUUGUGACUGGGAGGGGAAGAGAGAGAGAGAGGGAGAGAGAGGGAGAGAGAGAGAGGGAGGGAGAGUGAAUGUGAGUGAGCCCCGUGUGCACACGCCAUCCCCACCACCAUCGAGUCCCCAUUGACCAGCAAACAGGAUGGACAAGCCGAGCGUGUGGCGCGCCGUGGUGAGCAGCACGGACGCCAGGAGGACACGAGACCCUGGGUCCCACUCUGGCAGCAGACCAGGCUCGGCCAUGGGGUACAGGCUCUACGACAUGUGAGUAGCAUGUUUGGCGUGGUUUAUCAUCCCGCUGGAGGCGGCUCCGGUGUGGCUCCCAUUCAUAGAGACAGCGGUUGAGUGGGUGGAGGUAGAAAACACGGUGUCUACCUCUCCGGUGUCUCUGCUGAGUCACUUAUGGCAUCCAGACCUUUCCGUGUCCUCUCGUGUUCCCUCUCAGUGCUCUUAGUAAACAACAUCUCUCCCGGGGAGGGGCGGCGAGCUGGAACAUGCGUUCGUUUCUGCGUGAAUGAGACGCUCAAAUGUCACCUGGAUUGAUUAAAAACCAUGUGUCUCCUCCGCACAAUGAGAGCGGACCUGAGCGUUACUCUGCGGCGAGCGACAACAACACGACUUCAAUCACAACAGAGACAUGUGAGGGUUAGUUUCAGACCCCGGGGACGCUCGGAGAAAUGAGUCAUUUCUGAGAGAUGCUGAGGCACACGAGUUCCUUGCAGCUUCUUGUCGUACAUUUGUGGGUGUGAGUGUGUUCUUGUGUGUGACUGGUACGAUGUAUAUGUGUGUGUGUGGGGGGCAUCGCCUCAGUGUGUGUGUGUGUGUAGAGAAUGCGGAUGGGUCCGAGCUGUUAUUUUUGGGAUCGCUUUGAGUCUUACGGUCUGUUUGUGGAGUCACGUGUCUGAUCUGCUGAAGGUGGACAGUAUCAAAAAAGUGUCUUUACCUGAAGACAAGACGAGGGGGUUAUAAUUUUAGUGUCCCGCUUCUACCCUCCCCUGAUACUCUAUUAAGCUGAAUAAGCACUGUGCUGUCUUAUUUCUCUGCAGAGCCACGUUAAAGUUUGUGUGCGUAUACCCUGCAUCCCCACUCGUUCUCCCAAAGCCUUGUAAGAGUAACCACUUGAAUUUUUCAUACAUGUAGUUACCAGCUGGUGCACACAGCGUUGAGCUGAAUUACCCCGCCGUGUCCUGAUCUAAUACCAUACACGAGGAUCAGUCAUCUUAAUGAAUACGAGACCUUCACGGGUCCCCACUGAGCCCUUCACAGGCUAUCUGGCUCUGCUCUUCACGGCUUAAAUCUCUGUCUCAUUUUCAUGCAUGCAACACAUAGCCCGUAGGUUCUCAUGUUCCUUCAGCGUACAUGUAGAUUUAAUUUUAUUACAUGCUUCUGUACGUUAUAGUUGCAUAACAGUCGAUUUGACAUCUGUGAUUCAGAGAUAGCAGCUGAUUCCUUUCCUCCAAAGAGAGGUUUAACCACAGAGUCACAUGACUGAGCCUCCUGAAAGGUGAGGAUGUGCUGCAUAUCAAUGACUUGGUUGUUGUCAGGACACUAGAGUAGUAUCUCUUCAGAUUGCCGCUAAUGUGUCGGUUUGUCUGCUUGUCACACAAAGUCCAAUGCUCUUUUAAUGAGAGGCUGGAGCGGGAUGAGUCUGUGCUGUUAUAAAUGUCAUCUCAUCAUGGCUGGCGGGCCUCAUUUCCACUGGAAUUUAAAAUGCUGUGCCUUAAACACUCAGAGCCCAAGAGGAGAGGAUAUCCUGAGCUCAGCCGACCGCUCUCUUAGCCUUCAAGGAUACUAUACACUUCAAUACCCUGGCCUGUAGGGAGGCAGAGGCUGCCCUGGGUGGAGAAAACUCCUUUAAUAGGACAUGAUAGUACAUUUUUCUCUUCAGUCAUUUCAGUUUGGGACGGGUAAAGAAAGUGUUUCUCUGUGAAACUCUGCUCAGGAGAAAGGCGAUCAGUGCAUACAAGAAAUAAUCCGCCAUGUGUGAAGCCAUUUGGCAAGGAAUUUACUGUUCGAAACUGGUUGUCAAAGUGUUUACUGGUGCAAGGAAUGUACAGCUGGACCCUACAGGCGGAAACACUUCAUGUUCAACAUAGAGAUAACAGCUGAUCUGUAGUUUUUCUGUGUAUUUUACUAUCUUGAUUAGUUGUCCUGAACCUUGCAUGUACAAAAAUAUUAAGAUUUCAUGUAGUCGCUGAAAUCUGAAAAGCUUGAUAGUCCUGUUUUUGAGACAUUGCCAUCCAGCAGGUUUGAUCUUUGUGCCUCUAGAUUAUUCCUGCUUCAGCUCUCUGAUUGUAUACCACUGUACAGACAGCCUAGGUAAUAAACAUCAGAGGGCUUUACCCUUCAAUAAGAUAAUGUCACGCAUCCUCAGAGGGCAUUCGUGCCAUAAAGCCACCACAGCAGAAAUGCCCACUUCCUAUUACCAUGAGAGAUUGUUAGUGUGAUGCCCCCGUACGAGUGACGCCAGCGCUGAUGAAAAAUUGAGUGCGUCACUGGAGCUGAAAAGCUCUGACGGCACAUUCCUUCAGUUGGAGCCUUUGACAUCAGAGUGUGCUGGGUCUGCAGACUAAGAGAGAGAGAGAGAGAGAGAGAGAGAGAGAGAGAGAGAGAGAGAGAGAGAGCAUACAGAUAACUGUCAGCAUAGCUCUGAAUGUGCCUCAGCCGGAGACAGCAGAUGUUUGAGGCACGCUGCUAUUGCACGAGACAACAACUGCAUAGAGUGUGUUGUACAGAGCAGGCUGUCGGUUCUUAUAGCGUCAGGACUGGCAGUGAGAUAUAGCCACAUACUGCAUGUACCAGCCUGUCUUUGUAACACUCAUAAUGAUUUUUCACUUAUCUGAUAGUGACAGUGACUGUUCACUGCCUUUAUUGACUGCAGUUAUUCUGUGAAGUGGUCACGAUUACAUCCAUUAGAGCGCCGCCAUUACUAUUUUACUCAUUAUGCUGACGACUGUAUGGUUUAUUUAUCGAUUAAAUGGUCUUUUCUUGAUAAAUUUGACAGAUACAAGAAAAUCCAAACCGCAAGAUUUACUCAGUUAUCUUACAACCAUGGUUAUGCAUGUGAGCGUUAUCGUAGUAGCUCGUGAACAGCUGGGAGCUCCUUACGAAGGUCGAGAACUGCUGUGCUGAGGUGUUAUGAAAGCCCCAACUCUUCAUCAUUAUGUCAAGAGUACACCAUCAGCCUGCUGGACCCUACUGUACUGAAUGCUGGAGCAGCAAAUUUAGCUUAUGCCAAAAAAAAAAAAAAUCUCAAACUUGGCUCAGAACUGGCUCAGUCAUCUGCACGCGAGACAUCAGCAGCUGGACAUCUGCAAGGGCUGGCGCAGAGUUUUCAUCGGCUGAAUCUGCAGCCCGAGCUGAGCGAGGAUUAUCAAACCGACGGGAGCUGUUUGGGCUCUCAGGGGCACAUCUCAGUAAGCCAAAGUUUCCUCGAGGGAGUUGUCAGUGGUUUAAAACAGCCCAUAAUAAGCCCCUUGCCUUUGCCAAUAGCAACGUCAGAGGCGACAGCACCGUGCAGAGAAGGGUGCAAGAGAAAAAAAAAAGGAUGCAUCUCCAGAACAUUUUGUUCCUCUGGCAAAAAUAAAAGCAGAUAUGAGGAUAUGUUUAUCAGCAACAAUAUUAUAUAAGGAGCAUGGCACAGAGAUAACACUGAGCAUUUCCUCUUGCAUAUUGAUUUCUUCUUCUAUGGUGUUUGUUUUCUGUUUGCUGCAUGCUGCAUCCAUGCAUUAAGUUGUUUCUGCACAGACUGACUCAUGCUUAAACAGUAUGCUCUUUACUUGUAUGUUUCCCACUCUCAUGACUCAGAGGUUUUUGAUGUGUCCUAUAUUCAUUCACUUCAUACUAGAGAUGCUAAUCCUAUCAGGGUGUUUUAUUUGUCAAACCCACAUCAUGGUGACUCAGUUAUAAGUAAGCUAUAAAUAUCGUUCAACAAACAAUGUCCAUUUAAGAGGGAUGAAAAAGUCUGCAGAAUUUCAGGAGCCGUCCUUUUUUUUCUCUUGGUGUUUACAGCCUGCUGGGUUGGACAUGUGUGCUCUGCUGGUAGUCCUGCAUGUUUACGUGUAGCCUCAGCGCUCUUCAUCAGUCAUGUUGCCUUUCCUCGGCGUAUGAAAAGCCUUACAGAAAGCCGGUGGAAACUGAGGGCGUUGGGACCACCUCCAACCAGCCAAAGAAGAUUUCCUUCAAAUUUUUCCUCUUUUUUUUUCUUCACUUUCCUGUGCCUUUGCUUUCUGCUUAAACUCCGAGCCAAAGCUGGAGGAGUGAGUCUGCUGUAAUUAUGGAUUUCUUCCUUCCAUAUCCCUCUCCACCACAAUCUCCUUUUCAUACCCUCAAGUUCUGUCCUCCCCCCCCUCUUCUAUCUUUUGCACAAGUGCUUUAAAGCUGCAGGCUGAACAUCUGUACUGAACAGUCUGUGUGAUGCAAGAGCAUGUGCUCGUGCAAACUGUGCAACAUGGAUGUAAAAUGAUAUCAUCUGCUGCAGAUAAACUAACAGGCCCUCCGUCCUUGGCUCUUUUCCACGACCGAUGUGUUUGUAUCCAUAUGAGACAACUUAAAUGUACACUUUUAACAUCCGUUGUGUGUUGGAGCUACAUGAAUAAAAUUGAUUGAUGACAUUUUAGGCCAAAAAACACAAAAGCCUCAAAGGAAAGAUACACAUGGAACACGAAAAAUAAGGAUUUUAACAUUGCAAAUUAUCCAAACGUCUCUACAAAUGUCAUAAACCGAGGUCAGUGAUCUGUAACCGCAUGACAUUUUGGUGUCAAGUUUCCUCGCUACAAGAGGUCUGAGUGUCAGCGUUUUAUGAUUGCUUCCCAGAUGUGGAAUGAAUAAGAAAUACAUUAAUUCCCGUGUUGCGUUGAGUUUAUGUUCUUUUAGUGAAUCAGCAUGCCUGUCAGGCUCCUCAGUCUCCCAAUCACAGCAGCUCAGUGGCCCAUAACCUUUUUCAGCAUGGAAGCUAUCAAAACCCACCACCAGGGGGCAAACUUUUCUAACACAAGUGUGUAGACAGGCUGUCCUUCACACAGAUAUUCACAGGCUCUGAUUUUCCUAUGUGCUAAAAAUCCUAGAGGUUAUACUGUCUUUAUCCUGGAUCUAAUGAAUCAUUUUUUUUAUUCACUUAAGAAUUAAGAAGUCUUUUUAAGCUGAAACAUUUUAGGUGUAGGAAUUUAAAAAAUAUAUAAAAACUAGAUCAGGGCAAAUACCAUGUCUGUCUUCUCAGUAUCUAGUAUUAUGGUGUUUUAUCCACUUGUAAUGUAUUUAUCAGAAGUGGAACCUCUUCUAGGCUGCACCGGGGUUGAACAUGUUUUAUCUUGUUCUGGUGUCACUCAAGCUUUGCAACCUGCUUCUCAGCUGUCUGCCUCUGGGAGCCUCCCUCAAGAGGGCUGAUGCAUGAAAACAAGGUGUACCACAGUGCAGAUACAAACCAGUGGGCUGGGGUGCUGACUUGUUUUCUUAUAUUUAAAGGCACAGUGAGAAGUUUUCGACUGAUUAAGAAAAAGACUGAAACUGAUACUUGUGCGUCUUUAUUACCUGUAAACACAAACUAGAUUAUUUACAACAUGACUGAUUAGUUGUUGUUAUUUUCAAUGCCUUUGAUUUUACAUAUUCAGACCCAGGUCGAGCCACACCCACCCCAGGCUCCACCCACCAAAGGCCAGUCUUAUUAUCUAAGGAGGUACAUGCAGGGAUCGCCUGCUUCCCCUGGACAGACAAAAUGUGGGCACCUACCAGUAAUUUCAGAUAAGGACACAAAGCUUACUUCAGGCCAUGGGAACCCAUAUUGAAAAUCAAAUCUCAAAACACUGUUUAUUGUCCCUUUUCACCACCAAUAUAUAAAGAUAUUUACUAUGAUUAACUCCAACUCACACUAGACCCAUGUGUGGACUUGCUCUAAGUGCUUCAAAUUCUCCCUCAGAUAAAUUUAAUUACCCAAUAACUUAUUAUAAUUAAAGACAAAUAUAAAUAAAUACAGAUGAUUCAAAACUUUGAAAAGGUUUAAUGUUAUUUACUGUUUUUACUGAGGUCUGUUUGUGUGUGCUCCACGUAUUAAGAGAUGUCACUUUUCCACCGAUUCAAGCUUCCUUAGCCAAACAACAGAGUCAAACAUCCUUGACAAAGAUGGGAGUUAAUAAGCAAAAUAUCUGGUUAUAUCGAGGUAUGUUUAAUAACUUAAAGAUAGCAUUUAAUACUAUAGACAAUAAGAUAUAAAUUUCAAAAUUAAAAUCAUACAGUAUAAGGGGAGUUGCUUCGAACUGGCUAAGUAGUUAUUUAGGUAAUAGAUCGCAGUAUGCGUUAUUUUCUGGGAAUAAAUCUGAGUAUUUGGAUAUUGUCUGUGGGGUCCAACAAGGCUCGGUUUUGGGGCCUAAACUUUUGAAGUUGUACAUUAACAUAGAUGGAUUAUUAGACCAAUUAGACUUUGAGUGAGGGGCAGGUAAUAUAGGAUGUUUCUUCUCCCUGCUCCGUGAAAGAAAGAAAGAAAGAUAGAAAGAAAGAAAGAAAGAAAGAAAGAAAGGUGAGGACUAAUAUAGGCGCCCCCUGUUGAUGAAGUAGUUUUUCCUUGUAGUAGUGACCUUCGUUAAAAGAACACAUCGUUCUAACUUUUAACAGUCAAAUUGAUCAUUUAUUGUGAAUAUUUAAAGUGGAAAAUGUAAAAGCAUGGCCUUUCCUGUAGCUGCUGGGUUGACUCUUGUCUCCCUGUGCUCCACUUUUCAUUCAGCUCUCUAUUCUAUCCCUUCUCACAUCGCACCAAUCAGAGGAUUUUCUCCAGCAGGGUCGUUCUCCCAUUGUAUUACUUAUUGACCGCACAUCUCUCGCUCAGAGCCGGUCAUGGUGAAAUCCUCGGGGCAGUUUAGUGAUGAUUGACUGGGCCGGUCACAGGAAGGAGCGGGGUCUCUGCGCUGGAAGUGCACUGCGCUAUCAGCAUGUAUCUGUGCAUGACUGAAUGAUGCUCCAGCAGCGGUGAGGAGACGAUGACAGCUUGUCACAGGGCUUUUCACGUGAGGACAGACUGAAUUCAGAUUGAUGGCUAAGUAGAAAAAUGUCUCUCUUUAUAGUCUUUUGACCCUUAACACUGGAUGAAGUCAUAUCGAUCGUAUAUCAGUGAAACUGGGUUCACAGCUGAUUUUUCCAAUCUUUCCAUUUACCUGCUAAAUAAGCCACUGACAUUCUUGUGUACAAAGUUGUUUAGCUUUUUAUUCAGCUAAGAAAAAUCCAAGUCUGCCAUGAGCUGGAAUGAAAACCAUGUGUGUUGUUGUUGUAUUGUAGUCAGAACUGCAGUAAUUGCACGUCUUUGCCUCUGACAGACUCUGGCAUGCUCCGCUAACAGAAACAGCGGGGGUCCCACCCACAUUCACCACUGAGGGCAACUUCACAUGCAUCAAAAAUAAGAAACUGAAAGGGUUUUCCAUCUGACAUGACCCACAAGAGUAAAUCAUCAGGAUGAACUGCGUGCUUAUUUUUUUUUCUGUUUUAAAUGCAGUCACGAAGCUUUUUAAACGCAGCUACAGAUCCACAUUAUGGGAUUUUUUUUUCUUAUUUUAGUGAGCUGGUGUCAAAAUACACAUGUAUUUUUUCCACCUGCUUCCAUGGAUACACUUCUACUUAUGUCAGCGUAAAUGUACAUCCUGUUGACUAAACGUUCCGUUUAUUACUUUGCUGUUGGAGAGCUGGUUUAUUUAUUCACUAUUUCCAGACUCACCAGAUAUAAUCUGCUCUUCCUCCUUUGAGAGAACAGUCUGUACUGUAGAGGCACUUGAACAAAGUUGCAUUUAAUUCCAUGGAUUACAAUCCUUUUUGAAAUUAGAUAACAUUUAAAUAUGCAAUAAUGAUUUUUACUUUAUCUCAAUAACCUUCAGCGUGUUAUUGAUAAAGCACUUUUAUUCAUUUUUACUUUUUUUUUUUUUUUUUGAUAUAACAGUCUGUUUAUUGGGAAUUUAUAUAAUACAAAAAACAUUAGUGUUUCAAUUACAGAUUUUAUAUAGGUUCAACAUAACCCAGACAAGAACAGAUACCCACCCCUCACCCCCGUCCCGCUGGCACCCAACCCGAGAUAAACAUACAUAGAAAAAAAAAGGAAGAAGAAGCAAAAAAGAAGCACUUUUAAGCAUUUGGCAACAUUUGACAGCUCAGCAUAGUGCAGUUUUGUCUAUAAAUCAAUUCUCAUCCAGUCCAAGUUAGUGUACUCAGACAAAGACGAUACUUUAAUGAAAUUACCUAAUCGAGGACCUAACUGUGCAUGCAAAUGAACUAACGUGGAAACAGAAACUUUCUGUAAAGAAGCAGACAUUAUGAAAAACCAGGAAAAAGAGAGAUAGAGAGAGUCAGAGAGAGCGUAAGUGUCUGUACUAUUACUAGUUACAGCAUAGUGAUGAUAAUUUAAGAUUGACUUGUAACAGCGUAAAGUCAGCAGGUCUCAUAUUAGCAUUGAGAAUUGUAAUAAUACAAAGAUAAAGACGACUGUAUGAUGAUUAUAGCAGUCAGAGCUGUGCAGGUCUAAGAUUAGCAUUAACAACCACAGUAUAAUUAUCAUAAUCACACUUUGCUUUGUGGAAAGAAUGUGAAAUAUCCACCUACUGGAAGUUGUUUUGUUAUAUGAACUAAUUGCGAUAAAGAGCGCAGAUUAAGGACUCAGUGUGUGGUCAUUUUCUGUGACGUGUGUGUAAAUGAGGAGGCCUGAGUUCGUUGUGUGGUGAGUGGUGUGUAGAUGGAUUCAUUCCCUCAGUGUGUCUCUCUGCUCCUCUCACAGCCUUUCACUGCAGCUAUUGUGCCUCUCUAUAUGUUGGCUUGGGAAGCAGAGCGAGCCCAUAUUGUGCCAGGGAGUGUUUGUGUGUACGUGAGGAGAUCAUUUGACAGACAGAUCAGAUGUUAUUACAGCAGUUAGCGUGUUCAAAAUACACUCUCGCAUAGAUAAACUGAAUUAGCUGUGCGUCUGUGUUUACAUUUGCCUGUAUUUGCGUGUUUGGAUAUGAGGUAUCUCCUGUGUUUGUGUGUGGACGCAAACAGUGGUUGAAUAUUGAUGAGAGGCCCCUCCACACCCCUUUCCCAUGACUGCUGGGACCGGGUGGCACUGCAGCGUGGCACUGCAUCUCAGAUAGAGAAAAAAAGAGCAGCGCUGUGUUUGUGUUCAGAUGCAAAGAGAGAAAAAAAAAAAAACCCUCUGGCAAGAAAAAGAGAGCAACAUUUUAAGUGUUGGAAGUCUUAUUAUAGCCCCUCUGAGCUGUGCAGCACAUUCAAACAUGCAGCUAAUGAAGCCACAGAUGUAUUUGAUCCACAUUUAACACACUGCCUUCCACAGAAGUUGAGUUUCACCACAUUUGUUCUGCUCUUGCACCACUCACGCUCUCUCAGGCUUGCUAUUUAAUUCACUUCAUGAAUCACUCCAUUGACCAUAACUGAGCAUUUGCUCAAGCAAUCUAGCAGCAAAUGUGUUUUCUGUUUGCUUCUUUCACCCUGAUGAGUCAACUUAUAAGAGCACUUGAAGCUCAUAUUUAUUUAAACAAAGCUUGUGUGUAAACUCAUGUGGUCAUACAACAUUGCAGCAGCCCCUCCUUUGCUGGAAGUGCGGCCAAUCACAGGCCGCUCUGCAGGGCUCCCAUUUGAAGCUUCAGUAGUACGGUAGUGUUGCCCAGCAACCGGAAUCGGCACAUUUCUGGGAGGUCCUGUGUGGAUGGCAGCAGCUGUAAGAAGGAGAGGGAGACUGAGGGUAAGACAGAAGAGAGGGGGACAGAGAUAGGAGGGGAAGAAGAGGAGAAAAAGGAGGCGAGGGAUGGCUGAGGAGGGAGCCACGCUGUCUCUGCGUCUGUUGCCUCAGUCUAAAGUUUGUUCCUGCAGCAGAGGAGGAGACAGCGGAGGAGGAGGCAGCAGAAGAGGAGGCCGUUGAUGAUCCUUGUUGAGGGAGUUUUGGAGGAUUCCCCCUCCUAUCCGAGCUCCCACUCAUUCCUGUACCUGUGCCUGCUGGAGCGGUGCAGAGCUCCGGCUGUAGCCAUGAUGCCUCAGAGGAACCUCGGCUGACGCACUGUGUUCAGGGACCAGCUCAGAGGACAGACGAACUGACCUGGAUAGGAGCUAAAACAGAGCGAAAGCAGCCAAAAUCCAGCUUAUUCCUGGAGUUGGAUCCUUGAAAAGCAAUACUGGGCUCACGUCAGGCCAACAGAGGGUUGGAAGUCUAGCUGGUGCUGACGGAGCUUGUUCUGGACAGAUCCCACAUCCCUGUCUGGGUUACAGAAGUAAGGAGGAUUCGGUGCGUUUGGUGUCAUGGUGCCUUUUGAAGUUGUGGAGUCCUACAGAGCCAAUCCACCUUGUUGAUUAUCUGAAGGAAAGAUGUGGAAGUUCAAAGCGUUUUGCCUGGAUUACUGGCACGUGCUGUGUUUGCACCCGCAUAACAACUUUUAUAAGAGGUAGGUUUUAAAAAUGGCUGCUUCUGCAAAAACGCUCGGCUUUGAUUAUUCCCUUCGCUGUGUGCUUUUUAGACAACAAUUAAAAAUAUAGCGCUCCUAGCUUGUUGAUGUUGCUUUUCUCUUAAUGGUCCUGACAUUAGACGAAUCAAUAUGUAAUUUAAAAGAGCCUGGAAGUAUUUGAUCAAGCCUGUCUGUCUGAUGGAGAAACUGUUGCUCUGCACGCUGACACACAGGCUGACUAAGGGAGACAUUACUCAAGCUGAACUGCUAUCGAUUUCUCCGGGCGAACCAGGUUAUACGGCUGCUGUUUUUUUAGAAACACUUGGUUAAGUAACUUGGCACUCGGAGUGAUUUUGUUUGUGUCUAUUGUCUGUUGAUCGUUGGCGCUGCAAGCGGAGAACGAGUGGAGCUGGCUGGAGCUGGAUUCAUUCAUGGCUGUGUCCCACUGGGACCUUUCCUCAUUCACCUUUCACCCACUGCAUCAUCCGAGCACUGGGGCUGCUCACCUCAUUAUGAAGGUUGCAGUGGAAUUCAUUUUCAAUGACCUUAUAAUGGAGAUAUGAUUUCUUUCACCACAGCAUACAGAUCAUACUGUUAUUUUUACUUCUUGUCUUUAACUGGACUCAUAAAUCACAGCAUCUAAUGAAACAGGAGCUUUCUGGUCGUGCUGUUUUAGCUUUCCAGGCAGCAUAUCAGAGGUUUCAACACCAGCUUAUGUUUUUUAUCACAGCUUUCAGGUAUGUUAAAUAGGUGCACACUCCUCUCCCACACUGUGUGAAUAACUCACCCCAUCCCCCUGCUGCUCUGUAGAGACCAUUAUAAAAAGAGAACCUCUCGUGUUUUCAUCACGACACAGAUUUCUGUCAGAUGCUCCACAUUUCGUACUUUUAAACGCCUCAAAGCGGGGAUGCACAGUGAUCCUGUUUGCACGAAACAAAAACAAACACGGAUGGAUUGCGAGUGAUCCAUCUUUCAAAUGUCAGGUGCUCUUUCAUCCCACGUAUUCUUGUCUGAAUAUUUCCCGAUCAUUUGGUCCACUUUCCUCUUGCUGCGCUCAAUAUAUGCAGAGGUUUUCUUCACAUGCUGUCAUGCAGCUGUUUGAUGUCUGAAUCAGAGUCUCACCGCAGCGUGAGGACACUGAAAUUCUAAGGCACCUGUUUUUCUGUCAUACGUCCCUGUAUAUGCUGUUCACACCUUUAUAAACAGACAUUUUUCUAUUAAUAUUCUGAAGGUGAGGACGCGAUAUGUUCAUGAUUCAUUAAUAAUGCAUCACCGAUUUAGGCUGGCAACUCUGCUUUGAACGUAGGCUGCAGGGAACCCCCUUGCUCUAUCUGACAGCUCAAUACUGAUGCCUGCAGCACGAAAAUCAUCUUUCUAUCAGAUAUUUUUAGUGAUAUUUAGACAACUUAGAACCAAAUCCAAAACAGGUUUGUGCUAAAUAUUGAACUAAGUCUUUCCAUAAUCGAGAGCUGAGAGCUGUUUUCAGUCGAAAGCGUAAAAUGAUUCAAAAAAGAUGUUGAUUUUUUUCCACACUUACUGAAUAACUCAAUCUGAGUCCAGUCCUGCAGAGUCACUGGAACAUCCCGGUCAUCGGGCGUAACUCAUUACAUCCCUCAGCCUUCAUUUGAACAUAGUCAGAUUGUAUCCCAGGGCUGAGAGCAUGUUGUUAAAGCGAGGUCAGUCAGUGUCGUAACUCAAAACAGCCUCUCCCAGCUGCUGAACUGGGGUUCACCCUCCCUCCUGCGUGGCCUCCCCAUUGAGACCAGUGUGAUUGUUGGACACGAGCCCAACUAUUACCAUACACACUGAGAGCUUUCUCAUGCUCUUUUCUAUCUCCCCAUCCAUCUCUCUGCCUCUCUCUCUCUCUCUCUUACUUCCACAUAAACACACAUCAAAAACACAAAAACACAGGCCCUGCCCAUCACCAUUGGGGAGCAGCAGAAAAGUGAAAGAUCGCAAUAGACAAAGGAAGAGGGUUGUCUGCCGAGAGGAGAAAGAGAAAUGUGGGUGGAGAGCUUUUGUUAAGAAGAGGGAUGAUUUUCUUCUGCUAUAUGUACACGGCCUUUACCUUACUUGGUCAUCAGGCAGCUUUGCUUGAGCAGCAACUCUGAGCCCAACAUAAACCAGCAGCUGGGAGAGCUUCGGAAAAGGGCACAGACGGAGUAACUUUAGCAGUGAGAGAAUGAACUUUUCCGUGGCUUUUCUGUGGAAAGUGAAGGAUGUGGGGUGUAAUUUGUGGUCGAGCAGGGAGUAAGCACAGACUGUACUUUUUGUGGCUCUUUUUAAGGGAGUUGUUGCUUCUUUUUUUUCUCUUCUUCUUCUCAAAAGAGACUCCGUUGAAACUUCCUCUUAGUGCCAUGUGCAUUUUUUUCAAACAUGUCCGAUGCCUCGAGUGAUGUCACUGGCGUGUGGAAUGCGAUGUGGAAGUACUGCAUAUCCAGCCGGACUAUAAGGUAGGAGAGCAUCUGGCACUUUAGCAGUGUGGCCUGCAGUGUAAGUAGUGGUUGUCUUUCAGACUGACCACAGCAGAUAUUUCUGACGUCGGACUGAUGGAAUAACAUUCCUGCCUAUAUGCUCCAGCCUGGUGGUUUCCUUUUUGCAAAACCAUGGAAAUAUAUUAUCACAGCUGAAAAAGGGCAGAAAGUGAAACGCAAAGACGUUUCCAAGGUCUUUCUAAGCAGUCUUUGCUUUAUCCAGAACGUGUCUCUGAUAAUAAAGACUUAAGAAUAAUCUGACACUUAAGCCGUGUUAUCACGUAACUUUGUUCAACCACAGAGGUGUACAGGAAGAAAGUCCUCUGACAUGUGCGAUUUAAAUCAGCCUCUGAAUGAGCACAGAAACCUACAGAUUAGCAUUAUUCAUAAAGCAGAUUUUCUUCUUUCCUCUUAUUAUUCUCGAGCGAUGGAGCCGUUCUAUUUAUGCAGCAGUUUUGUAUUAUCUAUUGCACUUUGUGCUACAUUCAACCUGUGGUUAUAAUUAUGUAGCCUGCAGGGUAAAGUACUUAUCUCAAAACAUAGCAGGCUCUGCAAAGAGUCUCAUGUAUGUUUGCUGUGUUAUUAUUCUUGCAGUUGUUGUUUUGUUAGUUGUUUGUCAUUUAUCUGAUUUUGGGGGUGGUAGCAGCUCAAACCAAGGGAGCUCAGGAAAUGAAGAGUCACCAGUUCAAGUCCCAGUAGGACUGAGCGAUAAACAGAAAAUUUACUGAAACCAAAAUUUACGACAAUAACCAAUGUCAUUUUGCCCAUAUUGGUAUAUCCGGUGCCAAAAAACUAAAUAAAUAAAAGUUUGUUUUGGAUGUUUGUAGGCAGGCUAUGGUCUCAUGUCCCUUUAAAACACUGUCCUAUGUCAGAGACGUAACUCCACCCCAUCCAGAAGUAGACAAAGUUAAUGUGGGAGGGGAUGAGUAGUUAUCGUCCAUUUAUCGUUAUCGAGGUGAACUGCUAACUGUAUCGUGAUAUUGAUUUGUGGCCAUAUUGCCCAGCCCAAAUGCUGCGUUCGAGUUACCUCGGAAGUCAGAUGUCUGAGCUGGGAAUGACGUCACACCCGAGUUACCAGCGUUUCAGUUACCAAGUCAGAAAAAGCAAAAUUGGAGGCGGAAACAAGAUGGCUACAUCUACGAAAGUUAUUUUAGUGCUUGCCUUGUCGUUGCUUAUACUCAGACAAGGCAAGUGCAAAAACAAUUUUUGUAGCCAUCUUGUUUCCACCUCCAAUUAUACUUUCUUACGACUUGGUAACUGAAAUGCUGGUAACUCGGGCGUGACGUUAUUCCCAGCUUGGACUUCUGACUUCUGAGGUCACUCGAACGCAGCAUAAGUCCCAGUAUAGGUGUAAAAGUUUGGAGUGAUUACUUGGGAGUGAGUUUUCUGUCUGUAUACUGUUGUUUAGGUGCCCUUGAGAAAAGCAAAGAACCCCCACUUACUCAGGACAUUGUCUGCAUUUGGUUCCCUGCGCCGUCUCAUCACUUUUCUUAAAAGUCAUGCAGCUUUGUGUAAGCUGUGAUCGAUUUCGCUGUCUUGUACCAUCUUUGCUUUAACUACAGACAAAAAAAAAAGUAGAACUACAUUAAAAAGAUUGUCGCCUCCUCUUAUUCCAUUACUAUGAUUGAUACCAGAGAUGAUGAAGUCCGACAGGUCUCUGAGAUCAAUGGGCUCGACUCAACCUGCUAUGACAGAUAAUUGAUGACCCAUAAAAUCAAGUCAUUUAAGUUCAUAACAGCUACCAAUUAUUUUCCUGUCAGAGGUCUGUGAUAUAAAAGCUUUUGCUUUAAUAGUCACAACUAUGAGUGUUUAAAGCAUCUUGACGCAAGAAAUAUCUCGGUAGUUUCAUUAAAGUGAUUUUACAUCGUAAGAGUUGUGUUAGAUUUGAGAUUAAAGAGUGAUUUUUAAUCUGAAAAAUUAAGUAGAACCAGCUCAGUUACCUUAAGCAAGGCGAUUCACAGCUGAGAGAGGGAUCCUGUAGCAAAGACACAGUAGACAUCAGCGUACAUCUGAUCUGUGUUGGAGAGGACGACGAGAGCAUUACUUAUUUAAUGAGAGUGGAUAUGGAGCUUGUCACUCGUUCCUGGUCCCACAGUGGAUUUCCAUGUGAUGGAGUAAAGAAGGGAAGUUCUUGGAUGCUCAACUUUUGACUGAACUGCUUCAUAAGAGGUAAAAGGCUUAUGUGGGCCCCCUGCUUUGCGCCAGCUUUAUGACGUGAUUUAUUUAUUCAUUUUUUUUUUCUUUUUUGGGAAGAGGGGGUUUGAGGGGAACUAUUUGUAAUGGAAAAUGGAAAAGGAACAUCCUGCCAAAGCGAGCUUGCAUUUCCACUGUGGUGAGAGAAAAAAUACUCUCUAGGGUGGAAAAGCUUAGACGUGUCUCGGAUGGAAGGCGUUUUCUGGUCAGAAAUGUCAGGAUGGAGGAAAUAUAGAAAGGCCGUGAUGGUUUGUUCUCAUGAUGUUGUUAGCUGGAGGGAGAGUGCAUCGUUUUUCUCUUGUUUGCAGAUUUGCCCCUGUGUUGAUUUAAUUUGUGGUAAUGUUAAUUUUAUGACUGGAAUCACUCAAAUCAGAAUAAAGGUGUUCAUGCACAUUCAGGUUGUUUUUGCACACCUGCUUGGAGACUGUAUUCCUGCACUCACCCUUGUCCAAUUGCUCAUCCAGUGGAAAAUAGGUUUACAGUUGCAGCAACUUGUGUCCUCUGCUUGCUGACACGCUCUGGCCUCCACAGUGGGGUGCUUCAUUAUGGAUGUUCUUUUUUUAAUAGUGUCCAUGACCAGAAGACAAGCUGAAAAACUCAUUUGCGUGUCUUUUAACUCGGCUUUCAAGCUCUCUUUAUGCACUGGCUUUUUCUGAUCUGUGCUAAGGUUGCAGCCGGUGUCCACGCCGCUGAAUAAUUUACAUCUGCGUCUCUCUCCCAGAGGGACAUCAGCAUUGUGUGGGCAGAUAGGCUUUUUCUCCUUUUUUUGAAUUAGCUUUGAGAAAACAGUUUGUUAUAAUAGCUUUGUGUGCUGGAAAGGGCAUUUGAUUCUGACAGUAACAAAUGGGCUAAUGUGACGUGGCCGUAAGGGGAAAGCUUGAGAAUAGUCUCACAGGUUUCUCACUUCUUAUUGCUGGAGGGCCAGAGCAUUGAAGAAGAAUGUGUCGGAGAACAUCGCUCCUGCUGCCGUGUGUGAACUGCUCCUGUUUAGCAGUACAGCUUUUGAAAUGCUAAUCAGAAGAAGAAGAAGAAGAAGAAGAAGGCGGUUUACCAUGAUGCUGGAGACUGCUAUGCUCCAGUGAGGACGCUUUUCAUGUUCAAGGAGUUUGCUGAUGAGAAAUGUGCACUGACGGUAACUUCAGUGUUGUCACGUUCUCGUCAUAUUGUCUUAUUUCGUUGAAGCUGACUUUGAGAUCAUUGCAGGGCCAUCACAUGUCUUGCCUCGGCCUCUGCCCUGCUUUGUAAGCAGACAUGAACUCCAGCUCAAAGGGAAACACAGACUGUGUCUCUUUCUGUCUCUGUUUCACUUUUAUUCUACUUUUGUUGACAUGUACCCUUUGCAUCCCUUCACAGUGCCUGCCAGGAGAAGAAUGAGGGUGUGUGCUGCAUUAACUUAUGUAAUGGUGAGCCAGAGGAGAAGAGAGGAGGGGAGGAAUGAAGAGGGGGGGAUGUUGAAGGAGGAGGAGGGGGGGGGGAAGAGUGAUGAGCUCAUGCUGCUGCACUGCAGCUCUGCACCUUGUGGACUUCAUGCCAUGUGCACCCUACAUAUGCACGCUUGCAAAUGCAUGCUCAUGUUUCAUGUGCAGUGAUUGGUUAAUCAUAAAAAAAUAGAAAUGCUGCAAAAUCGCUCUUAAAUAUAAGCUGAUAGCUGCAAAGUGACAACAAAUGUACAGUCCGUGUCUUUCUGCUCAUGAAUGGGAGUUAGCGUGUACACUCUGUCCUUUUCACUGUACCUCUGCAGACCCAGAGAGCCGAUGUUCAGGUGUGAACAAGCUAAUCCACCACAGCUUAUGAUGGUAUAAGUGCAGCUAAUCCACCAACUCUUUCCUGUGACAAAUCAAAGCCUCAUUAUCUCUACUGUGUUUGAUUCCUGUCACAAAUGAGCGAGGUGGGGAAGGGUCAGGGAAAAAGGAGGGAGUAGAUAAUGGUACAACGGUGAAUCUACUCUAUAAAACAGAGCGGUCCCUUUGGGGCCUUUCGGCUCCGCCACAGCCUGGCAUGAAUAUGUGAAUAAAUGGAUGAAAUACUGCUCUGGGCAAAGGACUAAACAGGAUCGUCCAAGACUCUUAAUGCUGAUUUCACAAGAGCAGGAUCAUUUGUAACACAGCUGGGAGAGGGGAUGUAAAUUGCUGGCAUGCUCCGACGCUACAUUAAUAGCGCUUGAUUAAAGGCAGAAUAAAAAGAAAACACAUAAACUAAUAUUUGAUCAUGAUCAGAAUGAUUUUACAUUCCUUGUGUGGGCUGUGACUUGAUAAACCGGCACAUCCCUGCAUGAGGGUGAAAUAACGAUGCUGGCAGGGAGGCUGGGACUGUAAACAGUCAUUAAAGUUAAAUGUUUAUCCCAAUUUGACUAAUUGCCCUGAGCUGUGUGUAACUGCAUGCCUCCACACGCACACAUAAUAAACACACACAGACACAUCUUCAAACGAUUCGUCGGACACUGAUUUUUUUUUUUUUCAUUAGCCUUUGCUGUUGCCUUGACAACUGGCCUUAGAGAUCGGUGCACGUGCAAUGCAAUUGUGAUAAAUCCUUCUUUCAAUCUAUGAGGCGGUGUCCGCAGAGACACAGCUAAUGUGUAUCACUCAGGUUCCUGCAGUCACAUGACCAAGCUUCAUCAUUCACAGAUAUACAAUCGUCUGUAUUGAUUUUGUUUUUAUUUUGACUGCAUUUAAUUUGACAUGAAUGAGUGGUGCAUGGGAGUUGAAUUAUUGAUAUAUCACAGUUAUUAUUAGCAUGAUUACAGUCAGUGGGGAUGUGUGGGUUUUCUAACUAGUGUAGGUGUCAGGGCUUGCAACACAGACUGGCACUUCCUCUCAAAUUAAUGGCCACUCAAGCCUGGAAAUGAAGAGUCAUUUCUGACAAAUGAGACAAAGAGAUCAAAUCCGUCUCCUCAUACAGAUCCUCGAAUGUCCUCCCGCAGCCCAAAUGAGCUCCCAUGGGAACCGCAGAGCAAAGUUUUUCUCCAUAUCUAUCUGCAGUCCUUCUCUGCUUCCUUUUCCCUUGCACAUUUUGACAGAAACCCUCCCACUGCUGCUCCACUUUACAUUAAACUCUCUUUCUUACCCCCUUUUGAUAAAACCGAGAGAGAGUCUUUUGAUCAUUCAUACAUCCCUGACCCCUUCAUGAGGCUGAGCGGCGUCCACUGUGCACCAGCUCCAUCUGUUGGUGGAGGGACGUCAGAGCAGCUGACAGCCUCAAGGUCUCAGAAAAUCUCCUGUGACUACUUGAUAUUGGUCUUGUGUUAAUCUCCCCUCCCACUGUGUGGAUAGUCUGACUGCUUUUAUCAGGAAGAAACAGACAAAGUAACUCUGCAAAGUUGUGACCGCUCAUUCAAAUGAUUCAGGAUUUCUGCUGCGAGGAAGUCAAGGGCAGAGAGCUAAGUAAUUAAACAAUGGGAGAUAUUUUGAAGUUGAAUAAAUGAGCAGGCCUUAAUGCGAGCUGUGAGCCGCCGGUGAGUGGAGUGAAGACAAAUGGAGGCAGAUGGGGGCUCUUGCCUCGUCUGGAGUCCCACAGAGGAUGCUGCAGCCUUCUAGCCUGUUUCCCUGGCUGCUCUCCCAGAUAGAUGCUGCUAGAUUUACUGCCAAGGUUUACUUAACAGGUCUGAUAUAAUAAUGAAAAUACCAGGGAGGAAAGUAGUAUUUUAUUUGUGGUGGAAUGACUCACAAAUUUGUAAUUUCUGCUCUGAAUUAUUCACUUAAAAUACUAAUGGGAUAAAGAGAUAGUUUUAUUUGUAUCUCAGUGUUUGGAGGAAUCUGCAAUUUCUCUGAGGUUUUGACUCCCAGAGGAAACAGGAAAUAGCUGAGGUAGAUGAUUCCUGAAGUUUGACCAAAUGAGAUUUGAAAUCAGCUUUUUCUUUGGCUACGAUGACGUGACCUGUUACCUAACCACAUUUUGGGAUUUUUGCUCCGCCUGUCUGAGGAUGUGUUCUGGAUGAGAGCUCAGAUUCUCCCUUCGGCACCGCCAUGUGUCCUAAAGAGAGAGUGAGAACGAGGAAACAAUCCCACUCACCAUUCGGUGACCUUGCAGAGCCGCAACAUGCAGACAUGUCCCCACUAAACCCCAGACAUCAACACAGCAGCUGAGUAAAUGAACACAGACUGGGGUAGAGGCAUGUUUGGGGGUGUGUGUGAGGAGAGGACAGCUGAUGCUGGAAAAAGACACAGAGAGAGGGAGGGAGACAGACGGAUGAAAGAAAAGGAAAAGAUUCAAAGAAAGAGUGCGGCUGUGAGGCAUGCAGCAGAGGGAGGUGGAGAGGGUGGGGGCGCUCUGCGUGAGGAGAUCCUCCUCUUUUCAUUGACGUUUAGGGGAAUGUGCUGAUUAGAGGAGAGUAAAUCAGUCAGGGGUUGGAGGUUCCCGGUCUGAGCUGCCUGUUAGAGUUAGCGUAGCUUUCUGCUAAGAUCGGUCACCUUCUCUGCGUGAGGAGACCCAGAGAUUUGUCAUCCCAGCCCAGCGCUCUUUUUUUUUUUUUAUAUAUAGUGUAAAAGACGGCAGGAGACAAAUGUGUGGAGGUAGGUGGGUUUGUGGUAUGUGGUAUAUAUAAGUGUGUGAACAUGUGUGUGUGCUGUCUCUGGCUGUGAAGUGCAGGUGCAUAUAGAUUUUGUAGCAGGAAUAGCGACUGUUUGUAUUGUCUGCAGUUCCUUGCAAUGAUAAUUCACUUUAAAGUAGCCAUUUAAUUGAUUACCUAUGAUUUAAAUGAUUGUUUUUGUCAUUUAUCAAGCUUGAAUUUGUCUGUUUUCAGUAUUGUAUAUUUAAAGAUUUGAAGUCAGUAAAAAUUUUACACCUAUUGAUUUUCAGACUCAGAAAAUGUCACUUUUUUGCUAAUUGAAAUGCAGAUGAAUGAUUCUUACUCUGUUUCCUGACAUCUUUUAGCCUGAGGAAAUACUUCAUUUCUCCAUCCAAUAAGCCAAAAUUAAAGAACUAGUAAUUUGCUGCUAUUUUUAAAAGAUAAAUAAAAUAAAAGACAUGAAUGUGUGAGCGUGUUUGUAUGGAAAGUGUGUAUUGUUGAGCUGUUACUGCUCGUACUCAGGGGUGCCAAUGCCUGAUGUCACUGUCAUGCUGCUGCACAGUCCAGGAGGGGGGAGAGAGUUGUUUGUGUAAAUUUUCUCCUAUUUAUAUUCAAAAUGCAACUUAGUGAAGAUACAAGCACAUUGAUGUGAUGCACUAGCUAUAAUAUAAACCUCAGAACAUUUGUUUUUUAGGCCUUUUGAUCCAGUGUCGCUUGCCUUUGAUCUGGUCAAGUCCUCCCCCAUUUCCAUCCAAUCAUCUUUCAGCCUCACAUUCCUCCUUAUUGUUCUGCUCACGUCAAGCAUCCUGUUGACAUCUCUCCAGUGAGACCUAUAGCAGGACCUCUGCCGAUCUGUUUUCUCUCCGGUUCUCCAUGAACAGAGCUUCCCAUCCAGACCUGCUCUCAUUAGACCUGUUAACAGAAGAGAUGGCUUAGUGAGGACAUCAUUAAAGCCUAUUAGAUGCACAGAGCGUGAGACGGCUUCUCCCUCCUCAUCAACCAUGCAAUACAUGAGAAUACAGAGCUGCACUGUCCUCAAUGCAUUGCACUGUUUUUUUGUGUUCAUCACGUGCAAUGUACCCCUUCAUCUCUGUCCAUUUGUACCACCACCGCCCCAUCUCCUCUUCCUCUACUCUCUGUUUACUCUCCAUCCUCUCACAUCUACUGUUAUCUUGUUGUCCUUGUGCUAAAUUGUUUGCAGUUCAGCAAAUAAAAGGCAGAAUUCCCCUCUGGGAUCAUUAGGGCAAAUGUGCAGCAGCUUUGAACCUCAAUAGGUUUUUCAUUACAGAGAAAUCCUCGGUGUUUCAUCAUUAGAUGCAAAGUAAACGUUAAAAAAAAAAAAACGGUGAACCAGCUUCUUUUGCUGCGCUCAUUAUUUUCUGAAAGCGGAGGAAAAGUCGAAGAGAAUCAUCAGAUUACACGAGGACGAGGAUCUCAUCCUGUUAUCAGGGCUGGUUUGAGGAUGUCCAAGUGUUGCUGACUCACCAUGUCCCUAUCAGUUAAACUGCUCCUCCCAGCUGUCACUCCAAAUACUUUAAAGUAAGCUCUACAAUUUAGUGUUUAAGAGUUUAAGUCUGGCCUAAUUUACCUUAUUGACAGAGUAGACUUGUUGGACAGCUUGGAUAAGGAUGCAUUUGGAUGGCUGACAAAUGCUGACUGGCUCGUGACUGUUUAAUAUAUGAACUGUACAUCAGAAAACCUUACAGAGUCUGCUUUUAUAGAGCGAUUCUAGCUAAGUAACUCCUGCUGCCAGGAAGGAGGGCAGCAGCUUUCCAUGAAUCACAGACCCAAAACUGCACAUGCUUAUAUUUAGUGUGCAAUUUUUUUAUAUUUUGAUGGCAACAAAAGUUGGAGGCAACUAUUUACAUUAUGCAAAGAGUGGGCUACAAAAAGAUGUAGAUUAUACUUCCUAAAAUUUCAUGGAAUGCUAUCAUUUAAUAGGCUCUAUGCACAGCUCCACUACUUUCUGAACGUAUGGCAGCUCCUUCAUUUUCUGUGUUACAUUAAUGGACAAACAGAUUAACCCAGGUGUGACUGGUCAUCGCGGCUAAUCAGACACACCUAGGUUAAUCAAACUGAUUAACCCAGGUGUGACUGGUCAUCGCGACUAAUCAGACACACCUGGGUUAAUCAGUUUGAUUAACCCAGGUGUCUCUGAUCAUCAGUUUGUCCAAUAAUGUAAGACAGGAAAUAAAGGUGCUGCCUUAAGUUCAGGGAGUAGUGGAUUAGUGCAUAGAGCCCAUUAGGAUGCUGCUUUAGUAUUUUCCAUAUACUGUUGGGUGACUGGGGUACCUGAUCGUUUUCUUAAAAACUAGAAAUAUGAGAUUUUUUUGAUAAACUUUGGCGUUUGACUCCAAAAUGGAAGUAGCGACUGCAGUCAAGUGAAUGGAUCAAAUCACAUGUAAGUUAUGCCACCAGGUUUCUUAAGCUGCCUUUUGUAUCUAAUUUCAGACUUGGUCAUCAAAUUCAAAACUGCAGGUGUGGGAAAAACUUAAUGAUCUGAAGUCGACUAGAUGUGUAUCGUAAAAAUAUGUCAGACUUUUUUCCCCCAAAGACAAAUAUUCCUAUUCUGCCAAACUGUUAUAAAAAAAAUAUAAAAAAAUUGAACCCAAGUGAACUUCUGAAUUCGAGAAGUGUGCAUAUACUGUGGAAACAGCUCCAGGAAAUAGACCCCACCAAAAGAGAAAACAUUCCCAUCCAGGGAUGUUGAUUUAAAUGUCAGUCAUAGAUUAACACAAGGGUGUGAGAAUAUUUCUCUGCUGAUACAGCCCACUGCUUUUGAUAGGGACCUGAGGCUGUUAGGAAGUCCAGUUGAUUAAAGUGAGUGUCCAUUUUUAAUCAAGAGCGCCUCAAACCGGCGAGGAAAAACUACUUCAGUCUCCUUCUUUCCUGCCUUGAUUUUACAGGCUAAUUUGAAGGAUUCCAGGAAAUAUGAGACAGAAAAACAUCCCUUGCCCUUUAAGAUUUCCUCAUGUGAGUCAUAGAAAACCAAGAAUCUGUCAGGCUCUAGUGGAAAACCAGAGCAGGCAGAAGUAUUAGAAACCUUUGUCAUUUCCUCUGCUAACUUCUGUAAAACCUGACAUAUUCCUACAAAAGGUUAUACUACAUAUGAUCUGCAUAAAAGGCCGGUUUUUGAACCUGCUCCUCCAGGCUAGGACAGAGGCCUCUUAUAAGUAAUUGAGGGUGUUCAUAUCGAUUUCACCCUGCAGCCUGCAGAGACCUCAGCCGUGCUCUCAGUCAAUAAAACUGUAAGCUUUAUGGAGCGUACAUCAAACCUCCAAGGAUACAGCCAAGGCAGCAGACUGAUUUACUUUACAUUUGAAACCCAUUCCUCUGUAAUGACAGGAAUUUGUCUUUAUUUCUUAUUCCCAGAAUCCCCUAUAUAGGCUGAGUGUCCUGCAAAGCUUUGUGUUAAUGUUGAUGUAUGGCAUAGGUUCAUCGCUGUUGAGAUUUUGUCGUUAUAGAGUCGCCAUGUGUGCUAGAAAGCAUCCAAUAAGCUCUUUGGUUGUGUACGAAACAACAUUAGCCGCUGUCAGGUAGUUUGUCAUGGAGAUGGUGGAUUAAUCUACAUGGGCCUCUUUACUUGUAAACAUCUUGGCGCUGUUUCAAGUAGAGGUCACGAGAGGCACUGAGAGAAUUGAAACAAUAAAGCUGCUGCCGUGUAAGCAUCCUCCAGGGGUUGUUAUGAUGUAUUUGGGCCCUGCUUGUUAUUCCCUGACUGUCUCUGUCACUCUGUAAAAGCCGGGCUUCACGUCGCAGUCAGGCCCGCAUGAAUGUGGAAACGUAAGAUCUGCUGACUCGCACACACCAGGUCUUGUGGAAACGUGGUAUGAAUGGAACUUGCACACUCAGGAUAUCUUGUUCCACUGGAAUAUGUCAACAUGAAUCCAUUCCUCAGCACAAAAGGUUUCCUCAGCUUCCUUUUUUUUUACACUCCCUAGCAGAAAGGAACGCAGAUCGAGGACGGCUGUUUUAUCUCAGAGCUUUUGUUCCAGGAUUGAUUGCUUCCUGGUUGUAGAAGAAGAAAAACUGACCAAUUACUAAUUGCUUCUCUCCUUUUUUUAAAUAUUUCUUUGCACAGCUUUUGGCUCACUUUCCAGCCUGUCAUCACCCUGACAUGCAUGUCAAUUAAAGACAUAAUCAAGAGGGACAAACUCAUUAAUUAUUUGUAUUUUAAUUCAGCUCUCAUUGUUGAUGCUCUUUCAACUCUGGCUUCAGAUGAAUAUUUAAAACUCCUGAUCAGGUGUUCAUUGCGGUCAGGCUAAGCCCUUAUCACCUGUAAAUGGAUCCGUUGAGUUUUGUCAUGUUCGUUCUUUGAAGAAGAGGUUGUUUUCUGCUUGGAUGUGCAGAGUUUUUGAAAAAGAUAAGAGAAAAGAAAGUCAGGAUUUCCUUUGACAAACAGGAUCCUGACGCAGCACUUUCACAUUUUUACUGACUUGCCAUUUAAACCUCUUUGUCCUCAAGAGGCUUAAUUAAAACAAGAAGUUAUAAACAUGUGGGCGUCCAUCAACUUCCAGUGUUGAAAAAUGAAACUAAUGUGUAUGUGUGAUUAUCCGCAGUUCCUCAGUUGUCCACUUGGGCUCCAAAAGCAACAAUAAUCCCAUUAAGCCCCAUAUAAAAACGCCUGUCUUUAUCAUUAAAUUAAUCAUGUUUACAGCAUGGCACAAAAACUUAUGUUAGUCUCUGAGCUUUUAAGUAGGUAUUUCAGUAUUUAAAUUAAAGAUAAUGAACCUUAAAGGGAUAUUCAGGCGUAAAAUCCAUUUAGGGUCAAACACACCGUAACACCGAAUUAGACUCCCCGACAAGAUAUGAAUGUUGCUGACUGCUUGCUUCUCUAGUUAUACCAACUUCAGUAACGACCGCAGAAUAGCAAUACACAGUGGUCUAAGAAGCCAAGCACAAACAUCAACCAAAACGCCACUCUAUAGCCACAAAUAAUGCUCAGAACAGCACCUUACUUUAUCAACAGUACAUAUAGGGUCCCAGCCAUAGCACUAGCCACCAAACAUCUUUUUAGCUUUGCCUAAUUUCUUUAGCAAAGAGACUAAACACAACUUACCCACUGAGGGGUGACGCAGCUAAAGGAAGAACAUUUAUGAUCAUUAAUUUAUCAUUUCCUUGAAGUAAUAAUCACCAUAUUAAUCAUUUUGCACUAGUUCUUCUGCCUUAGUGUCUUGGUCUGAUUGCAUUUCCAUGAGGAAAUGAUCAUAAAUGUUCUUCCUUGAGCUGCGUCACCCCGCUGCAGUUGGUAAUGGACUUGUCCAAGGUCUCCAUAAAAACAAGCGGCGAGUGGGUGAGUGGUGUUUAGUCUCUUUGCUUAAGAAAUCAGGCAAAGGUAAUAAGAUGUUUGGUGGCUAGUACUAUGGCUGGGACCCUAUUUAUUGCUAUCUUUGGUCGUUACUAAAGUUGGUAUAACUAGAGAAGCAAGCGGUCGGCAACAUUCAUCUCUCAACGGGGUGUCUAACUCUGUGUUAUGGUGUGUUUGACCCUAACUUAAUUUUACAUUUGAAUAUCCCUUUAAGGUGAUUGGUACAGCUAAUCAUGACACUCAAAGCUGUAUUUCCUCAUCCACAUCUGUAUUCAGUCCUUCAUUUUCAGGCACUUUCUCCAAAAAACAUUGUUUUCAUGAAUGAUUCUAUGCCUGUCAGCCUAAUGAGGGCCAUCAAGAUGAAAUAUGUUUUUUACGCGCAGCUCCAAGCAAAGCAGAAUCUGAAAGAAAAAUGUUUAUGAGCUUUGGGUUACGACUUUGGUUUGCGGGUCUCAACAAGAAAACAACAAAUAUAUUCUGGCCGAGUCUGACAUAUUAACGCACCAUGGGCCACUAAAGGCUGCCUCUGUUGUUUGGCGACUAUGUUUCCCCUCAAUCAAAGGCUGGAAAAGUGCGAUGGAACAGAUUUGAGAAAGGCCGUCUUUAUGAGAAGAGCACACACAAACAAUAGGCUGUGCCAGCGUAGACAGCCAGUCAGGGAGGAGCUCCUUCAGGCUCAAUAGUCGUAGUGUCUGUGCCGUGGGACGGUUCUGCCAGCGAAGGGCAGCAGAGCAAGGUAGAAGGUAGGUGAGGUACUGACUGUAGAGUUAAGAGCAUGAGAGCAUGAUAAAGUCUGCUAAAGCGAUCAGACAGCUGCAUGUGGAGAGGUGAGUAGUGCUGAAAUAUAAGCCAUCAGAGUCUGAGUAUUACAGGAAUGUAGACGUUUUCAUCUGUAAUUUUAUUUUCAGUCUUAAUCCUGUAUCUGUGUUACAAAUUAAGUACCAGGAUGCACUUCUAUUGUACCUUUAAGUAUGCAUCAACAGUUUAUUCCCAAUCACAAAGUUAAUGAGCAAACAUCAAUUCAAAACCCUCUUGGCAUGUCAAUUUGUGAACCACCACAGGCGCCUUUGUGCCACAAUCAGCCCUUGAAAGCAGAACAUUAUUUCAUGCUCGACUGCUAAUGAAAUCUUGUGACUGACUUAAAUGAUGAAGCAACACAACACGAGCAUCAGCUGUUUAUCUGAUCACCGAUGCAGGCAGCGAUGAAUGGGAUCUGAUUGAAACAGCAGUUAUUAACAUUGUGAGCCUUGCACUCAAUUUACCCAGUUCAGUGAUGUCAUUGAGCUCACGGCUCCAGAUUGAUUGCUUUGCCAGGCGCAUACACACGUGCAAACACACACACACACCACAAACGCAUAUAAUCACUUUAAGGAACAUGUCUGGAUUUAUAAAAAGGCAAAGAGAAAUCCUCUAGGUUUAUGCUCCUGGAUGGUUCCUGGAAAUAAGUUCUGGAAACGGGACAACAAGAGAGACGUGAUUUGAAGAGUUUUUGGCCUCGGAGUCAGUAUGAUGAUUGAUUAGCCACAGUGGUGCUGUUAGACUGGGAGACAGAUGCUUUAUGAGAGUUGUUGGUUUAUAAAUGAAUGAAAAUUUUGGAAACAUUUGUACCACCUACGUGUUUUAACAUUUAAAAGUUUAUUUUUUCUGUUUAGUGGUUUGGAAAAAUAGUUUACUGAAAAUUAAACGUCUAAUUGUGUACUUACUGCAUCACAUUUCCAUCCCUAGGGCUGCUAAAUAAAUUAUGUGCAUAUUUUGCCAGGUGGAUGUGUACCUUUAUAUUAUGUUCUUUACACCAUUUUGAUGCUGUCAGAAGGAGCCAAAAAUAGAUUUUAGUCAUGCCAAGAACAGUUUAAGGGUGAAAAUUUAGGAGGAGCAUGUUGUGAACAAAGAUAUCAUGCCGGUUUUUAGGUUCAUGCCGGUUUAGGAAAUCUCUCUGCAUUAACUUUCUGCCAGUCUGGCUGCUUUGUUUCCAAUGAUGGUGUAAUGUCUUGGUAAAAAGCUCUCAACCUUUGUGUGUGUAGUGGUAGCUUGUGGCAGUUGUGUAUUGUUUCCUCCAAAAGAGAGCUUGCAGAGACCUGGGGCAUGGCCGCAGGCUUGGCUGAGAGUCUCUCAGCUGGGUACUUAAAAACCUUUUGUCUGUUCGUUCACACUGAAACAUGUUUUAAACGUAAAAUGCCACCCUGAUAGCCUAAUUUAAUACAAAUCCAAGUGUUGUUUGUCUUUAACUGUCACUUUUACCCUACUGUAGUUAAAAAACAGCAGCAUCUCGUCUCAUAAAUUGUGAGAAACCUGUGGAUAAAAGCGCAUUUUGAUUGAAAGUAUAUUUCACUGUAAUUGUUUGAUUCCCAGAUUGAGAUACUGAGAAGAGUUGCAUUACACUGUAGAUGGGUCCUUAAAGCUCCCGUGAGGAAGCUUUAAGCUUUAAGCCUUUUAAGUGUGGCCAGUCUAAGGCACAGGUGUGCAUCCACCUCACAGGUGUGGCAUAUCAAGAUGCUGAUUAGACAGCAUCUUGAUAUGCCACACCUGUGCAAUAAUCAUGCUGUCUAAUCAGCAUCUUGAUAUGCCACACCUGUGAGGUGGAUGGAUCAUCUCAGCAAAGGAGAAGUGUUCACUAACACAGAUUUAGACAAAUUUAUCAACAAUAUUUGAGAGAAAUAGGUCUUUUGUGUACACAGAAAAAGUCUUAGAUCUUUGAGUUAGCUCAUGAGAAAUGGGAGCAAAAAAAAAGUGUUGCGUUUAUAUUUUAUGUUCUGUAUCGUCCUCUUUUACCUGGACAUGUCCUCUUUUUGGGGUACUGUCCAGGCUGUCCAGACUUGUCCAGCUUUGUCUGGGGAAGUUUAUAAAAUCCUUCAAAUGUCUGCGGUUUUGUACAAGAGUUUCAAUUUUUUGUUGCGUGGACUUACUGAUUAGAAGCGCAUAAAAGACACUCGAUCCAACCCGAAAACCCCUCAAAAUUAACUUAAUGCGACUCUGUUACUCCAACCCUGCAUAGCCGUGUCCUCUUUUUGGGAAGUCAGAAUAUGAUCACCCUACUGUAUGUUAUUUUUAGUGAAUAUUUUACCAAGUUUUUUCUUCAGCUACUAAGCUGACACCUACCCUAUUUAGUCUAUUUCAUAAACACUGAAAAACUCCCUACAGUAGCUUUAAAAGGCUGUUUGAAAUGUGAAAUGGGAGGAAUUUCAAACAUGCAACUAAAAAAUGCAGUCAAUGUUGAUUAGCUAUAGAAAAAUUUAUCAUUUGACUGCUAGAUUCUUGUGAAAUUAUCAUACAGUGGAAUUUUAUUGGUUGCUAACAGUAUGCUAGUUUUGAUUAAUAUACUGUCAGCUAACGUCACACUAAGCUCACAUCACAAAAGGAAAAUGUAGAAUAAAAUGUACAUUAUAUAGCAUGAAAAAUGCAGCUUUUUCGAGCGUUUGGAUAAAUUUUGCAUAUGUAGAUGAUUGAUGUGACAGAUGCAGAAAAUAUUCAUGUCUUACCCCCAGGACUUACUCUGUUAGACUUGAGACAGGUGCGAGGCUGCCACUGCCUUAAAUAGAUUGUUGCACCAGCCCCUCUUACGAGCCCCAUCAUCAUCUCUCAACCAGAAUAGGCUGGUCUUUUUUCACCCCCUGUGCCUCAGCUACCCUCCUGACUGACAGCCAUGAAAAACACGUCUGACCUCAGCCGUCCCGGUGACAUCACUGCCACAUGUCCUCCUCGAGGCUUGCUUUACUUGUUCAUGUGAGCUUGUCGUGUCAUGUGUAACCAGUGGGUGGCACUGUCACUCUUAAUGCCUGCUGUUAAGUCAGUCUCAGGCCUGUUUAUUGGCUCGUGACCACCAUGAGUAUUUAUAUUUGCAGUGGCCUUUGUCACAUUUACAGUCUUGGUUGCGCUGACCCUAAAAGUUCACAGUCAUUAAAAAAAACCACACAUACAUCGAUCUGCAACAAAGGAGCAGAAAAUUAGAAGAAAUCAACCGAGCAUUUAGUGGCUGCUCCUUUGUGUUUCUUCCUCUUGUUCUCUGCAGCAUUGUUCAUCUCCCUCGCACAGUGUUUACCAGAGUGUGUCACCUCACAUGGGUCUAUUUUUAGCAGGGGGAGAAUUGUGCUGUACAGUGUUUCUGCGCUGGGUGGGGCGACAGCAAAGAGCUUCAAAGAAAGAGGCUCCUCCGAUAUGGAGUUUCUCUGAAAGGAAAAUGCUGUAUGUGGACAAGCAGAGCCAGCUUCUAAUAACAGCACGCAGAAUAUGACCUCUGUCUACCUUUUAAUAGUGAAAGAAGACUGGAGUGAAAGAGAGCUUGCACAUGCUUUCAAUCAGCUUGAAAGGUCUGUAUUUACCUUGGUUGCAUCAAAUGUAUAUGUUUUGCUUAACUGCCUACACACAGAGAGAAGUGCACAAACAUGUGGUUGAGUAGUAAAGCAAAGGUUAGCUUGAUUUCAAUAGCAAGGGGACCAUUUUAUCCAUGUAUUUGUCUGCCUACUCAGUCAUUGCCAAGGACAGGUCACCUGAGCCCACAUUCAAAUCUCAGGGCAAUUUUAAGGCUCCUCCCCGCCUGAUUUGUGUAUGUCUACGAGAAGAAACCAGAGUAAACCCACGUAAACAGAGAGAGAGUGAGAGAACAUACAAGAAGGAAGGAGCUACCUCUAACGUCUACUUUGAGCCGGUUUGAAAGAAUUUAACAUUGAACAAAACAACAAAAGCAGUCAUAUAUUCAAGCUUAUGUACCUUAAAGCCACUGUGAGGAGGUCAUGAAAUAGAUAAAAAUGAAUACUGAUGAUGCUGAAUGACGUGGAAAAGCAAACAGGAAUAUCAACAACAUGAUUGAUUUUUUUAAUAUUGUGACUUUUAUUCCUGUUACUUCUGUUAGAGGGUACAAGUCAGACCAGGUGAUCGACAGAAGUCUAAACAGACAGCUUUAAAGAAAUUCACUUUCACAGUGAGUGAUAUGUUUGACUGUCAGCAACUUAGCUGAUUAAUUGGCUGUUUUCAUACAUCAGCAUCAUAUCCGCAUCAACCCCCACAAGUUUAACAUCAGAUUAGUUUUUGCUUAGCUUUGUCCAAAAAGUGACAAAAGCAUUUCCAGUGACUCAACUUUUGAUAUAAGAUUGUAUAAUAUAGUUGUGGUGGUUUCCAGAGGAAGUUCUAUGUUUCAUACCUCUACUCAGACUGUUUAGGACAGCGACCUUUUGUCUUAGUUUGAGAUAAGAUAUUCCUUUAUUCGUCCCACAAGGGGAAAUUCCAAUUUCAUCUGAACAUUAGCUGAACCCUGUCUUAUACUCAGAACACUUCUAGAUUUCUGGGGCGCAAGCAUGUGUAAAAAACAUUUAGCAACUUUGAAAUGAAGAGAUCUCCUGCAGUUGUAGUCUGUGCUCUGACUCACAGAUUGUUUCCAUCCAGAUUACUAAAUGAUGUUUGAACAGGAGAAAAGAGAAAAAGCCUAUCAGGCAUCACUCGCCACUGAUGAUCUUUGAUCGUUCCCUCUGGGUCCCACAGGCAACACAUCUGCUGCAGCUUUGCUGCCAGGAUGUGAUGAGCACAGGCAGCAUAUCCUUUAAUUACUCUCCUUUCAGCUCUAUUUAUAUAUUUGCUUCCAGAUCCUUCUUAUGCACAGAAAUUCUUUGUUCCUGAGAAAUGUGUUUCUUUUUGUCUCCGGCUUUUUUCCCCCUAUACAGAGUCCUUUGUGUUCACAAAGCUAACCCAGGCCACUACAUCUCAUUUAGUAUGCUGUUGUAUCAAACUAUGACAUCAGCCCUUUCUAAUUGUUUCCAGACCAGGCAGGGGCCGAGUUUUCUUUUUUAUUUUCCAUUUCUUCGCGCGGGUCUCAGACGCUCAACAUCCAACAAAUGCAGAUAAUGAAAACGGGUGCAUGAUGUCAUGUCGACAGAACAUGCAGCACCAAAAUCUUGUGACCAAGUUUCCAGGAGGAUAUCGCUUUCCCCUGUCGUUUCCUUUGCUUUCUUUUCCUCUGCUCUGUCUUUUUUCAUCUUCUUUUUUUUUGGUCUUCUGAUUGUAUUCAGGUACCACAUCUGUGGGAAUCCACCUGAUAAAGGAGUUUGUGUUUAUCUGACCUCUGGAUGCCUCUUUGGCCUUGGCCCAUAUGUAAGAUAUCUUGCUGUUCUUACGCUGAAACAAAAAGGAAGAGGCAUGAGAAGGGAGGGUGGAAAUAUUGAAAAGGGGGGCUGAUGGAGUAGGAGCUGAAAUGCAGAGAAACCAUAUGUAUUGAGUUGAAGAAAUGGCGUUUUAUGAGCGGAGAGUGGGCCUCUUGCUUGGAAUUCUCAAUGACAUCAUUCUGGAGCAGAGCGCCGUGCAGCCAGGACUCCAGAGAUGGAGUGGGCCUUCUCCAGACACAAGACCAGACUGGUUCAGAACAGUAAAGGAGGAGGAGAGAUGCAGAGGCAGGCGGACUCGGAGAAAUACACUGAAUUACUUAGCGUUCGAAAGUUUGUGCGAACUUUUACAGCCCAGUUUAUCGGGGAUUUCUGUUAUUGGAUAGUUUCGACACACACUGAUAAACCUCCCGUGCCUGGGUUUAAAACAAUCGUAUCACGCUUGGGCCUCACAAACAUCACAUGCCUGCCUUCAAAAUGAGUCCAUGAUAUUGCUUCAUAUCUCAUUUCCAAACAAAUAAACUCUACUUAGCCACUCCCUGUGGUCUGCCAGCAAAACAAAGCCUGCUGUGGGACUAAUAUCUGAUAUCAUGCACGCAUUUCGAAAUCUAAAUACCUGCCUCUGUCUGAGCCUCUUGGGGGAUGAAGAAAAACAAAAUAACCAGAUAAUUGGAUGCCACUUUAAUUACGGGAACAUUUUAUUGACCUCUGCUCUUUUUUGUUUGUUUUGUUUGCUGGAACAAACUAAUUUCAGUGAUUGUGACUUAGCGUGAUCAGUCAAAUCUGUAAGUUGAGUCAAGUAUCUUGGGCUCCAACAGGCAGCUGUAGUCACCAGAGCACAGAGCCAAGGUCCCACACUGAAAUAGACCAGUCAGCCGGUUACUGUCAGUCCGCCUUUCUGCACAUAAUCACUCUGUCUGAGUCAAACGCUCGCAAGUGAGUCAGCACGUAUCCCCUGCUGCGAUCCAGGACACAUGUUCAAAUAUUCAUGCUUUUGCUUCUCGAACUUUGCUUUGUCUGUCUUUUGUUUAAAGCUGGAUGAAAACAGUCCGGAGAAGGUGAUCAUUUCAGGGGUUCAGGCCUGUAAUUAGAGGACAUCAGCAUCUCCCUCCAGAGACUGCUGUGUGCGCAGAUGAUUGGUGUCCCUGUGAACUGGCUCCAUGUGGGAGCCAUUCUCUGCUGUUUCCUGUGCCUGUUGUCAUUAGAUAGAAAAUACCUUUGACUUGGGGGUAGUUUACCACAGCCCCCUCUCUCUCAAAGGGGUGAUUAGUCUCCAGCCGGUCUUAACAACAGUGUGGAGUCCAGAGAUGAGGCACAGUCAGUUUGGGAAAUCCUUCUGAGCUGAUAAUGGUGUCAUAAAGUUGGCUGCAAAAACUUAAACAAUGCAAUUUAAAGUGCAAAAAACAGAGAUUUUCCACAGCAGGAAGACACAAUCCUCCCUGCUUUUCUCUUUAGUGCACGUCUUAACAGUCACCUCUCAACCCUGAAAGGCUCUAUUAUUAGUUGCUCUCUUGUUUUUUCCAUCUCUUCCCACUUAGUCCUUUUUCCUCUGUGCGAAAAAAUAACACUAACAAACGGUGGCUCUGACAUUUAGACACUCUAAAACCCUGAUUCCUCCCACAUCUUCUUUCUUUAUGUCAACAUCUCCUUAGUCACUGUCAUUUUUACCUGACUGUCUGUUCUACACACCUUUGUGCGCUUAACUGAAGCUGUCACUCUCUCUCAUUCCCGACCCUCGCUCUCUUUAUUUUACGCUCUCACGUCUUCUGAUAAAAUUAUGAUUUCCUUUUCCACAUCUCCUGCUUUAGGAUCACACGUAGGUCCCUUCCUGGUAAAAUUAUCCAAAUGCAGGGGAAUUUUCAUCCCCUACUCUGUCUUUUUUUUUACCCAGCUACAGAGCCACACACCCCCUCCUCCGCACCCCGCCCCUUUCCAUACGUCUCACUCCGGCCCUGGCAGCAAACCCACACUCCCCUGUCUCCCAGCCUCCGCCUCCCCCCCUUCCUUCAUACUCAUACCAGCCCGGCACACAGAGGACAGAGAGGAAGAAAGAGAAAAAGAGAGAGCUCCAUUUGUCAGUCAGGAGAUUACAGACUGCCACUUUGCACUGACCAUGCACGCCUGACGCACAUAGGACGCCGCUUUCACAAGACACAGACAUGGGAACGUCUGGAAGGAGGAGAGAGCUGUGCGAUAGAUAGAGCAGACGGCAGUUUUGAAAUGUGUUUCUCUGUCAGGAGGAACAUUUGAGCUGCAAUGGGGACCCAGUGAGGGGGACUACUAAUGUUUGGAGUACAUCGUACAGCAUGUGGUGUUUGCAGUGUAAUUCAGAGAAGACCCAGUCCCUGCUGGAGCUGGAGCUGAAUGGGUGGUAAGAGUAAUAUGAGGGUGUUAAAUGUUUGUUAUAGCAUGUGUGUGCAUGCAUCUCAUUGGAUGAGGUUACACUUGACUGUUCGAGCUUGUAAGGCUUUGUUUACAAUAAAUAGAGGGGAAGCUUAGAUGACAUGCAAGAUUAAACAGGCUCUUUUUUGACAGACAGGGUGAAGAUGAAUCUCAAAGAUCAUGAAUUUUAAAAGAAGGGGGGGUCUGCCAUUUCAAUUUUUGACUCCAGCACAAUGGAAAACAGAUCACGUCCCCUCUCUGAGUCACUGUGUGCUAUCAUGAAGUGUUUAGUCUUACUGUACAAAAUACAUCUGUGUGAGUUGGUCCCCCCCCCCCCACCCCUUCCCUUCUCCCCUGCUCUCCCGUCUCCUGCUCGGGCUGAAGGGCAUUCCUGUGGUGAGACUCGGCCCUCCCGCCUGCUGGCCGUGACUGUGAGCUUUUUCGUGGCUGAAUCUUCAAGGGCAGGUGCUGGUUGAAGUGUGGUGAAGAAGACGGCUCAAUUAUUCAUCAGGGGGGAGAUUAUGAUCGUGUUUCUGCUGCCGUUGAAGGAGAAGCGGUGCCGUGGAUGUGACAGAAAGAGUCAACAGGGGAAUGAUAUUGAUUUUUUUAAUAGUUGGAGCACGGUAACAAGCAUGUGGAUGGCAUCAACAAAACAACAAACCCCUCAUCACUCUCGCAGAAGUGUGGGUUUUACUUUAGCAUGUCUGUGCUGCACCUGUAAAGUAUCUUGAGUCGAGGCUUUAUACAAUGAAAUCUGUGACUCAUUCAUCCACAUAUUAUGGCGGCUAGGUUAUUUCUUUAUGCUAUGAUUGGAGCUCCCAAGGCAGCUUAAACUUUGCAAGUAAAAAAGUAAAAAUUAGGUCAAAUGUCUGGUGCUUGGAAGUCAGUAGGCUGCCAUCUGCAAUAGCGGAUAUGUUCAAAUAAGCCCAAGACAGCUGGUUUGAGGAUUUGACACCACAUGCUGGUUUUCCUGAUUUGCACAGAGACCAGAGUCCUAAAACUGUCAAACUGGAGAAUACAACUUACAGUAGUUAUCAACCACACGUCUUAUCAGGCUCCAGUCGAUAAUAUACCGUCUGCUGCAAAUUCUCAAGAGUGACACUGUCAGUCUGCUGGCCCGUGCGGCUCUCCAGCUGUGCCUUACUAUAAAUCCCUAACCCUUGCUUUUUUGUUGUCUUUUUACGGCGGUUACAAAAUCCACCACGAGCGCGGUUGCUGGAGCUAAAAAUGACUGAUAUAUCCGAGUGUUUACUGGCAGGUUUACCUUCCAGUGCUGGACUCCAUUAUCAUGUUUCUGUGUGGUCUACCUGAAAAAACCUAUUUCCUCACAUCUGUGUUUGGAUGGCUGCUACAUGCAUCUUUAUUUAUGAGUGCUAUGAGUUACUAUGAAGGGAGGGAAAACAUCUGCUGUUGUUGUGACUGGACCACAUGAUGAAUGAGAAGUGUGGGUUUGAUUUUCAUUUAUUUAUCUGCGUGAAAAACAGAAAAGCCACUCGAAGGUGUGUAAUCUGGUGCUGCGUUUACACGUGUUGCAUCAGUGUUACUACAUAUAUGAUAUGAAAGCGCUCAUUAAGUCUGGUAAGCAAUCAAAUCUCCCUCACCAUCUGCCUUUUGUGUACCGACCGGAGCAAAAAUAAACCUGAGUGGGAUCAGAUUUCUUUUGCAGCCGUGUUGGUGUUGUAAUGGAAUAUUACCAAUGCAAAAUAUUAUGUGUUGAUGCAGCGGCGCUCCUUUCUAACAUACAUGUUCAUGCUCACAUUACAAAAAUCCCAUAUUCAGCAAAUCUUGUAAAAACUCUGCUUUUUUCUCCGCUUUGAUUGUAUUUCUUGAUUUUAAAAUUUGAGACAGCAAAAUGAGUUGUAGUUGACAUCAAUGUUUCUUGGAUUAUAUUGAGACUGUUACCCAAUUUGAUGAGUAAAUGAGUGUGUAUUUGGCACAUCUCAUGAGCGGGGCUGUAACAAAAAGAAAAAGUAGUAAAAAAAACACUAUUUAUAGAAAAAGAAAAAGGCCUGUCUAAACAGGAGUAAUCAGAUAUAGUUUUGCUUACAAAUGCAUUGUGUCUGAAAAAGGCCACUGUAAAUAUUUAGCAUAGUUUUCAUUUCAAUCACUUUUACUUUCACAAUUGACUGGGGAGUUUAAUUGUACUUUCUCAUACCGAGGAGAGCAAACAAACACUUCCUAAAACACUAAUAAGAAGUUGAUUGAAAAAACGUGGGCGCGCAGAGCACUUUGUGGACUUCUUUGUUGUCUCCGAGACUCGGUUUGGCAGUUUGUUAGUUCCACACUGUGGCUCACUCUUCCUCCGUAGCUCCGGCCUGCACUUCAUUAGCCUUCCUCUAUUCCCAGAACUCCUGUAGAUGUGACUCCUCUUUUCCGGGAUGGAGGAAUGUUUCUCCCUCAGGUCCGACUGAUGGAAUGGGUUGAGGCCUGGGUAGGGGUCCGGGCCUGUUUGUUCAGGAUGUGUUGAGAGGGAAGGAGGGGAGAAAGAGAAAUGGUCGAUCCCCCCGACUAUCCACUCCCUCCCCACAAAUCCCUGUAUCCCAUAGCUGAAAAUCACUGCCAGCUGAGCCGACAUGCUUAUCCAUACCAGCAUCAGAUCUAACAGGGGGCUCUUGGCGGAUAAAGAGCCAGAUUCAGCGACAAACGCCAUUGAGCGGUUGUUGCUAAUGUCAUGAGGUGGCCCUCAAUGGAGCGUAGGGUCAAUAACAGGAAGUGGACUUGAAUCUUCAUACAUUAGAGGUUCAGCACUGUUAAGUUUGAGGGGUUCAGCUUCCAUCAUAUUCUGUACUUGUCUGUUAAUUGUUUGCAUAGCAUGUUAGCUCAUUCUUGAGUUAGCAUACAUUGUCUUCAUUGUUGAAAAUUAAAAACAUGACUCUUCUGGGUGAUUCGGGAUUAGUUUAGUAUGUGUAACUGUUUUUAAUGCUCGUACGACAUGCUGGCGUAACUUUUCUCAGUCCGUCCUUGCAUCACAGAGUCACUUGUGCCUCUUCACCAGAAUAACAUCAAUCAGCUUCCAACUCAGUCCCUUUUUUUUCCCCCUCCAACAUCCAUUACAGCUUAAAACCUUGGCUCUUAAAGUGCCUCUCUCUCCUCAUUUUCCCCCCUUUUUCCCGCCACCAUGAGCAGCUGACCUCACUCGGUGGAGAAUUCAGUGACCUCAGAGCAGAAAGUACUGCAGCACUUACUCUCUUUCUCUUUCUUCUUACACGCAGCCACACGCAGUCUUUGGCAGGAGAGAAAACGAAAGAGAGAAGAUGGUUUUAGCACUCAUUGGGGAUAGAAGGAGCCAGUACAGUAAAAGCAGUGUUUUCAGUGGGUUUGAGAGCAAACCUCAGAGGAGAAGAUCUCUUAAGUUGACUGUGAUUUUAGUAGUUUGAUGUUGACCUGACUAUCAUUCCCAUAAUUAUAUUCCCUCAAACUGAAAGUCAAAUCAAUUUUGGAGAGUCUGUAUUUUUAGAGACAGAUCAUAAAGUGAAGGUGAUUUAUUCCAACAAGAAAGAAAACAGUAAAAGAUUUGACACAGCCGCUAAACAAAGGGUCAACCUCCAGCAAUGCUAGCAACGAGAGCAGGCUAAAGUUAGCUGUGUUUGACCUGAAUGUUUGUGUUAGCAUACUAACAUGCCAAAAAUGACAACGCCACCCUGAUGUUCAGUAUGUCUAACAUGUAGGCCAACACUUCGAUGUUGUGUCAUCUGUUUUCAAGUUAUUGGGUCAGAAAUGAAGCUCGAGAUAGUGGUGCAUUUCAUUAUGAUAAUAACUGAACAGAGCAAACGAGGUCUGAAUGAUGGUUUGGAUUUGGCUAAUGAACGGUCCAGCUAAAAGCAAAAAGCUGGGAUUGCUGAAAUGUCUUAACUGAUACAUAACUUAAUAAUCGUUAGCAUCCAGAAUUAGCCAAAAAUCCUAAAGACUUUACUAUACAAUGACAAAUAAAACACUUUAAUUUUAGUGUCAAACCUGUCCCUUAAGUUCUCUCAAAGUUGAAAAAAUUCUCAAAGUGUACUAAACAUUUUAAAUUAGUCUAUUUUAGUCAAAAGCUUUUAAACCAUAAUAUGCCUAAUUUUCUGUGUAUUGUCACAAACCAUAUUGGUAGUUUGCUGUUAAUGUGGAAACCAAGCGAUCGAUUACAUAUAACCACUGUAUAAUCAUGGUGCUUUGACAGAGCACAAGAUGGGACUUUCACAGAAGACACGUGUUUCUCUGUGUUGAUUAAAACUUCAUGUUUAGCCAGCAGGGUCAAUACCUCCUUCGCUGACCCCUUUUUUGCGCGCCCUUUUGAUUUGAGUUGUGUGUACUUAUUACCAUGAAUUGGCACAGUGGCCUUGGCUGACCCUGAAUGGAUCUGCUCAACUUUGAGAGACGGGAAGGAAGUCUUUUAACGCAAUGCAUUAAUGAGGACCCUUCUGCUUUUUUGGUUAACGCCAUAUUUUGAGACGUGACAAUGUUUUAAGCGUCAGUAUUUUCUCAGUUCUGCUCAAAAUGAUAGGUAGUAGCUUUGCAGCCACAGAAACCACCAUGAUUUUAUUCAACAUGGUAAAAGCAGAAGUGCUUCAUGUAGAGCAGGUUAUUGUCAAUGCGUUUCCUGGACCACUGAAGCAUACAAAGCCUUACUGAAAUGCAAAGUGCUUGGUUGUAUGAGUAUCAAUAUCUUAAAUUACUCUUGGAAUUUUUGUGUGACUUUCUGUUCUGUUCUGACUUUCCUGUUUUUCUAAGAAUCAAGUACAGAAAAUGGAAAUUUCCAUUCCCUGCUGUGGUUCAGUGUGAAAAAGUAAUUUGUUUUUACAAAAGACUCAGCAAAUACAGCUGGUUUUUGAACUUCUGACCAUUUUCAGUUCCACUUUUUCACUCAGCAUUUUGCAGCUAUUCGCUGUCAAACUGGUGUUGAAUGUUGAUUUGAGGCUGUCUAAUGAAGGAAGUGGAUUGUGUACACUGUAUGGGUGUGUCCAGUCACAGUUCAAACACAUUAGGCUGCCAGAGAACUCUGAAAGCACUCAGUGUGCCAUAGAGGGGGAGAAAUGAUAGUUAGUGAGCAGGUGGGCACCACUGACACCCACAUUUGAGUUUUUUUUUUUUUUUUCUAAAGGACCGCUGAAGUUGUGUUUGCUCUGUCAUCCUGCUCUGGACUGGACUUUGUAACGUGUAUGGAACAGUGUGUCAAUGCUCCGGCAAACAUGAUGUAACUCCUUUUGGUCACUGAUUGGCCCUGAAGAAAGCAUAAACUUUAGUUUCCUGGUGGAGCCCGUGUACUCUGGACCUCAGUUGACUGAAAGAAUGGUGGACAAGAUCUGGAGAAAGAGUUGGCAGUUUAUAGAAAAUAGACGGUCUUUUCGCAAUAAGCGGUCCUCUUGUAGUACGACAGAAUGUAAGAGUGAGUGAGUAACCUCCUAUUUUUUUUUCACACUAUUUGUGUAACAGGCAAUCGAAUGGGUUCAUUGAAUCAGAGGUGGUGUUUAAUUUCUGAAAAAUGUUAAUGUGACUCUUGUGUUUUCUGAAACACAUGAGUGACUCUUCUCUCUGUUGAUACAUAAAAAGAAAAGUGUUCAUAUUUGACAGCAAACAGCUGAAAAAAUGUGCUCAUAUCUUAAAGCCGUAGAAUCAGCACAUUCCUGAUACAGCUUCAUUCAUUUACACGCGCCCUGCAGUUCACUGCUGUAAUGCCGUACAUGUUAAGUAUUCUCUCACAGAGACUAGACGUCUCAUUUUAAGAUUAAUCUAAGAGCCUAAUUCCAUAAGUCCCUGAAGUUAAGCUACUUUUUUGCUCUGAUACUUCACAAGAUGGGUCAGAAGAAAAGCUGUAAUUAACCUCAGAAUACUUUAGUCAGAGUCAGACUCAAAAACCUGAACUCAGGUCUAAUUAUUUCGGGAGAUGAAAUCUCUAACCUUCCCUUCGCUCUCUUUUCGCAGUGUGGAAGGAGACGGACGGCCCAAUGACAGCGGCCCUUCCCUGGAUGGUGGAGCCAGCUAUGGCCAAGGCCCGGUGACUCACGGCUCGGCCAUCAGCCCUGAUCGAUUUGAAGGCCCACUCUACAGCCACGGGGUCCAACCUGGGCCUCAGAGACCCCGUCGGCCUAAGCUCCAGCACUCGCAGUCCAUCCUCCGGAAGCAGGCUGAGGAGGAGGCCAUCAAACGAUCCCGCUCGCUCUCGGAGAGCUACGAGCUCUCCGCUGACCUCCAGGACAAACAGGUACUCCAGAGGAAACUGCAUGGUUGGCUUCAGAGUUAAUCCUUACACUCUGAAGUCCUUAGAGUUAUGAUGUAUGGUGUUCUUCAAGCUCAUUUUUGUGACUUUAAAUAUAACUUAAACUAAACCAAUUUGAUAUUCUGUGCAGUCUUAAAGUAAAUUUUCUCCUCUUUCUAGGUGGAGAUGCUGGAGCGUAAAUAUGGCGGACGUUUCAUAACUCGGCAUGCAGCCCGCACCAUCCAGACGGCCUUCCGCCAGUAUCAGAUGAACAAGAACUUUGAACGCCUCAGGAGCUCUAUGUCCGAGAACCGUAUGUCCAGACGCAUUGUUCUCUCCAACAUGAGGAUGCAGCUCUCCUUCGAGGGCCCCGAGAAAGUGCACAGCUCCUACUUUGAAGGGAGGCAGGUAUCUAUGACAGAGGACGGGGCCCCGCUGACUAUGGCGCAGUCUGAAUGUGGAGAUAUUGAGGUCCACCAGCAGGCCAACAUGGCAUCUCACCCAGCCCAACAGGGCGACCUGACAGAUGCCAUCACGGAGCUGGAGGACGCUUUCUCCAGGCAGGUCAAAUCUCUGGCCGAGUCGAUAGACGAUGCACUGAACUGUCGCAGCCUUCAGGGAGACGAGGGUCCCGACCCGGAGGCCAUGGGCUGCUCUCAGGUGGAGAGGGAGGUGCCCUAUCAGGUGAAGGCUCACCGCAGGGCAGCUGGACGCAUGCAUGAUGAAACUAUGGCAUCCUACAGUGAUGUGACUUUGUUCAUCGAUGAGGAGGACAUGGGCCUGUCCAGGUCAGGGGAUCAGCCCUCCAGCACAGAAUCAGACUUGAGGUUGCGGUCGGUCAACUCCUCUCAGGAGUACUGGCCGAUUGACCCCAAAGAUGAGGGUCGUGACACAGACACGAGCUGCCGCAGCACUCCUUCUCUGGAGUGCCAAGAGCAGCGUCUCAGAAUGGACCAUCUUCCUUUGUUGACCAUAGAACCUCCUAGUGACAGCUCUGCAGAGCUUAGCGACCGCUCGGAGCGCAGUGCUGUCAAACGGCCCCCUGUGUAUGAACCACACGGUCACAUUGUAACGUCAUCCCAGGCGAGCCCCAAACACAUAUCCCAUGGACCUCCGCCGCGGGCACCUUCCCGAGACGAUGACGCGCCUCUUCGUCAUCGCCACCGUCAGCUGGAGAGCCACUUAGCCAUCAACGGUUCGGCCAACAGACAGAGCAAGUCGGAAUCGGACUUCUCUGACGGGGACAAUGACAGCAUCAACAGCACAUCCAACUCCAACGACACCAUCAACUGCAGCUCCGAGUCGUCCUCCAGGGACAGCCUACGAGAGCAGACGCUGAGCAAGCAGACGUACCACAAAGAGACACGCAACAGCUGGGACUCGCCCAUCUUCAGCAACGACGUUAUUCGCAAGCGACACUACCGCAUUGGCCUGAACCUCUUCAACAAGUAAGUGCUGGGAAAUAGAGAACAGAAGCAGCCUCUUUACAUCACUUUUUUAAUUUGCUGGUACCAAUUUUUAAUGUUUUCUUUAUCAGGAAACCAGAGAAGGGCAUCCAGUACCUGACCGAGAGAGGAUUCAUCCCUGACACACCUGUUGGCGUGGCUCACUUCCUGCUUCAAAGGAAGGGGCUGAGCAGGCAGAUGAUUGGAGAAUUUCUCGGCAAUCGGCAGAAACAGUUCAACAGAGAUGUUUUGGAGUAAGUCUGAUUUCUUCUUAUGCCCAUCUCCCCUUUAAAACUUAGAUUAAUGUGGAAUCAUUGAAAUUUGUCCUUGGCUGGGCUGUUGUGAUUGAUAAUCUGAAAUUAGAGAGUUCCUUUUUUUAACCGACGUUUCCAUCUGUCCCCUGUCCUCCACCAGCUGUGUGGUAGAUGAGAUGGACUUCCAGGGCAUGGAGCUGGACGAGGCUCUCAGGAAAUUUCAGAACCACAUCCGUGUUCAGGGUGAAGCCCAGAAAGUGGAGCGGCUCAUCGAAGCAUUCAGGUUAGAUCCUUCACCAAACACAUCCAACACUUCCAUUUUUACUAAAAUAAAAACAAAUAAUUCAUACAGAUUCAUACAAAAUCCUUGUGAGAGGAAUGAGAAAACCACUUAGAUCUAAAGCACUUAUUCCCCACAUGAUGUUUUAAUGUUUUAAACUCUAAAAACCUUCAGAGCUUGAAGUUUGAAAGUCCUGUUUUCCGGGUGUCAUCACAGCUGUGUUGUUCAGAUAGUUAUUGGCACACAUAGAGAACCUGUUCCUGCAUUACUUCUCUUUUCGUCUGAGGACAUUUCCUCACCACGAGCGCUUUUCUUUUGUGUGUUUUGUAAUCAGAGUUUAGCCGUAAAAUGAGAUGGCUGAUAUUCCUCUUCUCUCUCAUGUUUCCAGUCAGCGCUACUGCAUCUGUAACCCCACGGUGGUGCGGCAGUUCAGGAACCCCGACACCAUCUUCAUCCUGGCGUUCGCCAUCAUCCUCCUCAACACUGACAUGUACAGCCCCAACGUCAAACCCGAGAGGAAGAUGAAGCUGGAGGAUUUUAUCAAGAAUUUAAGAGGCAAGGAGACACGAAAUGCUUAUGAAACAUAUUUAUUCAUGCUAUUUUAGGUUCCAAUUCAUGCAUAAUAGUCAAACUAAAUCAACAAAUACUGCAUGCAAACUCACAAGUCCCUCUGUCACUCUUCUGUGUUUUCAGGUGUGGAUGAUGGGGAAGACAUUCCCAGGGAGACUCUGGUCGGCAUCUACGAGAGGAUCCGCAAGCGAGAACUCAAGACUAACGAAGACCAUGUCUCACAAGUGCAGAAGGUCGAGAAGCUCAUUGUGGGAAAGAAACCAGUGAGUGCUCUUCAACGUCUUAAGAACUAAGUGUGAUUAAAGCAAUUUUAACAGUUUUAUCAUUGUCCUUGACGACAAUAAUCAGCACCAGAAAAAGUAAAAAAUGCGUAAAAUUUAUUUGAACUAUUCCUAAAUCAACCCACAUGUCCCUAUUUCUAGCUGUCUGAUAAUAUCGUCCAGCUCACAUUAUUAAUCAGGCUGUCACAUCUCUCUUUAGUCAUUGGCUAUUUAGAGAAAUGCACCUUUUUUAAUUGGUUUGUAGGUUAGUCAUUAAAAAAAAAUGAUCGAUUUAGGAAUUUAGAGAAUGAUAUUUCAUUUACACCUCGGGGUGUUAUGUGAAAAAGGAGUCAUGCCUGGACUGAGACCUUCAUGCUGAUGAUUUUAACACACUGAAAGCCCUGUAGAGAUGUCAUCCGGUGCUGCAGUCUAAUGAAAAAUGAACCCUCUGCGCCCUUUUAGUUCUGUCUAGAGUGAAAUUGUUGACACCGGCAUAUCAUUUACCGGCGCAGGUUGCAUUCUGACUGUCAGUUUACACACAAUCAUUAUGCAGUUUAUUUCUGUGUAUGAUUAGCGAUCAAGAGCUGUAAAAUGAUGAUUGUAUCAUGCUGCAGCUGCUUCAGGAGUAGCAUGUCUGCUCUGUUCUGCAGGCAGCGAUGGCUCUCUCAUGUGUGAAGGUUAAAAGUGUGAUUAACCUAUGCAGCCGCAGGGAGAGGCUUGUCUCGCAUGGAGGACUGUGUUUCAGUUGGUUUCCGCUGGGAUGGAUGGUUCUCUUUCCAAGUGAUCAUUUAAUGUAUUGAAAAAAAAAGAUCCCUAGUUACCAUUUAGCUGCAGAAUUAAAAGCCCAGUUGGACAACACUUUAGCAUGAAAACCACAUUGAAAUUCCUCUCCAUGAUAAUCAGGUCCACUGGCGCUGCACAGAGAGGGUUUCUAAGGGAGGAUCUGUUUUCAUUCCAACAUCGUUACAAACUCCCAGGAGUCCAGCAGCAGAGAGAGACCACCACCCUGUACUCAGAGGUGUACGCAGUCUGCAGGGGCAAAAGCUUGUGCGGGCUCAUUAAUAAGCUGGAGACAUUACGGUUUCUUGUUAUCAGAGGAAACAGCGCAUAAAGCAAUAACAUAACGGCUGAAUAUAACACCCUCCCUGUCCUCCUUCUUCAGAUUGGAUCCCUCCACCACGGCCUGGGAUGUGUAAGUAUCUAAAAAUCCAUAAAUCCUGCUAUAUUCAAUCACUUUCCUGUUAUUAAUUCACUCCGUAUACACAGCUUCCUGUCUCUUCAAACUGCAGUUAAUACGCAUCAGGCAGAUAGUUUUCGAGUCAGAUUACCUAAAGAGGAAGGAACUUUUGCCCCCUAAAGCAUCACAUCUGUUACUGCGAGAUGAACAGUCUUUCCUCUUCCCUGGAACAGAGUCAACAGACAUAAAUCCUCGGCUGGCAUUGAGCUGCAGUGUUUACAGAUUCUGCCCUCAGCAGGAUGUUCAUCACGCAGGUCCCCCCCAGGAACAGAAUAUAUCAAAGUCCCCGGAGUUUUACAGAUAUUAUUAGUUAUCAUAAUAUUAUGAGAGGACUGUGUGCUGACUCAACAUUAGUGAUAAAUAACAUGGUGAAAAAACUAUUUUCCGAAACUUUGGAGUUGGCAGCAUUUUUAUGUUAUGGUAGAUCGACUUGAAAACGUUGCCAUGCUAUCGUACAUUAAGAUUCAAUAUAUGCUUUGUAUUAAAAAAAAAAUAUACAGAAUCUAGACCGCUGAAAUUAGGUCUAAAAUAAAAAAACUAGACGUCUAAUAGCUGUAUAUUGCUCAGUGAGUAGAUACAACUAGAUCUAGACUUGUUUUUUUAACUGCAUGCCAUAAUUAUGUAACUAGAAUAAAAUUAAAUAAAUAUUUGAAAUGUUAAAAAAAAAAAAAAAGAUUCAAUAUAUGCUCUACAUUACAACAGGAUAUGCUGCAAUACAAUAUGUGAUGUUACAAAACACUAUCCUGCAACACAAUACUAUGCAAUGCAAUGAUAUAUAUUAUAUGAUAACUUCAGCAAGAACAUAUAUAUUACCAGACGUAUAAGGACGAAAUGAUUUAAGAGUUUAUCUCUUUAUGUAGAGAAACACAGAGGCUCAAAUCUUUUCUGUAAUUAAAUGUUCCAAAGACUUUUGAAUUCAUGGAAAUUGCAGCUUUUCUUUGUCUUGUCCAAAAGUUUUUUCUUUGAUGAACUGAAUAGCAUUUUGACGACAUUGUCUCGGUCUGUACAACAAUUUUAACUUGGCUUUUAACUGUUUUCUGAUGAUAGAUAAUCAAAAGAAAAAAGAAAUGAUGGAUGAAAUUUGAGUAGCAGUAAUGUUAGGAAAGAAAAUGUCAACAGAAGAUUGAUCAGUUUUUACUUAUUUUCUGUCUUGUGCUGAUUUCUUAAAGUCUCCAUUUUGGCUCUCUUUUCCCGCCCUGUAGGUUCUGUCGCUGCCCCAUCGUAGACUGGUGUGUUACUGUCGCCUGUUUGAAGUGCCAGACCCCAACAAGCUCCAGAAGCUGGGCCUGCAUCAGCGGGAGAUCUUCCUGUUCAACGACCUCCUAGUGGUACACCCCCCUUCCUUUUGCUCUCCUCUAAUCCUCCUUUUACCCUCCCUCCAGUACGACCUCUUUAAACUCUCUCUCUCUGUGUUAUUUCAGGUAACUAAGAUUUUCCAGAAGAAGAAGAACUCUGUGACGUACAGCUUCAGACAGUCGUUUUCUCUCUAUGGGAUGCAAGUUAUGUUGUUUGAAAACCAGUGUAAGUUGCAUUUCCUUUCUUCUUCAUCCCUGUGGCAUGAUCGCUGACAGUGUUUACGUCCGACUCUUUGAUUUAGCGCAGCAAGAAUGAAAAGUCCGACCAAUAAGCGUCGACACUGUUUAUAAGUCCAAACUUCACACAGAUUGUUCCCGAUGUGUUUCGACUCGGGGUUUGAUCAAUGGCCCUUGUGUAAAUGUCUCUCCCUCUCUGUUUGCCAUUUCCCCCAGAUUACCCAAAUGGAAUCCGACUAACAUCAGCGAUACCAGGUGCCGACAUCAAAGUCCUCAUCAAUUUUAAUGCGCCCAACCCCCAGGACCGCAAGAAGUUCACAGAUGACCUGCGAGAGUCCAUUGCCGAGGUCCAGGAAAUGGAGAAAUACAGAAUAGAGUGUGAGCUGCCUUUUUUUUUUUCUCCCUCCCUUCCCCCUCCUCCUCUGUCAACCUCGGGCUGUGUAAAGUAAAAACAGGGCAUGGUCCUCAUUACUCAACUGCGACAGUGUGUGAGGGAGAGUUUUUACAGAGUUCACAGGAUGGCUUACAGAAAGUCAAGCAUUCAAAAGGACGGUUUCUUUAUGACAAACAGGAAGUUGGAAAUGAUGUCGAUCAAUAGUACAUUCAUGAGCUCAGACAGCUUAACACGGCUGAAAACAGUCUGCUUUAUAAAUCACACCCUGGUUAAAGUGAGAUGUAAAAACCGCCCGCCACUUACCUCAGUCUUUCCUUGGCUCCUCUCAACACAGCUGAGCUGGAGAAGCAGAAAGGCGUGGUCAGGCCCAGCAUGUCGCAGAGCUCCGGUCUGAAGAAGGAGGCGGGCAACGGGAGCAUGAACCGCGCCAGUCUGGACGACACCUACGCCAUGGGAGAAGGCCUGAAGAGGAGCGCGCUCAGCAGCUCCCUGAGAGACCUCUCGGAAGCAGGUACAGCUGAAAAGAAAUCCUUCAGAAACUUCUCAGACGGAGACGGGAACUCCGUCAGCUCUGAGAUGAUGAUAUCAAGGGGAUAAAAAUAGCAAAAUGUUGUUUCACAGCACCAUAUUUUGAUUUCUUUAGUCCUCUUUAAAUCCACGACUUGAGACACUCAUUUAGAGACAGUUUGGUCUGUUUCCUUUGCAGUUUACUUUCUUAAAACAUGGCAUAUUUUGUUUAAGAGGGCUCUUUUACAUUGACAAGACUGGAGAUGAAGGUUAACUAUCUAGAAAUGCAGUUUUUCCUGUUGGUGAUGAAUGAAAUUGACGGGUAGUUCUCACCCCUGACCAUUUGGGCGACUUUAUUUCUCAGCGUUUCCAUUCAUGAUUUUACCGUCACUUCUUUUUUUGAUUUAUUUCGCACCACGACACUCUUGAGUUGGUUUUAUUCAAAGACAUUUCAUGAAAAUCUCUUGUUUUUUUUUUUGUUUUUUUUAAUCCAACAUUAAAUACCAUUUCCCCCUCACGUAUAUUUGUGAACCAAACAAAUCAGUGUUGGUUUGUAAAGCAGCAACAAGAUGGAGAUUAAGUGUUUUGUGUCGACAGUCAUCUCACAUCCAUGACUAUCGGUGUUUAACUCAGCCGCUGUGUCUCUGGAGCAAGAACGCAUCUCAUUCAUUACAGAUUACAGCGAUGUGGAGUUAUCGGGUGAUUAACUCGAUAACAAAAUGAAAUCCAGUCAGGGGUCUGCCUCACUGUUAGUAAUACGACAGGUUCUGAUAGGUGAAUUAGUAAAGAAAUCCCUCCUGUCUCUUGCGUUUUUCGAUGCAGGAUGCGGCAUGUUAGCGGGGCCAUUUCUGUUGAGUGUUUUUAUUUAUUUUUUUCCCCUUUUUUUCCUGCCAUACUCCAUUUCAUGUGUAUUUACUGUGUUAUUUCCAUACACAUCAGGUAUUUUCCUGUAUAUGUGUGAUUAUUGGUCAUGUAUCAUUGGCUGAGUGUGAGCCUAACAACAGCAAGAGUGCUCUCUUCGCCCUCAAACCUGUAUAUGCCUGUACAUCCCAUGUGCAACAACCACUGUAAUGCUUUUGAUGUGUCUCCUCCUUUGUGACUGUCACCGAGACCGGCUUUAUGCCACCCUUGACCCCUUUGAAAAUCUACAUCUUGUGACAACAUUAAGAAAAGUUGUCAUAUUUGAAUUACAAAAAUAUAAGAAUUUUAUAGUAUAGCCUCCCAACUUUCCUCUAGACUCGGUUUGCUCUAGUUUAUAUUUGUUGAAAUUUACCCAACUGAGUCUUCUAUUUGAUAACUAUAUAAAAAAAAAAAAACUUUAGCUCCCACGAGUAGAAAGAAUUCGCCACAGCAUCACCUGUCACUCACCCCACUCCCAGACCUGAACGCGCUCUCUCCCCCUCUCCUCCCUGCCAAUAUUUGGACCUUACUCACAGUCACAAAUCCACUGCACUGCCCCCCUACGGGACUGGUGGGCGGCCUAAACGUCUGUAGUUGACCCAGGAGUUGCUGUCGAUCUCUAAUCUGUGGUAUUGCAUGUCUCGGGCAGGCAAGCGGGGGCGUCGCAGCAGUGCAGGAUCACUAGACAGCAAUAUGGAAGUAAGUUGGAAGCAGCUGGUAUCCAAGCUACUCUCUAUGUGAUGAUGUGCACUGUGAAAACACACCAUUUAUUUUUUUGGUCUUACACCUUCUUUGCUUCAUAGACUCAGUCCAUUUGUUUGGAUCAUUUAUUUUUCCUUCCUGGGAUGCCUUAUAACCUGCUUGCCUCAGUUAGUGUGCAUGCAUGGGUUGCCUGCCUCUGAUCCUGCCCCUCUGUGGAAGCCAGAGAUCUCCUGUUUUUUGGUCAUGGUAUAUGACCAAUAUAUACACUUUUAUCUUCAAACAAGCAUGACUCUACUAAAACCUCCUUUGACCCCCCUCCCCUUGUCGCCUGUCUCUGUCUUUCAUUCAAUCACAUCACAAGCGGCUUUCAUUUGGUUCUUCUUCUCUGUAGGAGGGCGGUAGCUCGGUGAGACUAUCGGGAAACUGUGCACCACCUCUCCUUUUUUCCGGGUUUUUCUUGUUUUCCCCCUUUUCCACAACUUCUCUUACAUACCUUAAGGUUCAGGGAGGAACGUAGCCUUUAUAUUCAGAGGUCUACUGAUGGGCUUAAAAAGAUGUGGAUUUCAUUCAUUCAUCUUUCCUCAUUUCAUGUGUCCAUGACUUCAUGCGUUGGGACCCUGAAAAUUUCAUUCUGCUUUCAAAUAUGUCAUACGAUCUUUCUACAGUUUAAGAUGAAGCAUGUGCCAGAGGAGAACUUUUUUUUUUUUUUCCUUUUACUUCAGGAGAGUUUCUACUUCAUAGUGGAGUAUUGUUGGAGCUAGAAAGAGGGGGGAAGGUGUUCAGGCCUGUUGUGAAGUCUGCACACAUGAACUUAGCUCCUCCUGCCUUCUGACUUCUAGUUGAAUGCUAAAGUGUGGAUGACAAGUUUGCCUGUCACAUCCUCUGCAUGUGGAAACUUUGCCUCCAUUGAUGAUAACAAGUUGCAUGUGUGACUCUUUAGAGGGUUUGGCACAUGACUGCAAUGAAGAUGAAAUGUUGUCUCUUUUUUUUACCCCUCUUUAUUUCAUGAUUUAUGCUGCAGAUGGUAUUUAUAUACUUACUGUUGUUACCAGUUUACUGUUUCAAGCCAGUAAGCUCCCUUUUUAAAAAGGCUCCCUUCAUCUUGAAGCUGAAGUUUUCCUAGUGUUGCUGCUGCCUUCCAUGAAAAAACAUUUUAAGUUUCUCAUUUGCAUGCCCUAAAACAUUUUGCUACUUAUUUAUCUGAAAGAAAACUGUGAGUUCAUCCUGCUGGUGCCUUGUAGCUGUAGUUUGGCAGCUGUUUUGCAGAAGCUCGUGCGCAGAAUCUGACAGGCAUGCUGUUACCUUUUUUUUUUCCCGCCUGCAGGGGUCCAUCAUUAGCAGCCCACACACUCGCCGGAGAGCCACCACGCCACGCGAGGGCCAGCCCCGCGGCCACUCCUCCAUCCCUAACUCUUCAUCAACUUCCAUCCUCGGGUCGCUCUUUGGCAGCAAGCGAGGCAAACCGUCAUCCCAGAGCCACCCUCCUUUACCUCCACCCGGUCACCCCACUCUAAUAUCCCACAAGCCCCACCCGACCAACCUGCACCACACAGCACAGGUGACGCACCCGGUCCAACAUCACGGCCACCAUUCCCAGUACUGCCAAGUCCCACAGAACCCGCCCCCUUACCACCAUCACCACCACUACCACCCCCCUCCACACACGCACCACCACCAGCACCCGGCCUACACCACCUCGCACCCACACCAACACAGCCACUCGCAGCACAGCCACUACAGCCAGCAUUCCCAUCACUCCUCACACUCCCAGCAUGCCCCUCACCAUCACAGCCAGCAGGUGGGUUCAGCACCUGGCGGACCCAAACCCAAACACAGUGGUAUCAGCACUGUAGUGUGAUGCUGAGAGGAGCUCGGACUUUUUCUUACACCAAAGGGACUGACAGCAUAACUCUAUGGCCUGUCCACUGUGUUGAACUGCUGCUGUGAUGGAGACGAGUCACACGUAGCCAACUUUUUCACCUCCAGGUCCAACUUAUAUGCAGGAUGGAAAUCGGACUCAAAUCUUCCACCAGGGGCCUUUACCAGUUUGCCUGAUCCUGGGCCAGGCCGCUUUAGGGCUUUCUGGCAGUGGGAACAGGAAGAAGCUCUAUGUUUUCCACACACACACACACACACAGCCCUGACCGUGACGGCUGUCUCACUGAGCCGCUCCCCAAAUGCUUCACCCCCCCCCCCUUUCCUCAAUAUCCCGUCUUAACCUUCGCAUAAUCAGGAGGAAAGGCGACCCGAGAUGAGUAACAGAACAUGGCUGACUGUUUUCUCCGUCACAACGAUGGCGUAAUUUCUUGUGCACAGAAGUCAACUCUUUGGUUUGCAGAUCCUUCCAUCAUAUGAAUGCAAUUUGUUGCUGCCUCCCGUAGAGCUCCCGUAGUGACAAAGUUAGGUAUAAUCAUUUCACACUAAAUCAAAGGACAGGUAAACAGCUGAGUCUCAGUCAUUGUAGUUCUAGUGCUGUAUUUACUGUAGAUGACAGCUAUAUGUGUUGUCUCCUAGCUCUCAUAAAUAAAUGUGCCAAUUAUUAAUGCAUAAUCUAUUUAGUCAAGACUUCAUGUACAGUAUAUUGUGCGUAAAAGUAAUUUGUAAGAUUAUACUUACAAUUAUUAUCAGCGAAGAUGAAUUCUAUCAGUAUUAAACUGACUUUGUGGUGAAGGGGUGGAGAUCUGGAAGGAGUGAACUCCCAUUCAGUCCAGCCUUUGAGCUUUUCUGGAACUUUUUGCCUUUUUCAUACGGAUCAGAAGGAGCCUCUGGAUGGCAGCUGUUGCAUAUGGGCCUCAGGAAAACGCUAUGCUAUCAAAGCUGAGGCCCCCCCCGAAGUAGACUUAUCCUGUCAACUCUUGCAAGGUUGAUUAUUUUAAAAAACAGUUUACUCAUACGGCGGAGGGUUAAACCGUUUCAAAGUAAUGAAGACUGAGACGACGUUUGAAUAACACUCAAAGGUUACGUUUUAUGCACUCACAGAAGGCAUUGUGCACGUGAGGUUUUGUUGCCUUUAAAGUAUGCGACAGCUGCCUUCUCGGCCCUUCAGAAUAAAAGCAGAAACACUUUAGAAAUCUUCCUUUGCCUUGUUUAGUUUUUUUUUUAUUCACAAACCAUGUUAAAUGAGUGGAUAAAAUCAGUUCUUACAUUAAAAUUAUUUUUUUUUUCUUCUUUAUUUUUGCAUCUUUUUUUUCUAUCUUAUGUGCAAUAUCUUUGUACUGAUUUUGUACAUUCAUAACAAGGUUCCCCCUCCCAGUUAAAGCGUUUUGUUUCAUGUUGUGUCAUUAUUUAUUUACCUCUGUUUUGGACCCCCCUUGAAUUAACGUGUGGCUGUCCUCGUGCUCUAAUGAGAGGUACAGGCUUGGAGUUCAGUGGAAUGUCUAGUGAGUGAUUUUUGCAUGUAAUGUUAUUGAUGUGAGGCUAUCCUCUGCACAUUGUACAACAAAUCAGUGUUACCAUAGCAAGUUUAAGUGCAAUCAUGUUCAGAAAGGGCAGACUUGUACUGAGAGUGGAAGUCUGUUCUCUUGUUUUCCAGGACGAGAUUCAGGUGAAAAAAACUUUUUUUCCAUUUAAGAAUAUAUAAAUACUUACACAGUUCACAGAGGGGAGAGGAAUGUGUGUAUAUAUUUUAAUAAAAGGAAUACGCUUAUCUUUGAGCUGAACAGAAAUAUUUUGCUGGAUAAGCACAUAUGGAAGAGAACACUUUCAUUUUUUCAGGAAAUGCAAUUCUAAUAUACAAAAUGCAAACUGAACAAAGGAACUGGUUAUAUGUAAAGAAUAACUUUCUACAUUCUACAAAUAAGAGUCUAUUCUGGUGUGUAAAUUAGUGACAGUAAACUGUUUGUUCCAAUAUUCAGGUUGUAAAUGUAUUUUAACAUUCACAAAUAAAUGCAUUGCCAUAAGUCAGGCUUAUCCUCACUUCAUAUCAAUUAACAAGGGAAGUUAAAGACAGACAUAUCACACAUGGGACAUUAAUGAUCAGUUGAAUGUGUCUUUCCAUUGAUUUCAUAUUUUUGCUAUGAUUCUGAAAUCGUGGGAUGAUGUAAAACCGAAAGAGUUGUGUUUAUUUUUUUUAUUUUUUUGGUGUGUAUUGUGGUGUUUCAAACGUCUCCAGUCAUUGUUUGUGAGAAAGUACCCCAACAAUGCACUGCAUGGAUCAUCAUGUGUCCUCUUCACUGUGAGCUAAAAAAACAAACAAACAAAAAAAAAAAAAGACAACAACAGCAUAUAAAUUUUUGACUAUUUUUUUUAAUUCAAUUUGAAUUUCCUGAUGUUGUUCUUGUUGUUCCAUGUCUGGCUGGUAGAUAUUGAAAGCUCAGCAUGCAUUUCAUCAACAAAGCCAUUGUGUAAAAUACAAACAUGAAGAACAUUGCACUUCUGUUGCUGAGGGCUGUCAUGGUGUAAAUAUAGGAUUUUGUUGUGCAAACUGCUCGGAAGAAGGAGGGUUUAUCUUUUUAGAAGCUGCAAAAGGGACCAAGACGUUGGGUUUAAAAGGAACUGUACAUAAUGUGUAUAUGAUCAGUACUCUAUUCUGAUACCUGCAGUCCAGAUCAGGAUGUACAUACAUCACCUCAUAGAUGGAUUCGAGGGGUGACACAUGAAACAUAUCGAUCGUCUCGUGGACUGACAUUUGCAGUAGAAACACAGACUGUUAGAAAGUUUGCUGCCAUUUUACAUCCAGCUCUCUUUUCAUACAUGCAACCCCCAUCCUACACAAACACACACACACGCACAUUCUGUACACAAAUCUACACACAUCCUGCUGCAAGCUGUUCAGUCUGGCGUGAGACACGUUGGAAAAAAAAUAACAUGAAAAGACAAGAAUGGCCUCAUUUCUAUGUGCAUUCUGUUUGUACAGUGAGUAGUGAGUCAGUAAGACCCCAGUUAUUGUAAAACUUCAACUGUGACAAUGUUGAGAACGCAAAAUAAACAAAUAUAUGACUUAUGG